UCGUGACUCAGGGCUGAAGCUUCACUCUGACAGGGUGAGCGGUGCGAACAGCUGCAGUCACACCUCAGCAGCAGCCCCACCGUCUGCCCGUGGUCAUUUGCUUUAUUGUCAGCGUUUCACUCGGCCAAAUGCAGGUGUGGACCCACGAGCCUCACAGAGUCUGACCAGAGGAGCCUCCCGUCAGAUCAACCUUUUCAGCUUGACAGACUUCAUCAGCACAACUUUGUGACCGGCUGACAAAAGUUCUCCCCUGUCUGGAUUUGUGACGUCUCCGUGUGCCAACAGCUGACGACCCCCCGCCCCUCCCGUUCGGGGCCGGCCCGCGACCGCUCCUCCCCUCUGAUGUCACAGCGCUAUAAGACCCCCCACCGACAGGCCGCCCUCUCUGAGCAGAGUCAGCGUUCCCGGCCUGGACGCCUCGGCUGGAGGGACGGUGCUCCGGUUUCUAACAUUCAGAUCUUCACUUGGGACUCAUUUUUGGGACGAAGAGGUUCUGUGACGCGCGCCCACCAGGGGGCUUCUUCAGCUCCUUGUGCUCUCAAAGUUGAAGCAUGAAGAGCUGAGAGGAAGGAGGUCAGCGCUGCCUCCCUCUGACCAGGAAUCUCACGUUGAGCGUCUGUGUCUCCAGGGCGCCGACUCAUCAUGUCCACACAGGCGCCUUCAUUCACGCAGCCGCUGCAGAGCGUCGUGGCACUAGAGGGUAGUGCCGCGACGUUCCAGGCUCAAGUUAGCGGCUCUCCGCUUCCUGAAGUCAGCUGGUUCCGUGAUGGCCAGGUUCUUUCCGCCGCAGCUCUCCCCGGCGUGCAGAUCUCGUUCAGCGAAGGCCGCGCUGUUCUGAAGAUCGCCGCCGUGACGCCUGCCCACAGCGGGAGGUUCUCAGUCCGAGCCACCAACGGAGCAGGACAAGCCACCAGCACCGCCGAGCUCCUCGUGACAGUGGAGACGGCGCCCCCCAGCUUCCUGCAGAGACUGCAGAGCUCCACCGUCAGACAGGGCAGCCAGGUCCGCCUGGACGUCCGGGUGACUGGGAUCCCUCGACCUGUGGUGAAGUUCUACAGAGAAGGAGCUGAGAUCCAGAGCUCUGCAGACUUCAGGAUCCUGCAGGAGGGAGAGCUCUACAGUCUGAUGAUCGCUGAGGCCUUCCCGGAGGAUUCUGGGACUUAUUCCGUCAGCGCCGCCAACAGCAGCGGCCGUGCCACGUCCACCGCCGAGUUGCUGGUUCAAGGUGAAGAAGCUGUCCCUGUCAAGAAAACCAAGACUGUCAUUGCCACAUCCCAGAUGGCCGGUGCCCAGACCAGAGUGGAGCGGAAGGUGGAAGCCAGCUUCCAGACCUCUGCCGUGAUGGAGGUGCAGCUUGAAAGCGGGAUGAUGACUCAGCAUUUGGCUCAUAAAACCCCACCGCGGGUUCCUCCAAAACCAACCUCCAAGUCUCCGCCUUCCUUCAUCUCCAAGGUGACGGCUGGACGCCAGCAGUCCCCGUCGCCGGUCAGACAUGUGAAAGGGCCCGCGCCCACACCGGUCAGGUCCGUCUCGCCGUCCAGUCGUUUGUCCGUUUCUCCCAUCAGACCCGUCAAGUCUCCCGUCAUCACCAGGAAGCAGGCGUCCGCUGCUGCAGACGUGCUGCCGCCCUGGAAGCAAGGCGACAUGCUGGCGGAGGCCGGCUAUAGCAGCAUGACCAGCGUCACCAGCGUGAGCAGCGCCACUCAACUGCACGUGGAGAAGCACUGGGAGCAGCAUGUGACUGCAACUAAAGAGGAGGAGGGCGGGAAAAAAGCCGAGGCAGUUGCUACGGUAGUGGCUGCGCUCGACCUGGCUCGGGUUCGUCAGCCGGCGCCCACUGAGGACGCGGCGGAGCUUGGCGUCACGGUGACGGUGGUGGCAGAGAAACACGCUCGGCCCUCUGAAGCCUGCGCUGUGGCUGGCUCAGUCCAGGCGUCGCAGAUUCAGAAAACAGAGGCUCCACUUCCUCAUUUCACGGUUUCUAAGGUUUCUGUUCCGGAACCUGAACAGGGCCGCGAGGUGUCCAUCGCCGGCUCCGCUAUUGCCACUCUGCAGAAAGAGCUGUCCUCCCCAACAGCUGCCAGGAGAAUCAUCAAGCCGGUCAAAUCUCCCAGCCCAUCACGCAGAGUGGCCCUGGCGCUACAAGUCAAGCCGGAGCCUCGUCCUCCACCUUUCAAAGACUCCACAUACCAGAGUCAUUUGGAGUUGCACUCAGCUGGUGUCAGUGCGGUGAGCGAGGAGGAAUUUGAGGACUGGGAGCCUCAGGAGGUGGUUGCAGUUCCGACCAGAGCCCAGGAGCCUGUUGUGCCUCCCACACUGGUUGUUGGUCUGAAGAAUGUGACAGUGACUGAAGGCGAAUCAGUGACUCUGCAGUGUAACAUCACCGGCCAGCCAGCUCCCGUCGUCCUGUGGUUCAGAGAGGACUACAAGAUCGAGAGCUCCAUUGACUUCCAGGUCAGCUACGAGAAGGGACUGGCCCGUCUGGUCAUUCGUGAGGCGUUUGCUGAAGACAGUGGCCGCUUCACCUGCACCGCCACCAGCGAGGCGGGCACCGUCAGCACCUCCUGCUACCUCCUGGUCAAAGUGUCAGAGGAGAUAGAGAGCAGGGAAGAGCUGACCACCGUGACUGACAUGGGAGUCACACAACAGAAGACACUGGAAGUCCAAGAGCAGAUGGUGUCGGAGGUGAGCACAGCCGAUGCUGCUGCUCCAUUCUUCAUUAAGAAACCCAGUGUCCAGAAGCUGGUUGAAGGAGGCAGCGUGGUCUUUGAGUGUCAGGUUGGAGGCAACCCAAAACCUCACAUCGUCUGGAAGAAGAGCGGCGUUCCUCUGACCACCGGAUACAGAUACAAAGUGGCCUACAAGAAGGAGACUGGCGAGUGCCGACUGGAGAUCUCCAUGACAUUUGCAGACGAUGCCGGAGAAUACUCCGUUUUUGCCAAGAAUCCACUCGGGGAAGUUUCAGCGUCCAUUGGACUGCUGGAUGAAGAAGAGUAUGAAGCCUCCAUGAAGCAGCAGGACGUGACGUACAAAACUGAAGUGACAACCACAGUGAUUCAAGAGCCAGCUGUGGUCGUGAGUCAGUAUGAGCUGGAUCAGAGGAGAGUCACCACCCCCAUGAGCUUCAUCUCAGAAACGGAAUUCCUUACCUCGGCGUUUGAGGAGAGAAUCAUCCAGGAGAUUGAACUCAGAAUCAUGAGGAUCACCUACCGAGAGCUUGUGACGGAGGAUGGCGAGCUGAUGGUCACGGCGACCGAGGACCAGGCAGCGCAGCCUGUUUUCCACACGCCCGUCAAGAACUACAGGAUCGUGGAGGGAAUGGGGGUCACGUUCCACUGCAAGAUGGCUGGAACCCCACUGCCAAAGAUUGCGUGGUUCAAAGACGGCCAGCGCAUCAGGUCUGGUGGACGUUACCAAAUGGAAGUCCUUCAGGAUGGACGAGCCAGUCUGCGCCUGGCAACGGUUCUGCCUGAGGAUGAGGGCGUUUACACUGCCUUCGUUUCUAACGUCAAGGGCAAUGCAGUCAGCUCCGGGAAGCUCUACGUUGAGCCAUCUGGAGUCAUGACUCCUCAGAGAUUCACUCCACAGCCGACCAUGCAGAGGAUCAGGUCCACAUCCCCUCGCUCGCUGAGCCGCUCACCGGGGCGUUCCUCCAGUCGUUCCCCGGGACGAUCUCCUGCACGAAGACUAGACGAGACGGACGAGGCUCAGCUGGAGCGACUUUACAAGCCAGUGUUUGUCAUGAAGCCCUCCUCAUUGAAGUGCUCUGAGGGACAGACGGCUAGGUUUGACCUCAAGGUUGUCGGCAGGCCAAUGCCCGAGGCUUACUGGUUCCAUAAUGGACAACAAGUGGUCAAUGACUACAGCCACAAGAUUGUGAUCAAGGAAGACGGCGUCCAGUCCUUGAUCAUCGUCCCGGCCAUGCCGCAGGACUCUGGCGAGUGGACAGUGGUGGCCCAGAACAGAGCCGGGCGGACCUCUGUCUCAGUGACGCUCACCGUGGAAGCUCGGGAAAGUUUGACUCGACCUCAGUUUGUUGAGAAGCUGAAGAAUCUCACAGUCAAACAGGGCACCCUGGUGGAGCUGGCUGUCAAAGCCAUCGGAAAUCCCCUGCCGGACAUCGUCUGGCUGAAAAACAGUGACAUCAUCAGCCCACACAAGCACCCACACAUCAGGAUCGACGGAACCAAGGGUGAGGCGAGAUUCCAAAUUCCAACCGCCACAGGCUCAGACAGCGCCUGGUACACGGCCACGGCCAUCAACAAGGCCGGCAGAGACACCACUCGCUGCCGAGUCAACGUGGAGGUGGACUUUGCCGCUCCGCAGCGAGAGAAGAAGCUUAUCAUCACCAAAGGAACCUACAAGGCCAAAGAAAUUGCAGCUCCAGAGUUGGAACCGCUUCAUCUGCGCUAUGGCCAGGAGCAGUGGGAGGAGGGAGAUCUGUACGACAAAGAGAAGCAGCAGAAGCCACUGUUCAAGAAGAAGCUGACGUCCAUCCGCAUGAAACGUUUUGGUCCAGCUCACUUUGAGUGCAGGCUGACGCCCAUUGGAGACCCAAACAUGACGGUGGAAUGGCUUCAUGACGGCAAACCUCUGGCAGCUGCAAACAGGUUGCGAAUGGUCAAUGAGUUUGGCUACUGCAGUCUGGACUACGAGGUGGCUUAUGCGCGCGACAGUGGCGUCAUCACGUGCAGAGCUACCAACAAAUUUGGAGUGGACCAGACCUCGGCUACUCUGAUUGUCAAGGAUGAGAAAGGCCUUAUCGAGGAAUCGCAACUUCCUGAGGGAAGGAAAGGAGCUCACCGCAUCGAUGAGAUGGAGCGCUUGGCUCACGAAGGCGGCCCUGCUGGAGUCAGUGCGGACGAGGAAUGCGAAAAAACCAAACCUGAGAUUGUCUUGCUUCCUGAAGCAGCCAGAGUGCUGGAGGGCGACAUUGCCCGAUUCCGCUGCAGGGUCACCGGUUACCCAGCACCCAAGGUAAACUGGUAUCUAAACGGACAGCUCAUCCGCAAGAGCAAGCGAUACCGCCUGCGCUAUGACGGCAUUUACUAUUUAGAGAUUGUGGACAUCAAGUCGUAUGAUGGCGGAGAGGUCCGAGUGGUUGCUGAUAACCCUCUUGGUACCACCGAGCACACAGUCAAGUUAGAAAUUCAACAGAAGGAAGACUUCAGAUCAGUUCUGCGUCGAGCUCCGGAGCAAAAAGCAGCAGACGUAGCACAUGACCAAGGCCGAGUGGGUUUUGACGUGGUGAAGACAGACCGAACCGUGGAGGCUUCGCAGGACAGAGAAGUUGUGAAACUGAGGAAGACUCAGAGAAUCGUUCACGAAAAAACCUCCGAAGAGUCCGAGGAGCUGAAGAGCAAGUUCAAGAGGAGGACAGAAGAGGGCUUCUACGAGUCCAUCUCUGCGGUGGAGAUGAAGGCUCGUCGGAGAGACGACUCCUACGAGGAUUUGCUGAAGAAGACCAAAGAGGAGCUCCUUCAUCAUCUGAAGGAGAAAGAGGAAGCGGAGAGAAGGUCGAUGGAGGAGCAAGGGCAAAUCACCAUCCCCACAUUCAAACCGGAGAGGAUCCAGCUCUCACCGAGCAUGGAGGCUCCCAAGAUCCUGGAACGCAUCACGAGUCAGACCGUCGCUCCGAUGGAUGAGGUUCGCUUCCGACUGAGAGUUGUGGGUCGUCCAGAGCCAGAGUGCCAGUGGUUCAAGAACGGUAUUCAGCUGGACAAGACCGAGCGCGUUUACUGGUUCUGGCCUGAAGACCAUGUCUGUGAGUUGGUCAUUCGAGACGUGACAGCGGAGGACUCGGCCAGUGUCAUGGUCAAGGCCAUGAAUGUUGCUGGUGAAGCCUCAAGCCACGCCUUCCUGCUGGUGCAAGCUAAAGCAGCGGUGAACUUCACACAAAACCUAGAGGAUGCCACCGCCAGUGAAAAGGACACCAUGGUGACCUUUGAGUGUGAAACAAGCGAACCCUUUGUGAAGGUCAAAUGGCUCAAAAACCAAACGGAGAUCUUCUCUGGAGACAAAUAUCGAAUGCACUCAGACAGAAAAGUCCACUUCCUGUCUGUGCUGGUGAUCGACAUGAAGGACGCCGCAGAAUACACCUGUGUGCUUGUGGAAGAUGAGGGCGUCAGAACCAGCGCCAGGCUCCAUGUGGAAGGAGCUGCCUUGGAGAUCCUCAAACACCUAGAGAACAUUGAGAUUCCUGAGACGUACACCGGAGAGUUUGAAGUGGAACUGUCCCGCGAGGACGCUGAGGGCACCUGGUUCGUCGGAGAGAGGGAGAUUUCUGCCAGCGGCAAAUACGUCAUGUCUUCCCGCAGAGGGAGACACAGCCUCUCCAUCAAAGACGUCCGGAAGGAGGACCAGGGCAAAUACUCCUUUGUCUGUGGAGAUGUGAGCACGAGUGCCACGCUGAAGAUGAAACUGCGCCCUGUGACUCUGAUGCAGCCACUGAGCGACCUCACCAUCUGCGAGGGUGACAUUGCGCAGCUGGAGGUCCGAUUCUCCCAGGAGAAUGUGGAGGGAACCUGGAUGAAGAACGGCAUGGCGCUCUCCGCCUCCGACCGGGUCCAUAUUGUCAUUGACAAACUGGUUCACAAGCUGCUGAUUGAGAACGUCAGCAGAGAAGACGCAGCUUCCUACUCCUUCGUGGUCCCGGCCCAGGACAUCAGCACGUCCUGCAAGCUCAACGUCCAGACCAUAGACAUCCUCGUGCCGCUGAAAGACCUGUCAUCGACUGAGGGCACCAAGGCAGUGCUGGAGGCCAAGAUUUCGGCUCAGGAUAUCAGUUCCGUCAAAUGGUACCACGACGACAAGCAGCUGACACUCAGCGACAGAGUCCAGGCAGUAGCCAAAGGUGCCAAGCAGCGGCUGGUUUUCAGCAGAACCUUCGCCUCGGACGAUGGACGCUACAAAAUGGUGGUUGGCAAGGUGGACACCAGCUGUCGUCUGACCGUAGAAGAGGUGCACAUUGUCAAGCACAUGGAGGACAAAGUCUGUUCCGAGUCGCAGAACGUCACUUUCCACGUGGAGGUUUCCCACCCCGGCAUUGAUCCGGUCUGGACCUUUAGGGACCAGCAGCUCAAGCCUGGGACUAAAUAUAAGUUGGAGUCCAAGGACAAGUCCCAUUCGCUGACUGUCACCGACGCCAUGAAGGACGAGGAGGGACAGUACAGCUUCCAUGCUGGCCAGAAGAUCUCCAGCGCUCAGCUCACCGUUUCAGGUGGUGCCAUCACCCGCCCCUUGCAGGACGUGACAGUGGCCGAGUCUCAGACGGCGCACUUUGAGUGUGAAGUGGCCAACGCAGGCGCGGAGGGACGGUGGCUGAAGGAAGGACAGCCAGUGGACUUCAAUGACAACGUGGUGAGUGAGGACGUGGGGGCGCUGCGGCGCCUGACCGUCGUCAUCACGCGGCCUCAGGAUGUGGGCGAGUACACCUACCAAGUGGCCAACUCCAAGACUACUGCCAACCUCCGGGUGGAGGCGGUGAAGAUCAAGAAGACUCUCCGGAACCAGACGCUGACAGAGACUCAAGAUGCGGUGUUUACACUGGAACUCACCCACCCAGACGUCAAAGGGUCCCAGUGGAUCAAGAAUGGCGUGGAACUGGAGAACGGUGACAAGUACCAGAUCAGCUGCGACGGCUGCACUCACACUCUGAGAGUGAAGAACUGCAGCACACAAGACGAAAGCGUCUACUCCUUUAAACUGGGAAAACUGUCAGCCAACGCCCGACUCAACGUGGAGACUAUCAAGAUUGUGAAGAAGACCAAGGACGUGACGUCGCUGCUGGACGGCGCCGCCUCCUUCGAGCUGAGCCUGUCGCACGACAACAUUCCCGUCAAGUGGAUGUUUAGAGGCGUGGAACUGAAGCCCAGCGACAAAUGCAAGAUCUUGUCCGAGAGGAAGGCGCACAAGCUGAUUCUGCAGAAUCUCGAGAGCAGCGAUGCUGGCGAGUACACGGCCGUCGUGGGUCACCUGAGCUGCGUCUCCACACUCACCGUGGAGGCUCUGCGUGUCACCAAACCUCUGGACAAUGUGGAGGUUGCUGAGACGCAGGUGGCCACCUUCGAGUGCGAAGUGUCGCAUUUCAACGUCCCGUCCGGCUGGCUGAAGGACGGCGUGGAGAUCGAGAUGAGUGACAAGUUCCGCAUCGUCGUCCAGGGCAAGCUUCACCAGCUGAAGAUCAUGAACACCAGCCGCGACGACUCAGCCGAGUACACCUUCGUCUGCGGGAACGACCGCGUGUCUGCCACUCUGACCGUCACACCGGUCAUGAUCACCAGCAUGCUGAAGGACCUCAACGCUCAGGAACGUGACACCGUCACCUUCGAGGUCACUGUCAACCAGGAGGGCGUAGCUUACAAGUGGCUGAAAAACGGGGUGGAGGUGAAGUCCUCGGACCGGUGUCAGUUCCGCAGCCGGCAACUCACGCACUCGCUCACCAUCCGUAACGUCCACUUCGGAGAUGGCGGAGAGUAUCAGUUCGUGUCUGGGUCUGCCUCGUCCGCCGCAAACUUGUUUGUGGAAGCUCGUCUGAUCGAGUUCACCAAGAAGAUACGAGACGUCAAGAUCACAGAGAAGAAGAAGGCCGUCUUCGAGUGCGAGGUGUCUGAGCCCAACGUGCAGGUGACCUGGCUGAAGGACGGCCAGGAGCUGGACACCUCUGAGGACCGGUUCGUCACCUCGUCGGAGAAGUUCGUCCACCGUCUGAUGAUCCAGAGCGUCCGCAUGUCAGACGCAGGCCAGUUCUCAGUGGUGGCAGGAUCCAGCAUGUCCAAGGCUCAGCUCAUUGUGGAGGGGCGUGACAUUCGGAUCUCGGAACCUGCUGAGCGCACCAUCACGGUUCUGGAGAAGCACAGAGCCACCUUUGAGCUUGAGGUGAACGAGGAGGAUGUGGAGGGACGCUGGCUGCGCAAUGGUGUGGAGAUCCAGUUCACUGUGGAGGACCGCUUCAACUACGUGGCCAUCAGGAAGCUCCAUCGCCUCACCAUCGCAGAAACCUUCAGAAGUGAUGCGGGCGACUACACCUUCAUCGCAGGCAAAAACCGCAGUGUGAUGCACCUCAGAGUGAACAUCCCAGAGCCCCCCCAAAUCCUGCGCCACAUGGAGCCCCAGGCAGUGGAGGCCGGGCAGCCGGCUCGUUUCUCGGUGGUGGUCAGCGGCGUCCCGCAGCCGCAAGUAUCCUGGUUCAAGAACUCGCAGGCUCUGGCUCCAGGCUUCAAAUGCAAAUGUUUGCAUGAGGGACAGGAACACACGCUGCUGCUGAUCGAGGCGUUUCCUGAAGACGCAGCUGUGUACACCUGCGAGGCCAAGAACCAGUGUGGCGCUGCCAGCAGCACAGCAGCACUCGACGUGGAAGUGCCUGAGGUGGUCUCGCCAGACUCGGCGGCUCCAGUUGCUCCUCCUGUUGUCGUCACUCCCAUCGUGGAAACCUCUGUCAGAGAAGGAGAACCUGCUCGUUUCCAGUGCCGCAUCCGUGGCGAUGAUGUGAAGAUCAGCUGGUUCCAUGAGCAGAAGGAGAUCAAGCAUUCUGAGUCUUUCCGGAUGUCUCAGUUCGACGACUGCUGCCUGCUGGAGAUCUCCAGAGUCUACUCCGAGGACCAGGGCCUGUACUCCUGCACCGCCACUAACGCUGCUGGAAGCAGCAGCUGCUCGGCCCAGCUCACUCUGGAUGUGUCGCAGGUCAGCGAGCAGAUCCAAACCACGGUGGAGCAGCAGAUCAAAGAAACUCUUAGCACCACCGUCACCACAGUGGAGGACCAGGAGGAGACCUACUUCACUGGUGUCCACUUACCUCAGAAAACUAAAACACUUGAACUCCAGCCAGAGCCAACACGUUACUCUUCAGCUUUAGAGAGGAAAAAAGAGAAACCGCUUUUCCUUAGUCAGCUCAGCCCCGUGGCUGUGGCGGCGGGUGAGACCGCCAGGCUCACAGUCAAAAUAUCGGGCUUACCGAAGCCUUCGGUGAAGUGGUGGCACAAUGGCAAAGUUCUUCAAAGCUCAUCCACAUACGGGUUUGUGGAGGAGAAUGAAGAGUACUCGCUAGUGAUCCGGCGUGUGACGGCAGAGUAUGCCGGGGAGUACUCUUGCACUGCCACCAACAGGUUCGGUCAGACCACGUGCACCGCGUACCUUGAGGUCAAACGGCUGGAUGUAAGCCAUGCUGAGAAGUGGGUGGAGAAAAUGUUCCAGGUCAGCGGCCAGCCUCCGGCGUUUACGCUCCAGAUUCAACCGGUCAGCUGUGCCAAAGGGGCGGCGGCCUCUUUCACGUACCGAGCCUGUGGCGAGCCGGUGCCUGAGGUGACCUGGUUCAAGGGGGCGUUUCAGAUUCAUUCAAGCACAAAAUAUGAAAUCGUUGCAACCCCUGACGGCGCCGGCUCCGUCUCCGUCAAAAGUGUCACGCAAGAGGACGUCGGCCUUUAUACCUGCAAGGCGUCCAAUCCCUUCGGUGAGGCGUCCUGCAGCGCCGAGCUGGUCCUUUCCAGGGAGGCUGUGUCUGUGCUUCACAAACAGGAGCAGCUGACUGUUGUGCAAAAGAAAGGUUACAAGUUGUCUGUGACUGAGCAGGCCACAGAGUCCCGUCUAUACCAGGUCACCCUGCCGGGUCAGGACAGGGCUCGUUCGGAUCAGAUGGUUUACACCAUCGGAACAGAGGACAGACAGAUAAUCCCCAGUGAGCAGGUGGGGCCCCUCACAGAGCUGGACAUCUCUGCAGCCAAAGUCCAGCGAGAACAGCUGACCCACCAGGCGGCUGUGCUCCAGACUCACGAGGUGGAGGAGAGGGUGUCUGUGGUGCCGACCCGGCCCCUGCAGGUGUCUGCCAUCCCUGCCAAACAGUUGCAUAUGGCAGCUUUUACCUCCUCUGUUGAAGAGAGUCAGGACCUCACCGAGCAGCACUGUGACCGCAUCACGAGCCCGGAGGUCAUCGAGCUCCAAACGGCCAAGGAAAAGAGGUCAAAAGUCAAGUCGGCAGUAGCCGAGGACCUCAUCCCUCUUUCCACUGUCCAUGCCGAGCCCCUGGCGGACAGAGCGUCUGUGUCUCUAAAGGCUCGGCCUGAGCCGAAGCACCUGCUCGGUGGUCUUCAAGUCGAGUCAGCGCUGGCGAUGUUGAAAGAGCAGUCUGAGGAGAUUCCCAAAUCCCAGUUAGAGCAGAGCUACCGAGUCCAGGAGGGUGUCAAGAUUCUGUACUCGGCUCAGUCUGCCGAAACAUACCAGCUUGAGGAGGGACACACCGAUGUGGCCUCCGCUGCAACGACUCUCACCUCCACUGUUAAGAAGGAGCAGAGGAGUCUGAUGUUGACCUCACUCAGUGAAUCUAGAGAGACUCUCUCCAAGGAGUCUUCCUUCUCUCUGCUGCGGCCGGACGAGGAAACAGCCGUGCUGCGCAGGGACAGGAUGCUGAAGCUCGGUCUGACUGCGGACGAAAAACGGGUCAUCCAAGCUGAGCUCACCGAUGGGAUGCCCACUCUCGAUAGCGCCAUGACACUUCAGUCGCAGGUGGAAGAGGAACAGCUGUUGAACCUGCAGGUUGUGACCGAUCAGGACCUCCUCCCCUCUGAGAGCGGCUUCACAUGUGAGAAACCUGCUUCAGAGCACGCAGACUCCACCAAAAGCCCCACUCUGUUGCACAGCGUCAGUCAGGUGGAUCAGAGGACUGUCCUUUGUGAGGACUCCGUUAGGUUUGAAGCCACGACUAGCACCACGGCCAUCCAUCCUCAGAAAGAGCCUCCAACUCUGCUCCACCUUCAGUCCACCGCGUCUGUGGAAGCUCUACCCAAAGAGUGCUCCCUCACGGUUGAGAAGCCCGAGCUGCAGGCUGCAUCCCAGAAAGCCGAGAAAGUCAGAAGCCAGGCAGCCAUCUCGGAAGAAAGGCCAGAACUCUCGGCAGACUAUCACUCGAAGCUGGAUUUGUCUGUUUCCGGUGUGCAGUCUCAGCUCCGAACAGAAGCCAGACCACACAAGGUCCUGCAGCUCUCCUUCCAGCCCAUGGAGCUGCCCAAAGAGACGCCGGUCACCACCGACGUCAAGCAGCAGCGGGCCUUGGUUCAGAAGGAGGAUCGCUGGAACGAGUUCCAUGUCACCAGUGUGUCCCAGAGCGAGUCCAUUGAGGCCGGUCACGCAGAGAGUCUCCCCAGUGUGGAUAAACUCACCUGCAGGACUGCCUUUGAGCCAAAGGUUCCGAAUGAGCCCACCCAGGUUGAGGAGAAGGAGAUCUCCACUGAGAGCAGCUUCCUUCUGGAGGCAGCCGAGCAGGACUUUGCGGUUCAGAUCCAGGAGGGCCAGUCUGUCAGACAGUCCAUUGUGAUGGAUGAAAAGAGAGUGCUGGUAGGAGACGUUGCACAAGACAUGGGCAAGCCUGAUUCCAGGGAAGCCGCCUUCACCACUCAGCCAAAACUGUCCCUGCUGGCCUCUGAGUCGGCGGACAGUACAGCCCUUCCUAAAGAACUGACUUUCGUCAUUGAGAUUCCCAAGGCCUCCAGCGUCAGCAUGCGGCGGCAGCUCAGGGAUGCGCUGCAGUCUGCCGUCACCAGCGAGCAGUGCAUCUUGCUGGCUGAUGUGGUCGGUAGUCUCCGUGCCGUGGAAAUACAGGAGGUCAGGGUCCAGAGAGAGCCCAAGAGAACCCUCUUCACGUACCUCAUCACAACAACUGAUGCCCCCAUGGAGAUUACCCUGGCUUUCCAGGGAGAAUAUCCUCAGACUGCUGACCUCCGAACUGAAAUGCAGGCUGCUCUGCAUUCCAUUGUGUACCAGGAGGCCCAGGCGCUGACCUCCGACCAACCAGGAACCAUGCAGCUAGACAAACCUCAAAGAGCGAUGCUGUCAGCCGCGCCUUCCAAGGAGGUGUUGUCCUCGGUGGUGGAGAGUCAGCAGGUGGCCGAGAGCACGGUAGCUCUCACUGCCGUUGACUCCCAGGCUGCUGCAGUGAAGACAGAGUCUGAAAGGAGGGUUGAAUGUGCCGCCGCCCAGCAACUUCUUCUUGUGGAGGAAUCUAGCGCCACAAAGAUAGAACGGACGGUCACGUCACAGAUCCAGGUUUCCACAGAAUCUCGUGUGGCCUUCCAGCAGUCAGUGCAGGUGUCUGGACAGGAAGUGAGGUCAGUCAGAGAGACCAGUCACGAGGAGGAGGCUGUUGUGUUGUCAGCCAUCCUGCCGCCGGCCACUGCACCUUGGCCAGAAACCCUAGUUAUCCAAGAGGAGCACAGAGAGGCGGUUGUCCAAGAGGUGGUGACUCAGACAAAAGCAGAAGAGCAGCAGGUCCCUGUUCUAGUGGCACCGCUUACAGACCUGUCGGUGGACGAAGACAGUCCUGCUGUUUUCUGCACCACUGUCAAGUACGCCACGGAAGCAAAGUGGUAUUUUAAUGGGCAUUUGCUGACGUCUGGCGAAGAGUUCAAGUGUUUCACAGACGACGACACUCACACACUGACUAUCGUCAAAGUUGUCAAGGAGAGACAUGAUGGAGAAUAUACAUGUGAGGCUGAGAAUCCAGUCGGGAGGACCAGGACGUCAUCCAGACUCACUGUGGUCUCACGAGUGCCGCCUGUCUUCAAGCAGAAGAUCGCGCCACUGGAGAUAAAUGUGGGUGGUCAGGCGAGGUUUGCAUGUGAGAUCGAGGAGGCUCCCAAUGUGGUCUUCAAGUGGUUCAAGUCCGGCUUGGAGAUCAAGCCAAGUGACAAGUAUCGAAUCAUCGGCAGCCACGGCGGCUCUUCUUUGGAGCUCCUCAACCCGGUGAAGGCUGACAGCGACGAAUACACUUGCAAAGUCUCCAACCAGCAUGGUGCAGACAGUUGCUCUGCGGCCCUCGUCGUCACCGAGAUGUACCCGCCAGUUUUUGUAUCAAAACCGGAGCCCAUGACUUUGUUUGUGGGAAAACCGGCAGUGUUCCAAUGCUCCCUGACUGGAUCGUCCCCACUGGAAGUUGUCUGGCACAAGGGCAACAUUGCUGUCUCUUCGACAGAAAACUGUCUCACCAAAUGUGAAAAGAACAAAUAUUCUCUUCACAUUCGAAGCCUCCAACUGUCAGACCAGGGCGUGUACAUGUGUAAGGCCUCGAACAGUGUCGGCACCGCCACCGUCACCGCCGAGCUCAGAGUGGUCAAUAAGCCCAGCUUCGUGAAGACCUUUGAGCCCCUGGCGCUCGCCGUCAGUGACCCACUGAGGCUGGAGUGUCAGGUGGAUGAGGACGUUGGCGUGACCGUCACAUGGACCAGGGAUGGCCGGAAGGUCCACCAGAGCAUGGAGUCUAAACUGUGCUUUGAGGACAGAGUCGCUGUUCUCGAAAUCCCCAAGUCAAAAUUGAAGGACUCUGGGAAAUAUGUGUGCACUGCCACUAAUGAGGCUGGCAGCUCCACAUGUGAGGCGGUGGUCUCAGUGCAAGAGCCGCCAACGUUUGCCAAGAAAAUGGAGGCCAAGCUCACGUGGAGACAAGGUAUUUCUGCGCGGCUGCAGUGCAGCGUGAAGGGCUCGGCCCCGCUCCACAUCCACUGGUUCAUGAACCAGCGAGAGCUCUGCGACGGCGACAGACACAAAAUCUCUUUCAAGAGUGGAGUUGCUACCCUGGAGCUGGCCGACCUGCUGGUGACAGACAGCGGCACUUACACCUGCGAGGUGUCCAAUCAUGCGGGCAGCGAGAGCUGCCUCUCUGUGGUGUCCGUCAAAGAACCACCCUCGCUUAGAAAAGAGCUGCUGACUGUGGAGGCAGUCAAGGGCACGGCGGCCCAGCUGGAGUGUGAGAUUGCUGGAACUGCUCCUUUUGAAAUCUCUUGGUUCAAAAACAAGAAAGUUCUGAGCAGCGACCAGAAGUACACGAUCGUGGCGCAGGACUCCUUGUCCAGGCUGGAGAUCCAGCCGUUUGAGAGUGCUGACGUGGGGGACUAUCAGUGCGUCAUCUCCAACGAUGUGGGGAAAGUCUCCACCAAGGCCCAGGCCAAGCUGAAAGAGCCGCCAACCUUCAGCAAGAGGGUUGAAAGCGCCACUGCUGUUUUAGGAAACACAGUGAAACUACAGGGGACGGUAAAGGGCUCCACGCCCCUCAGUGUGAAGUGGACGAAGGAUGCAGAAAUUCUCAGAGACGAUGAUCCCAGUAUGAAGAUGAUGUUUGAGAACAGUGUUGCCAGUCUGUCCAUAACCUCUGUGGCUUUGCACCACGGUGGCAAAUACACUUGCCAGGCCGAAAAUGAGGCCGGACAGCAGAAGAGUGAAGCCAUUUUGACCGUACAAGAACCUGCCAGAAUCCUAGAAGCUGCCGAGUCCAUCAGUGUGACCGCUGGGGACUCAGCCACUCUUGAGUGCACGUUUUCCGGGAGUCCGGACCUCACGGUGAAGUGGUUUAAGGACCGAAAGGAGAUGAUCAGUGGCCGCAAAUACAAAAUGACCACCAAAGAUAACGUUGCCACCAUGAAGAUUCUGUCAGCAGAACGGGCGGACACUUCCGAGUACAGGGUGGAAGUGUCCAACAAAGUGGGCAAAGACCAGUGCGCAUGCUCAGUGACGGUCCUGGAUCGCAUCAUGCCCCCGACCUUCACCAGGUCCCUGAAGAGAGUGGACGGUACUGUCGGCCACGACAUUUCGAUGGACUGCAAAGUGUCGGGGUCUCAGCCCAUGACCAUCGUUUGGUUCAAGGAUGAGCAGGAGAUCCAGUCAGGAGUCAAGUAUCUUCCUGACUUCAAGGACAGCUCUGCCACUCUGAAGGUCUGUGGUCUGGAGAAGCUGGACUCUGGAGUGUACAAAUGCAGAGCCACAAAUUCGGCUGGUUUUAAAGAGACGAGUGGCACGCUCUACGUCAAAGAGCCCCCAGAAUUCACGGAGCAGCCAGAGAAGCAGGACGUUGUUCCCGGCGCUACCGUGACCUUCAGAGCGUCUUUUACCGGGACAGCUCCGCUCACGGUGAAGUGGUUCCGAGAGGAGAGGGAGAUUGUGACCGGUGGUGCCUUCUUCAUCAAGAGGGAUGCCGCCUCCAGCUCUCUGGAGCUGCAUGCGGUGAAACCCAGCGACUCUGCCUCUUACACUUGCGUGGUGUCCAACGAUGCCGGGAAAGUGGACUGCACCACCUCCUUGUUUGUCAAAGAACCUCCCACGUUUGUGAGGAAGCUGGAGGCCACCAAACUGGUCACCAGCUCCGAGGCUGCCAAGCUGGAGUGCAAAGUGGCAGGCAGCCCAGAAAUCAGUGUGAAGUGGUUCAAGGACCAAAUGGAGAUUUCCCACAGUCCGAAAUACGCCAUGAGCUUUCAGGACCUCGUGGCCACUCUGGAAGUGCUGGACAGUAAAGUUGAGGAUGGCGGCGAUUACAUUUGCGUGGCGUCAAGCGCAGCUGGCAGUGACCGCUGCAGCAGCACCGUCACCGUCAAAGAGCCGCCGGCGUUUGUUCGUAGCCUGGAGUCCAAAGACGUGGUCAAGGGUUCUGAAGUGGUGCUGGAAGGCCAAGUUACGGGCUCCGCUCCUUUCACCGUGUCAUUUUAUAAAAACUCCAAAUUAAUCAGGAAUGACCGACGGCACCGCAUCACCGUCACAGAGCAGCUGAUGGUCCUGCAGGUGUUGGCGGUGGAGUCCGCAGACACUGGCUCGUACCAGUGCACCGUGGAGAACGAAGUUGGCAGGAGCACCUGCGAAUGCCGAGUCACUCUGAAAGAACCUCCCUUGUUUGUCCAGAAGCUGGAGAACCUCAGUCCCCUGCUGGGCAGUGAAGGUUCACUACGUUGCACCUUGAAGGGUUCAGAGCCCAUCACUGUGACCUGGCUCAAGGACAACCACGAGCUCAAGGACGGGGAGCUCAUCCAGGUCUCGUAUGAGAGCCAGGUGGCUGUGCUUCACAUCAGCAGCCUGCAGAGCAAACACAGUGGCAAGUACACAUGCCAGGCCAAGAACCAGGCGGGCAGCCAGGCCUGCUCUGCUGUCCUGAGCGUCAAAGAGCCAGCUCAAAUCACAGAGGAGGCCAAGUCCAUCAGUGUGACGCAGGGUGACCCGGCCACUCUGGAGGUCCGGUUCACUGGGACAAAGUCCUUGAAGGCCCGCUGGCUCCGAGCCGGUAAGGAGCUGAGCACGGGCCAGCGCUACAAGAUUCAGAGCACGGACAGCAGCUCGGUGCUGAAGAUUGUCAGAAGUGAGAAGAGCGAUGGAGGCGAAUACGUCUUUGAGGUUUCCAACGAUGUUGGUCUCAGUUCUUGCGAAGCCUCUCUCAACAUUCUUGACCAAAUUAUUCCACCGUCAUUCACCAGGAAGCUCAAGCAAACCGAGGGCAUCAAAGGAUCUUUUGCUCACCUGGAGUGUCUGGUCGCAGGCUCUCUGCCUAUAUAUAUCCAGUGGUACAAGGAUGAGCAGGAAGUCCAGUCCGGUGGCAGACACCAGUGCACGUUCUUUGAGAACGUGGCCUUUCUGGAGAUCUCUCAUCUGGACAGCAAAGACGGCGGCAGCUACACCUGCAUGGCUCAGAAUGAGGCCGGGAAGGUUCAGUGCUCUGGAGCCCUGCUUGUCAAAGAGCCCCCGUACAUUCUUGAGAAACCAGAAUCCAUGAAUGUCCUGCCUGCUUCCAAGGUCCAGUUGAACGUGCUGUUCUCCGGAACGCCUCCCCUCAAAAUCAGGUGGUUUAAGAACAAGAAGGAGCUUUCGUCCAGUUCGGAGUGCUCGGUGGUGAAGGACAACAUGUCGAGCUGGCUUGAGAUCUUCUUUGCCAAAAGUUCGGACUCUGGGGAAUACAUCUGCGAGAUCGAAAAUGAUGUUGGAUCAGCUUCCUGCCGGACCAGUCUGUUUGUCAAAGAGCCUCCAAAGUUCACGAGAACACCUGCGCGCCUCUCGGUCGUCCGGCCCGGACAAAGUCACUUCUUUGAGUGUCAAGUAACAGGGACGCCCGAGAUAGAUGUGUACUGGUUCAAGGACGGUUCUGAGCUGAGCCAGAGCGAUCGGUGCAGGAUGGUGUUUGCCAACUUUGUGGCUACCCUGGAGUUGGAUGUCGCCGACAGCAAAGAUGGCGGCCUGUACUACUGCGAGGCUCGCAAUGAGGCUGGGAGUGAGAGCUGCAGCAUGGAGCUGAAGGUGAAAGAACCACCAGCUUUCACUCAGGAGCUGGCUCCGGCCGACGUGGUGAAGGAGGCGUCGGCUCGCUUCAGCUGUCUGUUGAGCGGCACCCCGCCGUUUGACAUUACUUGGCACAAAGACGCCAAAGAGAUCAAAGCCAGCGCGAAGCACAGCUUAUCUCAAGCCGGCGACUCGCUGAGUCUGGAGGUGCACAAGUGUGACGCCGCCGAUGUCGGCGAAUACCAGUGCUCGGUCUCCAACGAGGUGGGAAGCUGUUUGUGUAGGACAACGCUGAGCCUCAAAGUGCCGCCAACGUUCACCAAGAAACUGGAGGACUGGAGCACAGUUCUGGGCCGAGAGGCCAUGUUUGUAUGUGAGGUUCAGGGGUCCCCCCCUCUAGCUGUGCAGUGGCAGAAGGACGACAACUGGAUUUUAGAGGGCUCUCAGACGGAGAGCACGUUUGAGAACAACGUCGCGACCCUCCGGAUCCCAGCCUGCGAAGCCAUUCACAAGGGAAGAUACUCUUGUCAGGUGGUCAACCAGGCGGGGCAGGAGAAGUGUUGGGCUGCCCUGGAGGUGGAAGAGCCUCCUCAGGUCACAGAGAAGCCGGAGGUGAUCAAGGUGACGGUUGGAGAUCCGGUUAGUCUGGACUGUAAGGUCACCGGAUCUCCUGAACUGAGAGUCAAAUGGAUGAAAGAUGGAGAGGAGCUUCAGUCCAUCAGGCGGCACAAGCUGAGCUUUGACAACAACCUCAGCAGCCUGAAGAUCCAGUCCACCCAGAUGGAGGACCAGGGAGAAUACAUCUUCCAAGUGGAGAACCACAUUGGCCGCUGCACCUGCCGGCUUAGCGUGGUGGUGCUGGAACAAGUCAUUCCGCCGAGUUUCACCAAACCGCUGCAGGACAUGCAGGAGGUUCUCAGUGGCUUUCUCCAGAUAUGUUGCAAAAUAUCGGGCUCUCUGCCCAUCUCCGUGGAGUGGAAGAAAGACGGGUCGAAGAUCUCCAGCGGGAUCAAACACAAGUUGAUCCAGCAGGACAAUUCCGUGUCUGUGGAAAUCGAGCAGUUGGACACCCUGGAUGCGGGAACCUACUCUUGUGGGCUGAGUAACGCAGCAGGAAGCUGUGAAUGCAGUGGUUUCCUGGUGGUCAAAGAACCUCCCAGCUUUGUGUCUCUGCCCGAGUCUCAGAAGGCUCUGCCCAACGCCACCGUUCGUUUCAAAAGCACUUUUCAGGGCACCCCGCCCUUCACCGUGAAAUGGUUGAAGGACGACACGGAGCUACUGACUGGACGCUCCUGCUUCGCGGGCCUGGAAGGCUCCUCUUGCUUCCUGGAGCUCUACUCUGUGGCAGUCAGUCAGAGCGGAGUUUACAGCUGCCAAGUCAGCAAUGACGCCGGUUCCGUGCGCUGCAGCGCGAACUUGACAGUCAAAGAACCUCCAGAGUUUGUGCUGAAGCUUCCUGCUGCUAAGUUUGUGAAGCAGGGCGAGUCACUGCGCCUGGAGUGCAAGGUGACGGGCUCAGUGCCUCUGACGGUCACCUGGUACAAACAGGACACCCGGGUCUCCGAGCACAGCAACUGCAGGAUGUCCUUUGUGGACUCGCUGGCAGUCCUGGAACUUCUGGCCACCGUCUUUGAAGAUGAUGGCGUUUACACCUGCGAGGCCCAGAACGAUGCCGGCAGCGUCAGCUGCAGCACCACACUGACAGUCAAAGAACCUCCGUCUUUUAUUAAAACCCCUGGGCCUGUCGAGGCCCUCAAGGGCAAAGACGUCAGUCUGUACUGCGAGAUGGGCGGUUCUGCACCGUUCCAGAUCACCUGGUUCAAAGACAGGAAGCCUCUGAUGGAGAGCAGGAAGUAUAAGAUGGUGAGCGAGGGUGGCUCAGCCACGCUGCACCUCAUUGGGAUUGAGUCUUCCGACGGCGGCGAGUAUGAGUGCAAAGUCUCAAACAGUGUAGGAAGCGACUCCUGCCAGACCACCGUUAAACUCAGAGAGCCACCGUCUUUUGUGAAGAAACUGUCCAACGUGACAGUGAUUCUGGGACAGGAAGUGACCCUAGUGGCCACCGUUAAGGGCUCUGAACCCAUUACUGUGUCCUGGGUUCAAGACAAGGAUCACAUUCUCAGGGACGGGGACAACAGGAAAAUCACCUUUGAGAGCAACAAAGUCGCUCUUAAAGUGUUUGCGGCCGACGCCUCGACGGCGGGCAAAUACACCUGCCAGCUCCGAAACGAUGCCGGGAGCGUGGAGUGUGUGGCUAACUUGACUGUGCUAGAACCCGCCAAAAUCGUGGACAAGCCCGACGCUCUGAGUGUGACCGCGGGAGACAUCGCCGCGCUUGAGGUCAAAGUCUGUGGGACUCCAGAGCUCGUGCCCAAGUGGUUCAAGGACGGAGUGGAACUGGCCUCUGGGAGAAAGUACAAGAUCUCCUUCUCUCGCAUGAUCUCCAGCCUGAACGUGCUGGCAGCAGAGAAGGUGGACUCGGGAGAGUACACCUUUGAGGUCAUGAAUGAGGUUGGGAAGGACCUGAGCCGCAUCAACCUCACUGUUCUAGACAAACUCAUCCCGCCGUCCUUCUCCAGGAGGCUGAAGGACUGCAAUGCCGUGCUCGGCCAGGCGGGAGACCUGGAGUGCAAAGUUUCAGGUUCGGCGCCGUUCAGCAUCUCCUGGUACCACAACGACCAGGAGAUCCAGAGCGGCCCCAACUGCGACAUCUCCUUCUCGGACAACGGCUGCACGCUCAGGCUGCCCACGCUCAAGCUCUCUGACUCUGGAGUCUACAAAUGUCGAGCGGUCAACAAGGCUGGAUCCUGUGAGACCAGCGCCAAGCUGGCCGUCCGAGAGCCGCCCUCGUUUGUGGUGGCACCGCAGCCCGUCGACGCCAUGCCAGGCUCAGACGUCAGCUUCUCGGCGAUGGUGAAGGGCAGCGCCCCCCUCCGGCUGCGCUGGUUCAGGGGUACUCAAGAGCUGGUGGCUGGACGGUCCUGCAGCUUCUCCCUGAAGGACAACCAGGUGACACUGCAGCUCUUCAAGAUAGACGCCUCUCACGCCGGCGAGUACACGUGCCAGGUCAUCAAUGACGCCGGCAAGGAGAGCUGCGCAGUCAACCUUGGAGUCAGAGAGCCGGCGACCUUCGUCAAGAAGCUGAAGGACGUGUCGGUGGAGAAGGGCAAACCUCUGACGCUGGAGUGCUCGUAUUCCGGGACACCCAAGAUCUCAGUGUCCUGGUUCAAAGAUGGACAGCAGAUCUUGGCAUCUUACAAGUAUAACAUCACCACCACCGAGAGCUCCUGCCUGCUGGAGUGUCUCAGCACUGAUGACAAGGAGGCCGCUGGGACCUACUCCUGCCAGGUGUCCAACGACGCCGGCGCUGACUCGUGCCAGGCGCUUGUGACGGUCCUGGAGCCGCCGUACUUUGUGGAGCCAUUGGAGCAAAUGGAGGUGACGGCCGGCGACGCAGUGUGUCUGAAGUGCCAGGUUGCUGGGACGGCUGAGAUCAAGGUGUCCUGGUUCAAGGCGGAUGGAAAGGUGCGCUCCAGCCCCACCUGCAGGAUCGAGCUCUCCAAGGGAGCGGCCUGCCUGAAGCUCAGCAAGGCCAGCAAGGCCGAUGCGGGCGAGUACACAUGCAAGGCAGAGAACAAGAUUGGCAGCGCUUCCUCCACCUGCAGGCUCAGUGUGCUCGAGGCCAAAACGCCGCCGUCCUUUCCUAAGAAGAUCACCAGCCUGCAGCAGACUGAGGGUCAGCCCGUGACCUUCGAGUGCCGGGUGGCGGGCUCGUCUCCCAUUGAGGUGGCUUGGCUGAAGGACGGCGCAGCCCUGUCUGAUGGCGGGGACUUCACCAUGCACUUCGACGACAACACAGCAGUGCUGAGUCUCGCCACUGGAGAGAUGAGACACGCUGGCGAGUACAGCUGCGUCGCCACCAAUGCCGUGGGCACGGCAUCCUGCCGCGCCAAGCUCACCCUCCAAGAGCCUCGCUUCCCACCGGUCUUUGACAGGAAGUUGUCUGCGAAGGAAGUGACAGUUGGAGACAGCUUGGAGCUGGAGUGUCACAUGACUGGCUCUGCACCCAUCAAGGUCACUUGGUCUAAGGACCACAAGGACAUCCGCUCGGGCGGGAAUUACAAGAUCAGCACGGAGGACAACACGAGCCGUCUGACCAUCAUAAAGAGUGACCGCGCCGACACAGGCCGCUACUUCUGCCACGCCUCCAAUGACGUGGGCAAAGACUCUUGCUCCUCUGACGUCACUGUCAAAGAGCGCAAGAACCCGCCCAUUUUCACCAAGAAGCCCUCCGGGCACAUGGAGGACACCGAGGGCCGGCUGGUGAAGCUGGAGGGGCGCGUGACCGGCUCCCAGCCCAUGCUGCUGCGCUGGUUCAAGGAUGGAACUGAAAUCUUCACCUCGGACAAAUACGACAUCAGCUUCAAGAGCCACGUGGCCGUGCUGUGCAUCAGGAGCAGCUGCGUGGCUGACAGCGGCACCUACGCCGUCCAUGCCUCCAACGAAGCCGGCGAAGCCGCCUGUGACGUGACUGUGGGAAUCUCAGCGGCCAAAAAGCCACCGGUGUUCGACGUCCCCCUGAAAGCCGUGACGAUCGCCGAGGGCAACAAGCUGAGUCUGGUGUGUCACGUCCGCGGCUCACCCCCCUUGAAGGUUCAGUGGAUGAAGGACAGGAAGGAGGUGUCUGAGGGGGGCAGCACCAAAACCACUUUCUCUGAUGGAACGGCCAGUCUGGAGGUGGCGGCGGCGUCGCGGCACGAUGCAGGAGACUACCUGUGCAAGGCGACCAACGAGGCUGGCAGCGAGUUCUGCAAAGCCAAAGUCAGCGUGGAAGAGAAAGUGGCCCUGCCCAUCCCUGAAACCCCAGAAGCCCCACCCACCAAAGCCGUGGAUCAGCUGUUUUUCAUCGAGGAGCCACGGAGCACCGUCGUCACAGAGAAGGGAAGUGCCACCUUCAUCGCCAAAGUGGGCGGAGAGCCCAUCCCCAGUGUCAAGUGGAUGAAGGGGAAGUGGCGUCAGCUCACGCAUGGCGGCAGAAUCUCAGUGGAGCAGAAAGGUCAGGACGCCAAGUUGGAGAUCCGCGAGGCCACUCGGUCGGACUCAGGCCAGUACCGCUGCGUGGCCUCGAACAAGUUCGGCGAGAUCGAGUGCAGCGCCACCCUGCAGGUGGAAGAGAAAAAGGAGGCGGAGCAACUGGAUGGAGACCUGCGGGCCAAACUGAAGAAGACGCCGUCAAAGCAGAAGAGUCCGCAGGAGGAAAAAGACAUUGACAUUGUGGAGUUGUUGAGGAACGUGGACCCUAAAGAGUACGAGAAGUACGCCCGGAUGUACGGGAUCACAGACUACCGCGGCCUCCUGCAGGCCAUUGAGCAGCUGAAAAAAGAGAAGGCAGAGGAAAGUGGACGACCGGAAGUGGAACGUGUAGAUCGCGAGUCAGACGAGGACAUGGCGCGGCUAGUGGCUGACCUGCAGAAACGAAUGGAGAGAACUGAGCCUGUCAACGUGGUGAAGGACAUUGGCGAUCAGUCUGUGUUCAAAGACGAGGAGGCAGAGUUUGAGUGCGAGGUGAAGAUCAACUACCCGGAGAUCACUCUGUCCUGGUACAAGGGCACGCAGAAGCUGGACAACAGCGACAAGUACCUGAUCAGUGUCAGCGGUGACCGCCACCUGCUGAGGAUCAGAAAGUGCCAGCUGACGGAUCAAGGAAACUACCGUGUGGUUUGUGGGCCACACAUCUCCAGUGCCAAGCUGACGGUGUCAGAGGUGGAGGUGGAGAAGCACCUGCAGGACACUUCGGGUAAGGAAGGCCAGGCCUGCACGCUGUCUUGUCAGUUGUCCGUUCCCAAUGUGGAGGCGCAGUGGUUUAAAAAUGGCCAGCAGUUAGAGAUGAAGGGGAGGUUCGUGUCUGAGGUCAAACACAAGGUUCAGAAGCUUCUAAUCAAGGACCUCAAGCCUGAAGACCAGGGCCGGUACACCUGCCGGUACCAGAACUUGGAAUCGUCUGCUGAGCUCUGGGUGGAAGCUGAACAAAUUCAUUUCACCAAGCGCAUCCACAACGUGGAGGUCAACGAACGCCAGUCAGCCACCUUCGAGUGUGAGGUGUCUUUCGACAACGCCAUCGUCUCGUGGUACAAAGACACCUGGGAACUGAAAGAGAGCAAUAAGUACAACUUCACGAGCGAAGGGCGUCGGCAUUUCAUGGUGAUCCGAAACGUGACGAUAGAGGACGAAGGCGUUUACUCUGUGAUUGUGAGGUUGGAGCCGCGUGGCGAAGCUAAAAGCACAGCUGAGCUUUAUUUGUCGGGCAAAGAGAUCGAAUUAGCAAUGGUUCCCUUUGAUGUGCCAGACUCUUCUGUUCAGAGGCCUGAGAUGCCACCAUCACUGGAAAUACAAGAGUCAGCUGAGCUUUAUCAGUACGAAGAGAAACACGAAGAGCGAGUGGAGAUGCAGAGCUGGACAGAAGAGACACUGACUGUGUCCACAGCAGAAGUUUCCAGCGUGGUGGUGGAAGAGACAGUGGAGACCAAGAAAGUGGAGAUGAAAGAGCAGGUGCCUAAAAAAGUCCCCAAAGCGGAGGAAGAGCUGGCACCCACUGCCAAGGAGCCACCCGCCCCUGAAGCUCCAGAGGAGAAGAUGCCGGUGGAUGAGAAGGUUCCAGUGGUUUCAGCCCCUGAAAAGAAGGAAGCUCGUGAAGAACCCUCAGAGAGGAAAAAGCCAGUAGAAGCUCCGAGUCCACCUCCCAAGAAGCCUGGACUACCGGAGAAAGAGCCUGCUGCCAAACCAGAACCUGAAUCUAAACCUAAAGCAGAACCAAAGCACAAACUUGCGCAGGCUUCCAAAGAGGAACCCGAACCUAUACUUAAACCUCUUCCAGCCGCUAAGGCAGAGCCAGAACCCAAACCAAGGGCUGUUCCCAUUCCGAAAGAAGAUGCGGAACCCAAGCCGGUCCCAGCACCUAAGGUCGAGCCGGAACCCAAACCAAAGCCGGUCCCAGCACCUAAGGUCGAGCCGGAACCCAAACCAAAGCCGGUCCCAGCACCUAAGGUCGAGCCGGAACCCAAACCAAAGCCGGUCCCAGCACCUAAGGUCGAGCCGGAACCCAAACCAAAGCCGGUCCCAGCUCCCAAAGUCGAGCCGGAACCCAAACCAAAGCUGGUCCCAGCUCCUAAAGUUGAGCCGGAACCCAAACCAAAGCUGGUCCCAGCUCCUAAAGUUGAGCCGGAACCCAAACCUAAGCCGGUCCCAGCUCCCAAAGUCGAGCCGGAACCCAAACCUAAGCCGGUCCCAGCUCCCAAAGUUGAGCCGGAACCCAAACCAAAGCCGGUCCCAGCUCCUAAAGUCGAGCCGGAACCCAAACCAAAGCUGGUCCCAGCUCCUAAAGUCGAGCCGGAACCCAAACCAAAGCCGGUCCCAGCUCCUAAAGUCGAGCCGGAACCCAAACCUAAGCCGGUCCCAGCUCCUAAAGUCGAGCCGGAACCCAAACCUAAGCCGGUCCCAGCUCCUAAAGUUGAGCCGGAACCCAAACCUAAACCGGUCCCAGCUCCUAAAGUCGAGCCGCAACCCAAACCAACACCAGUACCAUCUCCUAAAGUCGAGCCGGAACCCAAAGCAAAGCCAGUCCCAGCUCCCAAAGUCGAGCCGGAACCCAAACCUAAACCGGUCCCAGCUCCCAAAGUCGAGCCGGAACCUAAACCAAAACCCGUUCCAGCGCCAAUAGAAGAGGCCCAACGAAAACCUGUACCUCUUAAGGACGAGCCUGAACCCAAACCAAAGCCGGCGCCACCUUCCAAAGUGGAACCAGAACCUAAACCUACGUUGGCACGUGAGCCUGAGACCAAACCAAUAUCAGUUCCUGAAGCUGAGCCAGAACCCAGUGCUCCAGCCAAAGUGGAGCCUGCAGUUGAACCGAAGAGGGAGGCUCCAAAAGUCUCUGAGGAGGCGGCAAAACCUGAGCAUACUGCCAUCAAAGGAAAGCCAGCAGCAACAGAAGAAGAACUGGAAUCUGCUGAGACCAAACCAGAGCCAAUCAUUACCCAUCCAGAAGCUCCUUCUUUGAUUCCUCCUUCUGCCAAACCUACUCCACAACCAGAAUCCAAAGUGCUGAAGCCAGAACCUCUGCCACUGAGCAAACCUGAAGAAGAGGUAUUUGUAAAACCUUUGCCAAAGGUGCCCGAACAUGAGGAGGUGGCAUCUACUGAGCGUCAGAAGAAAGACGCGACGUCAAAGAAGGAGCCUGUGACAGCUCCGCUGCCCCCCCAGAGGAAAGGCACGGUGGAGUUGAAGAAGCCUGCUGCCCCUGAAGAACCCGAAACAAAGAUGCCGAAGACCCCUGCACGGACUGCCGGAGCUCCUGAAAUGGAAACGAAAGAGGAGCCAGCUCGACAAGAACCUGUGCCCGCGCUGGACAAAGUGGCACCAGUGAAACCUGCCGCUGGGACAGAAGAAGUCAGAGCUGCUGACAAAGUCUCCAAAGUCCCUGAAGACAAAACGACAAAAGUAGAAAGGAAGACGAGUCCUCCUGAUUCCAAGCAAGUAGGUGAGACCAAGGAACCUGUCCAGGCACCUGGCGGCGUGAAGAAAGAACUGGCUCUUCCCAAAAAAGGUAAAGAUGAGGUGGAUGAGGGAGGGACCUUUGAGAUUCCCACCUUGAGGAAAACCACUAGAGUGACAAGGGAAGUGGAAGAGGAGCAGCAGACUGUCCAACUGAAGAAGAUUCCGUCAGUCACUCCCAAAGAGGCAGCAAAGGAGGAGAAGCCUCAGGCAGUCACCAAGACCACUGUGUUUAACGUAGAAGAGCUUGUGCACGAAGAAGAGACCUUUCAGAUGGUUGUUGCCACCCGGAGAACUGCUGAGGAGAUGCAACCCAGGGAGAGAGCUGAAACUGUCAAGAAACCUGAGGUCCUAACAGCCAGACAGGAAGAAAAGAAAGAAGGUCCCAAAGACUCUUGGGCACGGCAGAAAGGCCUUCCACCGGCUGAAAAACCAGAAGACCAGGUUUCCUUGAAGAAAGCUCCCAAAGCCCCAAAGCCGGGAGAAGUGGAGACUGCCGGUGUGGCAUUGAAAAAGGUCAAGAAGCUCCCUUCAGAUGACAUUGAACCAGAAGUUGUUAAGUUGAAACCUUUCCAGAGGCCACAGAAGCCAGAAGAAGAACCAGAGAAGGACAAGAAGGAGAGACCAGAUAAAGACACUAUGGCAUUCCAAAGGGGCGACAGAACGCCACAUGAUUUGGUGCCAAAGGAACCUGCCAGAAAACAAAAGGCUCCACUGGAGGAGAAGGAGAUGCAGGCUGAAAUAUCAAAACCGGUCGCUGAGAAGAAAACUCCAGGCAAAGAGCCGAUCGAUGUCAGUGUUGACGCCAAAGUGAAGAGAAUCCCUACACAAGAACAAGCGGCAGAGACCGUCAAACUGAAACCAGUUCCUGAACCUCAGAAAGACUAUGAGGAACCAGAGAGAGAACCAGCAAAAGACAGUGUGCGAGAGCCAGCCGCUGUCUCGUUUCACCCUCGCACAUGUCCAGAAGAGAAGCCAAGAGGUCAUGUGCCAGAAGUCAGACUGAAAGCCCCUGAGACACCCGUGGCUCCUGGAAAAGAACUAGAGAAGGCGAAAGCAGAAGAACCUUGUCCAACUGACAAAAUCCCUCGGCCCAGUGCUGAGCCCAUAAAGAGAACCGAGAAGGUUCCUGAAGAACCAAAGGCCCUUAAGCUGAAGAAGGUAGUCACCCCAAAACCAAAAGAAGCCAAAGAAGAGGUUGUUUCGAAACCCAUGGAGCAAUUGAAGAAGGUAGAACUGAAAAAGACACCGUCUCCUAAAGUUGAGAAGCUGAAAGAAGCAGAGCCUGUUGAGAGAAAACUCAGCGUGGACAAGCUCAAAAAGAUCCCCAAGCCUGUGUCCCCCAAAGAUUCCAUCGAAGCCAUUACUCUGAAAAAAGUUCCCAAGAAACCUUCUCCUGAGGAGCCACCUAAGCCGGAUGGGGAGAAGAUUCCGGUGAUGAGGGAGGUUUCUCCGGGAGCUGUGCAGAUGAAAAAGAUUGACACCCAGCCAGAGGAGGAAGUCUCCCAGGAGCAGUUUGACAGGGCAGAGGACGGGGAGGAGGAGGAGGAGGAGGAGGCUUGGGGCUGGGAACUGGUUCCCACUGAUGAAGGGGAAGAUGGUGCUCUGGAGGUGCCUGGGAUGACCAGGAGAGAGGGCCAACCAGCCGAGGAGGCGGGACGCGGCCGAGGCCGGGGCCUCAAGCCCAAGCAGACCCCAUCUCCAGGAGAAGGCCGGGGCCGUGGCUUGAAGCCCGGUGGCAAAGGCCCUUCACCACCGGAGGAGCCAUUCGCCGGCUUCAAACUUAAGGCUGUUCCCCUGAAAUUCAUCAAGAAGAUUCAAGACAUCGUGCUGCAGGAGGCCGAGUCCAUUGGUUCCUCUGCUGUGUUUGAGUGCGAAGUGUCCCCUUCCACAGCCAUCACGUCCUGGAUGAAGGAUGGCAGCAACCUGCGUGAGAGCCCCAAGCACAAGUUUACCUCUGACGGCAAAGAUCGCAAGCUGGCGAUUAUCGACGUGCAGCUGUCCGACACCGGUGAAUAUACCUGUGUGGCCAAGAAUGCCGGGAAGGAGAUCUCCUGCACGGCCAAGCUGAUCGUGGAAGAGCUGCCUGUGAAGUGGGUGAAGGAGCUGGAGGAGGAGACGUCAGCCAUCAAGGGCCAGCCGGUGUACGUGACCUGUGAGCUGAACAAAGAAAGAGACGUGGUGUGGAAGAGAAACGGCGAGGUGCUGAAGAAGGCCGCUGGUAAGAUUCAGAUCAACAUCAUCGGUAUGCAGCACGCAGUGACCGUCCAGAACUCCACGGAGGAGGACGCCGGCGUUUACACCUGCGAGGUUGCAGGCCAGGAGGACGUCAAGACCGCAACCAACGUCAAAGUCAUUGAGAUAAUAAAAGACUGGAUCGUGAAGCCUCUGAGGGACCAGCAUGUCAAGCCGAAGGCUGCUGCGACGUUCAAGUGUGAGCUCUUCAAGGACACUCCCAACUGGAAGUGGCUAAAAGGAGAAGCCGAGCUCACUCCGUCCGACAAAGUGGAGAUGAAGGAAGACGGCAAAGAGCUGACUCUCACCAUCAAAAACUGCCAGCCAGAUGAUGUCGCAGAAUACGCCUUGGAGGUGGAGGGGCGCGUCUACACCGCCAAACUGACUCUCGGGGAGCGGGAGGCUGAGAUCCUCAAGCCUCUUGCCAGCGUUGAGGUGGUCGAGAAGGAAGAUGCGUCCUUUGAAACGGAGAUCUCCGAGGAAGAUGUCGCGGGCGAAUGGAAGCUAAAAGGAGAGGUUUUGACAAGAUCCCCAACGUGUGAAAUCCUGAUGGAAGGUGCUGUGCGAAGACUGAUUCUGAAGAACUGCCAGCUGGACCAGGCCGGCGAGGUGUCCUACCAGGCCCUCAACGCUGUGACCAGCGCCAUGCUGAAUGUGAAAGAAAUGGAGAUGGGCUUUGUUGUCCCGCUGAGAGACGUUUCUGUGCCUGAAAAGAAACAGGCCAAGUUUGAAUGCUCCAUCACCAAGGAUGUCCUAAAGGUCAUGUGGUAUAGAGGGGCUGACAUCAUCACCCCAGACCAGAAGUAUGACAUCAUCGAUGAUGGAAAGAAGCACAUGCUAAUCAUUAACUGCUGUGAGUUUGAGGACGAGGAUGACUAUACCAUUGAGGUCUUGGGGAAGACCUCCACCGCCAGACUGACGGUGGAGGGUAUCAGGCUGAAGUGUAUCUCGCCGAUACAAGACCAAACAGUCAAGGAGGGCAAAACCGCAGUGUUCCAGCUGGAGCUCUCUCACAAAGAGGUCCCGGUGACCUGGUUCAAGAACGAUGUGAAGAUCCAUCCCGGCAGGACCGUCUUCAUUCGUGCGGAGGGAGCGAAGCACCUUCUUGAGUUAAAGGAUGUGACUCUUGACGACACUUGCCAAAUCAAGGCAGAAGCCAAAGGAAUCCCCUCCAUGGCAAACCUGACCGUCAUAGAGGGCGAUGCCUACUUCACAGUCAAGCUGCAGGACUACACUGCAGUGGAGAGAGACGAUGUGCUUUUAGACUGUGAGCUCAACAAAGACGUGGAAGUGGUGUGGUACCACGGGGAGGCUGAAGUUAAAGCCUCCAAAGUGCUGAGCGUUAAAGCGGAGGGUAAACGCAGAGCGCUUCUCAUCAAGAAAGUUGGAGACAAGGACAAAGGCCAGUACGUCUGCGACUGCGGCACCGACAAGACCGCGGCCACGCUGCACAUUGAAGCUCGCCAUAUCAAGGUGGUGCGCCCUCUGUAUGGCGUCGAGGUGUUUGAUGGUGAGACGGCUCGAUUUGAGGUGGAACUGAGUGAGGACGACGUCCGCGGCCAGUGGAAGCUGAACGGAGAGGUCCUCAGCGAGUCUCCUGAUGUUGAGAUUGUGGAGGAUGGAGCCAAACACACUUUGGUCUUGUACAACUGCAAGGUUCCCCAGUCGGGGGAGGUGACCUUUGCUGCCGCCAGUGCAAAGUGCUCGGCCAAGCUGAAAGUGAAGGAGCUGCCGCUCUCGUUCCUCACGCCACUCUCAGAUGUUCACGUCUAUGAGAAGGAGGAGGCGCGGUUUGAGCUGGAAAUUUCUCGAGCGCCGAAAACCUUUCGAUGGCUGAAGGGGUCGCAGGAGUUACAGAGUGAUGACAAGUUUGAGCUGCUGCAGGAUGGAACCAGACACACGCUUGUCGUACAAUCGGCCAAGUACGAGGACGAAGCCAAAUACAUGUUUGAUGCUGAAGAUCAGAGGACGUUUGGCAGGCUGAUCAUCAAAGGUAUCCGCCUUGAAUUUCUCAAGCCAAUAAAGGAUGUGACAGUGAAGGAGCGAGAGACUGCGCAGUUCAGUCUCCAACUGUCACACGAAGGGAUCCCAGUGGUCUGGUACAAGAACGACACGCGUCUGCACCCCAGCAAGGUGGCGCACAUGUCAGAGGCCGGCCGGCUCCACACCCUGGCCUUGAGAGAGGUCACCAUGGAGGACACGUCUCUCAUCAGGGCCCAGGCCAUGGACAAGUGCUCCGAGGCCACGCUCACUGUGCUGGAGGGCGACCUGUACUUCACAGUCAAGCUCCAGAACUACACGGCUGUCGAAAAGGACGAGGUGAUAUUGUCUUGUGAACUCAGUAAGGACGGUGGCAACGUCACAUGGUUCAAAGAUGGAACGGAACUGGUUCCGUCCCGGAAUGUUGUGCUCCACGCUGAGGGCAGGAAGCGCACGCUGACCCUGAGGAAGGCUGCAAAGAAGGACAUGGGCGCGUACAGCUGCGACUGUGGCACCGACAAAACCACAGCCAGUCUCAACAUCGAAGAGCGAGACAUCAAGGUGUUGCGGCCACUCUACAGCGUGGAGGUGACGGAGACCGAAACAGCCAAGUUUGAGACAGAGAUCUCGGAGGACGACCUCCAUGCUGUCUGGAAGCUGAAGGGGGAGACGCUGCACCCAUCGCCCGAAGUGGAGAUGAAGGAGGAGGGAAAGCGCCACACCCUGAUCCUGUUCAACUGCAAAAAGGAAAUGGCGGGAGGCGUGGACUUCUCUGCUGCAAACGCCAAGUCUUCGGCUCACCUCAGAGUCAAAGCUCGAGUCAUCGGGCUCCAGAGGCCUCUGAAGGAUGUGACUGUGACAGCCGGGGAAAGUGCCACCUUCCAGUGUGAGCUGUCCUACGAAGGCAUCCCUGUCCAAUGGUUCCUGGGGGGUACCAAGCUGGAACCCAGCGACAGAGUGGUGCUGAAGGCAGAAAAUAAAGUCCACAGUUUGACCCUGAGGGACGUUCAGCUGAACGAAGCCGGACAAGUGACCCUGAGCGCCAAAGACUUCCAGACCGAUGCAAACCUCAUUGUCAGAGAGCCGCCCGUGGAGUUCACCAAGCCCCUGGAGGACCAGACGGUGGAGGAGGAGGCCACUGCCACGCUGGAAUGCGAGGUGUCCAGAGAGAACGCUGAAGUGCGAUGGUUCCGCGAUGGACAAGAGAUCCGCAAGACCAAGAAGUAUGAGAUGAUUGUGGAUGGACGCAGGAGGACCCUGCUCAUCCACGAAUGCACCCUGGAAGACGCGAGGACGUACACCUGCGAUGCCAAAGACUUCAAGACGUCCUGUUUCCUCAGUGUCGAACCUCCGUAUGCAGAGUUCACGAAGCCGCUGCAUGACGUGGAGGUCCGUGAAAAGGAAUCGGCCCGGUUCGAGUGCGAGCUCUCCAGAGAAGACGUCAAAGUGCGCUGGCUGAGGGAGGGCAGCGAAAUACGGAAAGGCAAAAAAUACGAGAUCUUGGCGCAGGGGCGGCAGCACGCCCUCAUCAUCCACAAGUCGGUGUUUGACGAUGAGGCUGAGUAUGAGUGCGAUGCCAAAACCUCCAAAUCCUCUGGCAUGCUGACCGUCGUCGAGGAGGAAGCCCGGUUCACCAAGAACCUUGCCAACGUGGAGGGGACCGAAACCGACAGCGUUAAACUCAUCUGCGAGGUGUCGAAGGCCAGUGCUGACGUCACUUGGUACUGCGGCGACCAUGAGCUGCCAGAAGGCGGCCGCUACGACCAGAUCGUCGACGGGAGGAGAAGGAUCCUGCUGAUCCAGGACCUCAAGAUGACUGAUGCCGGACAGUACCACUGCAAGCUGAGUCCCAGCGUGACCACCUCAGGAUCGCUCUCCAUCAACGAGCUCGCCGCCGAGUUCAUCUCACGUCCCCGCGCUCUGGAGGUGGUCGAGGGCGAGACGGCAGAGUUCACCUGCUCCGUCUCCAAGGAGAGCCACCAGGUGGCAUGGAUGAAGGACGACAAGGAGCUGCAGGCUGGAGACAAGUACCAGAUGAGCAGUGACGGGAAGAGGCGGAGCCUGAUCAUCAAGAGCUGCGAGCUGAGCGACGAGGGAGGCUAUGUGGUGAAGAUUGGUCCCACCAAGGCUAGCGCUGACCUCACCGUGCUUGAAAAACUGAGGAUCAUCACGCCGCUGAAGGACACGGAGACCAAGGAAGGUCAGGAGGUGGUCCUGAAUUGUGAGGUGAACACGGAGGGCGCCAAGGCAAAGUGGCUGAAGAACGGCGAGACCAUUUUUGAGAGCAGCAAGUACGCCAUGCUGCAGAGAGACAACGUCUACUCGCUGAGGAUCAAGGACGCACAGAGGGACGACGAGUCCAGCUACAGCAUCAACCUGAGCAACCAGAGAGGAGAGCAGGCCAAGAGCACCUGCAGCCUCGUCGUCAAAGAGGAAAGCCUUCGCAUCGUGGUUCCCCUUGAGGACAUGGACACCCAAGAGAAGAAGACGGUUUCCUUCUCCUGUAAGGUCAACCGAGCCAACGCUACAGUGACGUGGCUGAAGGCUGGCCAGGAGAUGACAUUCAGCAAGCGCCUAGUCUACAGAGCUGACAAGGACAAGCACACUCUCACCAUCAAAGACUGCACGCUGGCCGACGAGGGCGAGUACAGCGCUGUGGCUGGAGAGAGCAAGUCCACGGCAGAGCUGAUCAUCAGUGAGGCGCCUACGGACUUCAGCAUGCAGCUGAAGGACCAGACCAUCACAGAGUUUGAGGACGCAGAAUUCACCUGCAAGCUGACCAAAGAAAAGGCAGAGGUCAAGUGGUACAGGAAUGGACGGGAGAUCAGAGAGGGCCCCAGGUACGCGUUUGAAAAGGACGGGAAGACCUGCACGCUACGCAUCAAGGAGUGCCGGCCAGACGACGAGUGCGAGUACGCCUGUGGUGUGGACGAAAAGAGGUCCCGGGCAAGACUCUUCGUUGAAGAGACCCCAGUGGAGAUCGUCAGACCACCCCAGGACCUCUUCCAGCCACCGGGCACCGACGUGGUGUUCGAGGUGGAGCUCAACAAGGACCGGGUGGAAGUGAAGUGGCUGAGGAACAAUAUGACUGUGGUCCAGGGUGACAAGUAUCAAAUGAUGAGCGAAGGCAAAGUCCACCGACUGCAGGUCUGUGAGAUCCGACCUCGAGAUCAGGGCGAGUACAGAGUUGUAGUCAAGGACAAAGACGCCAAGGCCAAGCUGGAGCUGGCAGCUAUUCCUCAGAUUAAGACCACAGACCAGAGUUACGUCACAGACGCUGGGAAGCCCGUUGACCUGGUGGUCCCCUACAGCGCAUACCCUCAAGCCAAAGCUGAGUGGCUGUACAAUGGCCUCAGCCUACCUGAGGACAAUAUUUACACCUCCACAGACCGCACAGAGUACCGACUGAAAGAUCCCAAGAAGGGUGAUGAAGGACGCUACAAAGUUGUCAUCAGGAACAAACAUGGCGAGGGAGAAGCCUACAUCAACCUGGACGUCAUCGACGUCCCGGGCCCUGUGAAGAACCUGCAGGUGGUGGACACAGCAGACGGAGAGGUCAGCUUGGCGUGGGAAGAACCAGAGAGUGACGGAGGCGCCAAGGUCGUCAGCUAUGUGGUGGAGAGACGGGAUGUGAAGCGCAAGACCUGGACGCUGGCCACCGACCGUGCCGACAGUCCAGAGUACACAGUCACUGGACUCCAGAAGGAGUCAAUGUACUUCUUCAGAGUCUGUGCCAGAAACCGCGUCGGCAGUGGACCCACCGUGGAAACGGACGAGGCGGUUCAAGCCAAAAACAAGUUUGACGUUCCCGACGCGCCGCUCAAUGUGACGGUUGCAAACGUAUCCAAGUUUGGCUGCACCGUCUCCUGGGAGCCUCCCGUGUCGGACGGAGGCUCGCCCAUCACCGCCUACACUAUCGAGCUCCGUGACAGAACGUCCGUCAAGUGGCUGCCCGUCCAGCUGACCAAAGCUGAUGAGCUCAGCGCCGUCAUCAACGAUGUCAUCGAGAACAAAGAAUACAUCUUCAGAGUCAAAGCGGAAAACAAAGCUGGAGUCGGCAAACCCAGUGCAGCGUCGGCACCCGUCAAGAUCAUGGACCCCAUUGAGCGACCCAGUCCCCCUCAGAACCUGGUCUGGCAGGAUCAGAACAAGACCUCCGUGCAGCUCACAUGGGAGACGCCGCUGAGGAACGGAGGCAGCAUGAUCACUGGAUACAUCAUCGAGCGCUGCGAGGAUGGAGGCGAUAAGUGGCUGCGCUGCAACGCGCGCCUCUGUCAGGAUCUCUUCUACAAGGUGUCCGGCUUGAAAUACGGAACAAAGUACAACUACAGAGUUUUUGCGGAAAAUGCUGCCGGCGUCUCUGACCCCUCUAACGUCCUCGGACCGCUGCUGGCCGACGAUGCACACACCGCGCCGAACUUGGAUCUCAGUGCAUUCAAGGACGGACUGGAAGUUAUUGUUCCCCAGCCACUCACCAUUAGGGUCCCCAUCACCGGGUACCCCACUCCAGCAGCCAAGUGGACCUUUGGAGAGAAGGAGCUGACUGCUGAAGACGAGCGUGUCACCGUCACUACCAAGUCCACCUACGCCGAAGUGACGGUCACACCAAGCGUCCGACCGGACAAAGGGACCUACACUCUGCAUCUGGAGAAUGACGUCACUUCGGUGUCUGGAGAAAUUGACGUUAACGUCAUUGCUGCACCCAGCGCACCCAGGGACUUCAAAGUUCUGGAGGUCACCCGGCAGCACGUCCACCUCUCCUGGGAGGCACCCGACCAUGACGGAGGCAGUCCUCUGACUGGAUACCAAGUGGAGAAGAGAGAUGUGUCACGCAAGACCUGGGUCAAGGUGACCACAGGUAUCCAAGACCAAGAGUUCACCGUCACUGACGUGGUGGAAGGAAAGGAGUAUCUGUUCCGAGUGACUGCGUGCAACAAGUGUGGCCCCGGGGAGCCAGCUUACAUUGAUGAGCCUGUGAAUGUCUCCUCUCCGGCCACCGUGCCUGAUCCCCCCGAGAACCUACGAUGGCGAGACAAGUCCGCCAGUGGCAUCUUCCUGACGUGGGAGCCACCCAAGUACGAUGGCGGCUCUGGCAUCCGUGGCUACAACGUAGACCGCUGUCAGAGAGGAACUGAUAAAUGGGAGCCCUGCGGAGACAUGGUGCCCGAGCUUAAGUGCCAGGUGACAGGUCUGACAGAGGGCCAGUGGUAUUCCUACAGAGUUCGAGCCCUGAAUCGACUAGGCGCUAGUCGGCCCUGCAAAGCCACCGACGAGAUCCAGGCGGUGGAUCCCAAAGAACCUCCUGAGAUCCAGCUGGAUGCAAAGCUUCUGGCAGGUCUUACCGCCAAGGCUGGAAGUAGGAUUGAACUUCCAGCUGAGGUCACGGGUAAACCAGAACCCCGGGUAAAGUGGACCAAAGCGGACCUGAUCCUCAAACCUGAUGACAGAGUCACGAUUGACAGCAAACCAGGCCACUCCACAGUCACUAUCUCCAAGACCACCAGGGAUGACAGCUCCACCUACAUCAUUGAGGCCACAAAUAGCUGCGGCCGGGCCCUGGCCACCGUGGACGUCAACAUCCUGGACAAGCCCGGCCCUCCAGCAGCCUUCGACAUAUCUGAGAUCACCAAUGAGUCCUGCUUCUUGGCCUGGAAUCCCCCUCGUGACGAUGGCGGAUCCAGAGUCACCAACUACAUCGUAGAGCGACGCGCUGCCGACAGCCAGAUCUGGCACAAGCUCUCCUCCACCGUCAAACAGACCACGUACAGAGCUCUGGGCCUGGCCCGCUUCAAGGAGUACAUCUUCAGGGUGUUCGCCGAGAACCAGUUUGGUGUGGGACCGCCAGCGGAGCAUCCGUCCAUCGUUGCCCGAUACCCCUUCGACACCCCUGGUGCCCCCUACAAACUUGAGCCAUCAGAUGUUGCAAAGGACUCUCUGACGCUCACCUGGUAUGAGCCAGACGAGGACGGCGGGAGCCCCAUCACUGGAUACUGGGUUGAGAGAUAUGAGCCGGACCACGACAAGUGGAUCCGUUGCAACAAGUUGCCUAUCAAAGACACAAACUACCGAGUCAAAGGUCUACCCACCAGGAAGAAGUACAAGUUUAGAGUUCUGGCAGAGAAUCUGGCAGGAACUGGAAAACCCAGCAAAGAAACAGACCUGAUCCUGGUCAAGGACCCCAUUGAUCCUCCUUGGGCUCCCGGCAAACCGACUGUGAAGGAUGUGGCCAAGACUUCCUGCUUCCUUAUGUGGACCAAACCGGAACAUGAUGGCGGGGCUAAGAUCGACGGCUAUGUGAUCGAGAUGCUGAAGAGUGGCACGACCGACUGGAUCCGAGUGGCGGAGAAUGUCAACGUCACAGAGCACUUCCUGAAGGGCCUGAUGGAGAAGCAGGAGUACUCUUUCAGGGUGCGAGCUGUCAACGUGGCUGGCGAGAGUGAGCCUAGCGAGCCCAGCGACCCAGUUCUGUGCAAGGAGAGGCUGAACCCGCCUACUGCCCCUCGCUGGCUGGAGGUCAUAAACAUCAGCCGGAACAGUGCCGAGCUAAAGUGGACCCAGCCUGAACGUGACGGUGGCUCUCGCAUCACCAACUACGUGGUGGAAAAGCGCGAUGUCCGUCGGAAGGGCUGGCAGGCCGUCGACACCACAGUCAAGGACCUGAAGUACACUGUCACACCGCUGAACGAGGGCUCGCUCUAUGUGUUCCGUGUCGCCGCUGAGAACGCUGUCGGGGUUGGACCGUUCUGCGAGUUAGAGGACUCUGUCAUGGCAAAGGACACGUUCACCACUCCUGGACCGCCGUACGCGCUCGCUGUCACAGCAGUGUCGAAGAGAUAUGUGGACCUUCAGUGGGAGGAGCCCAAAAACGACGGCGGCAGGCCUAUCCUCAGAUACUCUUUGGAAAAGAAGGAGAAACUGGGAACCCGCUGGGUGAAAUGUGGCAAAACUUCAGGCCCGGAUUGUAAGUACAGAGUGACAGACGUUAUUGAGGGAACCGAGGUCCAGUUCCAGGUGUGCGCUGAGAACGAGGCGGGUGUAGGACAUCCAAGUGAGCCCACCGAGAUCCUGACCAUCGAAGAUCCAACAGGUGUUCCGUCGCCUCCUGUUGAACUUCAUGUGACUGGGGCCAGCAGGGACUUCCUGUCCAUCGCCUGGAAGCCCCCGCAGAGAGACGGCGGCAGCCCCGUCCGUGGCUACCACAUUGAGAUGUGUGAGGCGGGAACUGAGAAGUGGAUGAGAGUGAACUCGCGUCCUGUGAAGGAGCUGAAGUACAGAGUGGAGGAGGGCAUAGUUCCUGAGAAGGAAUACAUCCUCAGAGUGAGAGCUAUCAACGCUGUGGGCGUCAGCGAGCCCUCCGACAUCUCUGAGAAUGUGUUCGCCAAAGACUCGGACUGCAACCCCACGCUCGACUUCCAGACGCUUGAUCUGGUUGUGGUGGAGACAGAGAAGCUGCACAUCCCAGUUCCCUUCAGGGCCGUCCCAUCUCCCAGGAUAACCUGGCACAAGGACGGCAAAGAGCUGAAGGCUGACGAUCGACUCGGCCUCAGGCAAGAGUACAUGUCCUGCUGCCUAGAGGUGGACAGCAGUCUUCACGCAGAUGCCGGACAGUACAAAGUGACUCUGGAGAAUAAACUGGGAGCCGCCAGUGCCACCAUCAACGUUAAAGUCAUCGGUCUUCCUGGUCCAUGUAAGGAUAUUGUGGCCUCUGAGAUCACCAAAAACUCCUGCAAGGUCUCCUGGGAUCCUCCUGACUAUGACGGCGGCAGUGCCAUUCUUCACUACGUCCUGCAGCGACGAGAGGCCGGCAGAAGGACCUACGUCAACAUGAUGUCUGGGGAGAACAAGGUUUGCUGGACUGUCAAGGACCUCAUUCCCAACGGAGAGUACUACUUCAGAGUUCAGGCUGUGAACAAAAUCGGUGGAGGAGAGUUCAUCGAGUUGCGGAAUCCUGUCAUUGCAGAGGACCAAAAACAUCCACCGGACCCACCUGUGGAUGUGGAGACUCACAAUCCCACCUCCAGCACCGUUACACUCACCUGGAAACCGCCCAUGUAUGACGGCGGUGCAAAAAUCAUGGGCUACAUCCUGGAAAGACAGCAGAAGGGCGAGGACAAGUGGGAGAGGUGCAACGACUUCUUGGUGCCCGUCCUGUCCUACACCGUCAGAGGGCUGACCGAGGGCAAGAGUUAUGCCUUCAGGGUGAGAGCGGAAAAUGCCGCCGGGGUCAGCGAGCCCUCCCGCGGCACUCUGUUUGUCAAGGCCCUGGACGCUGUGGAUGCGCCAAAGGUGUUCUUGAGUGGCAGCCUGCAGUCUGGCCUGAGUGUAAAGCGAGGAUGUGAGAUCCAGCUGGACGCCAACAUCUCUGGCUCCCCUUACCCUCAGAUCACCUGGUACUGGAACAACCAGGUGAUCCGUCCUGAAGCGCUCCGCAAGAGGCCGGACAAAUCUCUGCGGAAGAAGGUAGAGAAGAAGGAGGAGGGUGAGAAGAAAGAGGAGAGGAUGGAAGGAGUAGAGACAAAGGAGGGUGAGGAGGAGAAGAAAGAGGAGGAGAAGAAGGUCCAAGAAACGGAGCCCGAGGAGGUGGAGGAGGGGUCGGACUACCCAACACUGAACGAGCGACUAACCAUCAAUAACAGCAGGAGGGGCGUGUCAUCAGUGACCAUCAGGGACUCCAUUCGUGCCGAUCAUGGUGUCUACAUGGUGAAAGUGGAGAAUGACCACGGGAUAGCCUCUGCUACCUGUGAGGUCAAUGUUCUGGACACCCCUGGGCCUCCAGUCAACUUCCGCUUUGAAGAGGUCAGAAAGAACUCUGUUAUCUGCAAGUGGGACCCUCCUCAGGACGAUGGCGGCAGUGAAAUCAUCAACUACACGCUGGAGAAGAAGGACAACUCCAAGCUGGAGAUUGGAUACAGCUGCGUUACCUCAACUCUCAUCGGAUGCCGCUAUCUGGUGCCAAAGCUCAUUGAGAAGAAGGAGUACCUCUUCAGAGUUGUGGCGGAGAACAAGUUUGGGGCCGGUCCUCCCUGCAUCUCCAAACCUCUUGUCGCUAAAAACCCCUUUGAUCCUCCCGAGGCUCCAGAGAAGCCUCAGGUUGAUGACAUCACAGCACACAGCAUGCUGGUCACCUGGAAUGAACCCAGUGACAAUGGAAGCCCCAUCUUGGGCUACUGGGUGGAGCGCCGGGAGAUCAACAGCUCUCACUGGGCCCGCGUCAACAGGAACAUGGUCCCUGACACAGAGCUGAAUGUGGAAGGACUCUUGGAGGGUCUGACCUACAUCUUCAGGGUGGCUGCAGAAAAUCAGGCUGGCCCUGGAAAGUUCAGCGCUCCCUCUGAACCGAAGACUGCUCAAUGCCCCAUCCUGCCUCCUGGACCACCGGUGGCCCGAGUGGCAGCGACGACAGAUCACUCCAUCGAUGUGGAGUGGGAUCCACCCGCUGACAACGGAGGAGGAGAAAUUCUUGGAUACCAUGUCGACAAGGCCAUGGCUGGAACCAAAGACUGGUCCAGGUCUACAGAGCGUCCCUGGAAGAGCAGAGCGUUUACGGUAUAUGGCGUUCGCGAGGGAGCCAAGUACAUGGUCAGAGUCAUCGCCUGCAAUGCCGCAGGCGAGGGAACGCCAGGAUUCACCGAGUCUGUGUUUGUCCGAAACCCAGCAGAGAUGCCAGUCAUUGAGUUGGACUUGUCUGUUAAGAACGGCGUGGUCAUCAGAGCUGGUGAGACCCUGCGGCUGCCGGCCACGGUCACCGGCAAACCCUAUCCCUCCAUCACGUGGACCAAAGACGACAGCAAGCCAGACAAGGACCGCGUCGAGAUCCUCGCAGAAGGAAACGACAGCAUUGUGUCAAUAAAAAACAUUCAGAGGAAGGACUGUGGAAAAUACCAGAUCUCCGCCUGCAACCCAAGUGGCACCAAGUCAGCCUCCGCCAGAGUGGAGGUCAUGGACGUCCCGGGUCCAGUCACCGACCUGAAGCCCGUGGUGGUUACACGCAAGAUGAUCUUCCUCAACUGGGACGACCCAGAGGAUGACGGAGGCAGCGAUUUGACGGGAUUCAUUGUUGAGCGCAGAGACGCCAAGAUGCACACCUGGAGGCAGCCCGUGGAGACCGCCUCCUCCAAGUGCGAAUGCGUGGGCAUCAUGGAAGGACAGGAGUACAUGUUCCGAGUCAUUGCGAAGAAUAAGUACGGCAUGGGCCCUCCCGUCGAGCUGGGGCCAAUCAGAGCCGUGGACCCACAGGGUCCCCCGUCGUACCCGGAGAAGUUCCACUACACGGAGCGCACCAAGAACUCUAUCACAUUAGCCUGGAAACCACCCCGCAAUGAUGGCGGCAGUCCUGUCAUCGGCUACUUUGUGGAGAAGAAGAGGCAGGACCAGCAGGCCUUCGAGCCCUGCAACGCGGAGAUCUGCCCCAACAUGACCAUGACUGUGGAAGGCUUGGACAAGGCCUGGAUGUACGAGUUCCGGAUCAAGUGUGCCAACCUGAUCGGGGAGAGCGAGCCGUCCAUUCCGUUGACGGUGGUCAUCCAAGAUGAUGAGGUUUCGCCUGAAGUCCACAUGCUCAAACAUUUCAAGGGCGACUGCAUCACUGUAAAGAAGGGCGAGCCGAUCGAGAUCCCGGCCGACAUUCUCGGUCUUCCCAUCCCCAAGGUGGAGUGGUCCAAGGACGACGUCGUGAUUGACAAGCCGACAGAGUCUCUGCUGAUGGAGACUGAAGUGACCGGCAGGAUGAACUGUAAGACCACUUUGACCAUGCCGUCCGCGAACAGGAGGGACCGGGGCAGCUACACCGUCUCUGCUUCCAACAACAUGGGCUCAGCCAAGCACACCAUCAACGUCUUGGUACUGGACCGUCCACUCCCACCCAGAAAUGUCACCGUGUCAAACAUCAAGUCAGAAUCCUGCUACCUCCAUUGGGAUGCUCCACUUGACAAUGGCGGCAGCGAACUGACCAACUACGUCGUGGAACGGAGGGACGUGGUGACGGACGGGCCCGAGCUGGAGGAGGGACAGGACAGUCUGCCCGAAUCUCAGUGGGUGGAGGUCACCAACAGCAUCAUUGAGAGGAAGUUUGGCGUGUGGAACCUUGAAACCAACAAAACAUAUCAGUUCAGAGUAAGAGCGGAAAACCGCUACGGUAAAUCUGACCCCUGCGCGACAGAGGACGUCCAGAUCACGGACCCCUUCGGUCUUCCUGGACCACCAGAGAAACCGACCGUCGCUGAAUACUCCAAGACCUCGAUGACUCUGACCUGGGAACCUCCAAGGGACAAUGGCGGCUCCAUGAUCAUUGGCUAUUGGCUGGAGAAGAGGGAGAAGGGCACCGCCUACUGGGCUAAAGCCAAUAAGAUGAUGGUGACAAAGCGGGGCAUGAAAGGAUGGGAGUACCAGGUGACACGUCUGGUUGAAGGAACGGAGUAUGAGUUCAGGGUUGCUGCAAGUAACUCUGCCGGCACCGGACCCUUCAGUUCGCCUUCGGACUCCGCCUUUGCUGUUGACCCACUGACGCCCCCCAGCAUGCCUGCUGCUCCUAUUGUGGCCGACAAGACGAAGCACAGCGUGACUCUGUCCUGGAAGCCUCCAGACCGUGACGGUGGAAGUCCCAUCAAAGGCUACAUCGUUCAGAUCCAGGAUGAGGGCAAGUCCGAUUGGGUGAGGGUCAACGACCCCGAAAGCCUCCACCCAACCACCGAAUUCACGGUGCCCAGCCUCCGGGAGCUCAAGCGGUAUCGGUUCAGAGUCAUUGCCGUCAAUGACAUUGGCGAGUCGGACCCCAGCCCCCGCACCAGCGAGGUCUUGGUGGAAGACGUCCAGCUUCCUCCCGCCAUAUCCAUCGACCUCAUCGUGGAUGACCUGCUGUGUAUCCGUGCUGGAGACCCCUUCAGGAUCCCUGCCAUCAUCAAGGGUCGCCCUGUGCCCAAGGUCACUUGGGACUUUGAUGGCAAAGCCAAGACACACAAGAAGAACAAACUGCACACGCUGCCAGUGGACUCAGAGGUGGAGUCCACGGACACGACGUCCACGGUGCUGGUUCCGGUCAGCCUGAGGAGCCACUCUGGUCGCUACACCAUCACAGCGAAGAACAAGUCUGGACAGAAACAUGUCAACGUCAGAGUUAAUGUGCUGGACGUCCCUGGACCACCCAAAGAGCUGCGUGUCACAGACAUCACUCGCGCCACCAUGAGGCUGAUCUGGAAGCUACCUGACAACGAUGGAGGAGAGAGAAUCAAGAGCUACUUCAUUGAGAAGAAAUGUGUGACUGACAAGGCCUGGACCAAGGUCAAUGCUGCCUGCGCCAGUCAGGCCUUUGUGGUUCCCGGUCUCCUGGAGGGUCAGGAUUAUCUGUUCAGAGUCCGAGCUGAGAACCGUCUGGGAUUUGGGCCCUUCACUGUGACCUCCGAUCCGGUCCGGGCUAGAGAUCCCAUCUACCCGCCCGAUCCCCCCACCAAGCUGAAGGUGAACCUGGUGACCAAGAACACUGUCACGCUGAGCUGGGAGCCUCCCAAGAACAACGGCGGCUCUCCGAUCAAGCACUACAUCAUUGAGCGCCUGAGCUGGGACACGAGCGGCAAAGAGAAAGAAACAUGGAAGCAGUGCAACAAGAGGGACGUGGAGGAGCUGACCUUUGUGGUGGAGGACCUGAAGGAGGGGGGAGAGUACGAGUUCCGAGUGAAAGCUGUGAAUGCGGCAGGAGCCAGUCGACCUUCUGCCACCGCUGGACCUCUGGUCAUCAAGGAUCAAACAUGCGCUCCCACCAUCCAGCUGCGUGAGCUCAUGGAGGGCGAGGAAGGCUGCGACGUGAGCAUCGUGGCUAAAGUCAGUGGCUGUCCGUUUCCCACGCUCACCUGGCAGAAGGCCGCCCUGGCCAAACCCGAGGAGAAGACUGCCGUCCGUUACGACCAGCACAUGAACAAGCUCGUGACCCAGGAUAAGUGCACUCUGCUGAUCCAGCAGGCCAGCAGGGACGACAGCGCCCUCUACAGCCUGACUGCCAGCAACAGUCUUGGCAGCGUGACCAAGGACAUCAAGCUCAGUGUGCUGGGCAUCCCCGGCGCCCCCAUCGGACCAGUCAAGUUCACUGAAGUGUUUGCUGAGAGGAUAGGGCUGGCCUGGAGUCCUCCCGCUGACGACGGUGGUUCAAAGAUCACCAACUACGUGAUCGAGAAGCGCGAAGACAGCCGGAAGUCCUGGGUGCAUGUGUCCAACGAUCCCAAGGAGUGCGCCUAUGUGGUCACCCGCUUGACGGAGAAUCAUGUGUACGAGUUCAGAGUCAUGGCGCAGAACAAGUUUGGGGUUGGACCUCCUCUGGUCAGCGAGCCGGAGAAAGCACGAAACCUCUUCACCGUCCCUGGCCAGUGUGAGAAACCCACGGUGACUGACAUUAGUCUGGAGUCCAUGACGGUCAAUUGGGACGAGCCAAAGUACGACGGAGGCUCCUCUAUCACCGGCUACUUCGUGGAAAGGAAGGAGACCACAAGCAAGCGCUGGGCGCGCGUGAGCCGCGACCCCAUCCGAGCCCUACCACUUGGCAACAACUGGGACGUCACAGGUCUCAUGGAGGGUGCCAUGUACCAGUUCAGGGUCAUUGCCGUGAAUGCUGCUGGCUGCGGUCUGCCAAGUCUGCCCUCGGAUCCGGUCCUCUGCAGAGACCCCAUCAAACCACCUGGACCGCCAACUCCCAAAGUGACUGACUGGACAAAGUCAACGGUGGAGCUGGAGUGGCUGCCCCCGCAGUUGGAUGGAGGGUCGAAGGUUACAGGAUAUGUGGUCGAGUUCAAGGAGGUGAACAAGGAGGAGUUGGAGCUGAAAGCCAAGAGGCGGCUCCUGCUGAGCGAAGCCGACGAGGAGAAGGAGCCUGAGAGUGACGAAAGCUGGGAGAAGGCAAAGGAUACAGAGAUCAGAGGGACCAAGUUCGUGGUGGCAGGUUUAAAGGAAGGAGGCUUGUACAGCUUCAGAGUGCGAGCUGUGAACGCUGCGGGAGUUGGCGAGCCAGGAUUGGUGUCCGAGCUGAUCGAGGUCAAAGACAGGACCAUUCCUCCUGAGAUGGACCUGGACGCGUCAGUGAAGGAGAAGAUUGUGGUGCAUGCCGGGGGCACCAUUCGCAUUAUCGCUUAUGUGUCCGGCAAGCCAGCGCCACAGAUCACCUGGAGCCGCGACGAUGCUGAUGUGCCGAAGGAGGCUGUCGUGGAGACCACGGGCAUUUCCAAUUCACUGGUCGUCAAGAAUUGCAGACGUCAACAUCAGGGCAUCUACACUCUCAGCGCCAAGAACGAGGGCGGCGAGAGGAAAAAGGCAGUGAUCGUGGAAGUCCUGGACGUGCCCGGUCCAGUCGGUCUUCCUUUUGCCGGCGAGAACCUGACCAGUGAUUCCUGCAAGCUGACCUGGUACUCUCCAGAGGACGACGGCGGCUCCGCCAUCACCAACUACAUCAUCGAGAAGAGAGAAUCGGACCGGAUGGGCUGGACCUCCGUGUCCUACACCGUGACGAGAAACAAUGCUGUGGUGCAGGGCCUUCUGGAUGGCAAAGGGUACUUCUUCCGGAUCGCAGCCGAAAACAUCAUCGGCAUGGGUCCGUUCAUCGAGACCGACAGGAUGGUUCUCAUUAAGGACCCAAUCUCUGUUCCGGAGCGGCCAGAGGAUCUGCACGUCACGGCCGUCACCAAGGACUCCGUUUCCGUGGCCUGGAAGCCUCCCAAAUACGAUGGCGGUGCUGAGGUCACACAAUAUGUGCUGGAGUCACGCAUGGUCGGAAAGGACAACUUUUCUCCAGUCAGUGCGGAAGACAAGCUCAUGGACAGGAAGUUUACACUCGGCGGCCUGAAGGAAGGCUCAAGCCACGAGUUCCGUGUGUCUGCGAUCAACCAGGUUGGUCAGGGCAAACCGUCUUUUGCCAGUAAACCGGUUCAGUGCAAGGACGAGCUUGAACCACCAACCCUGGAGCUGGACGUGCGCGAAAGGAUGAUGGUGAAGGUGGGGGAUUCCUGCACGCUGUCUGGUCGCUUUGGUGGCAAGCCUGAGCCAAAGAUCAGCUGGACCAAGAAUGAGGAGGAGCUGAAAGCUGACGACGAGAUCAGUGUCCCCAGCACGGGCCGCACGCUCAGCCUGAACAUCAGCCGGGCGAAGCGGGAACACAGUGGCCGCUACUGCGUCAGUGUGGAGAACGCUGCAGGAACAAGAUCGGGAGUGUGCGCCAUCACUGUCGUGGACCGCCCCCAGCCUCCAGAGGGCCCUGUGGUUUUCGAUGAGAUCUACAGAAACUACAUGGUCAUCUCCUGGAACCCUCCUCUGGACGACGGCGGCUGUGCCAUCUCCAAUUACAUUGUGGAGAAGCGUGACACCAACCGAGACCUGUGGAUGCCAGUCACUUCCUCCUGCACCCGGACCUCCUGCAAGGUCCCCAAACUGAUUGAAGGUCGGGAAUACAUCGUCAGGAUAAUGGCCCAGAACAUCUACGGCAUCAGUGAGCCGCUGCUGUCGGCGGAGACUAAAGCCAGAGACAUCUUCAAGGUGCCUGACGCUCCCAAGCAGCCCACAGUGAAAGAGGUCUACCACGAUACGGCUCUGAUUAGCUGGGAGCCACCUGCUGACGGAGGAAAGCCCAUUACCGGCUACAUCGUGGAGAGAAAGGAGACCAUGGCAAACAGGUGGGUCCGCUGCAACAAGGAGAGGAUUUACCCGAAGGUGGAGUACUGGGUUCCUGAGCUUCUGCAGGGCUGCGAGUACGAAUUCCGCGUGAGUGCAGAGAAUGUGGUGGGGAUUGGCGACCCAAGUCCACCAUCCAAGCCCGUCUUUGCGAAGGAUCCAAUUGUCAAACCAAGUCCCCCGGUAAAUCUCAAAGCCGUCGAUCACACCAAGGAAUCGGUCACGCUUUCUUGGGAGCCGCCCGUCGACGCUGGCAGAGGAAAGAUCUUUGGAUACCUGCUGGAAUUCCAGAAAGCGGGAGAAGAGGACUGGCUGAAGGUGAACCACACUCCAGACUCCUGUCCAGAAACCAAAUACAAAGUCAUCAACCUGGAAGACGGCGCAAUGUACCGCUUCAGAGUUAUGGCUGUGAAUGCGGCCGGUGAAUCUGACCCUGCUCACUUGAAGGAACCAAUCAGAGCCCAGGACAGGUUUGAACCCCCAGAACUCAUCCUAGACGCCGGGAUGACCCGCGAAGUCAAGGCCAUGGCUGGCACGCACAUUACUCUAAUGGCCGCCGUCAAGGGAGUCCCGUUCCCCUCCAUUGUUUGGAAGAAGAACGAGGCUGAAGUCCCCACCAGGGCUGACAUUGAGAGUAACCAAGAAGGCACCAAACUGGAGAUGAGGUUCUGCAACCGCAUGGACUGUGGGGACUACACGUUGACUGUGGAGAACCCAGCCGGCUCGAAGACCGUCACCUGCACCGUGCUGGUUCUGGACAAACCUGGUCCGAUCCAGCACCUCAGGGUGUCGGACGUCAGAAGCGACUCUGCUUACCUGUCCUGGAAGGACCCCGAGGACAACGGUGGUGCUCGCAUCACCAACUUUGUGGUGGAAAAGAAAGACACUGCCUCGACUCAGUGGGUACCUGUCUGCUCCACGUCCAAGAAACGCAGCAUGAUGUUAAAACAUCUGAUGGAGGGAACGUCCUACACUUUCCGAGUGGCUGCGGAGAACCAAUACGGCCGCAGCGAAUACGUGGAAACCCCAAAAGCCAUCAAAGCCAUGAACCCGCUCUUCCCCCCAGGACCGCCCAAAGACCUGCACCAUGUCGACGUUGACAAAACUGAAGUGUGGUUGGCGUGGAACUGGCCAGACCGCAACGGUGGAAGCGACAUCACUGGCUUCCUGGUUGAGUAUCAGGAGGAAGGUGAGAAAGAGUGGGACGAAUGGAAGACCGUCAGCAUUCCCGAGAGUCAUGUGACUGGCCUCGAGGAAGGAAAGACCUAUCGCUUCAGAGUAAGAGCCGAGAAUGCCAUCGGCCUGAGCAGACCCGACACCACCGUGCCAAUCCUCUGUCAGGAGAAACUAGUUCCUCCAAUUGUUGAGGUGGACGUGAAGCUAACUGAAGGCAUCGUGGUCAAAGCUGGCACUACCAUCAGGUUGCCGGCCAUCAUGAGGGGAAUCCCUGUGCCCACUGCCAAGUGGUCCGUUGAGGGAGAAGAACUCACCAGCCAUGACAACAUCAAGAUUGACACAGACAACUUCUCCACUGUGCUCACUGUCAACGAGUGCACCAGGAACCACACAGGCACCUACUUGCUCACCGUCUCCAACCAAGCUGGAACCAAGACAGCCGCCUUAAACGUCACCGUACUGGACGUACCUGCCGCUCCAAUUGGGCCCGUCAACAUCCUUGAGGUCACGCCUGACUCCAUGAUGAUUGAGUGGCGUCCACCAAAGGAUGAUGGCGGCAGCCCAGUGACAAACUAUAUUGUGGAGAAAAGAGAAUCCACGAAAGAAACGUGGGGUGGAGUCAGUUCUGGCAGUCUCGCCACGAAACUGAAGAUCGCUCGUCUGCAGAAGGGAACAGAGUACGUGGUCCGUAUCCGGGCUGAGAACAAAAUGGGCAUUGGGGCUCCUCUGGAGAGCAAGCCCACGACUGCAGAGCACACGUUCAUGCCACCAAGCCAGCCUGGCAAACCUCAACCCUAUGAUAUCUCCGAGGAUGCAGUGACCCUCGGCUGGACCAUGCCUCUUACCGACGGUGGCAGUCAAAUCACUGGAUACCUCAUUGAGCGGAGACACAAGGGAGGGAAGUGGAUCCGUGUCAACAAGACCCCUUGCAAAGACCUCAGGUACAGAGUCCUGGGUCUGUUUGAGGGCAACGAGUAUGAAUUUAGAGUGUUUGCUGAGAAUAUUGCAGGCUACAGUGGGCCUUCUCCCACCUCCGACCCCUGCAAGCCGUGCAGGCCUAUAACUGUGCCGAGCCCACCCGUCAACCCCAAAGUUAAGGACUACAGCAGGGUAUCUGCCGACUUGGUGUGGACCAAACCCACCAAGGAUGGGGGCAGUCCUAUUCUGGGAUACACAGUCGAGAUGAAGAAGGCAGACACCGAGGAAUGGAAGAAAGUCAACCUGGACGACAUGAUCAAGCAAUGUGCCUUCACGGUGAAGGGGCUGGAGGAGGGGCAGACCUACAGGUUUCGGGUCUAUGCUUCCAAUAUGAUUGGAGAUGGUGCACCACGGGAGGUCCCAGAGUCGAUAACAGCCCAAGACAUUCUCAUCCCACCAGAGAUUGAGAUGGACGCCACCUGCCGCGAGCGCCUCACCGUCCGCGUCGGUCACAACAUCAAUAUUAUUGGCUAUGUCAAGGCCCGUCCAGAUGCCGAAGUGCUGUGGUCUAAAGAGGAGACCGUUCUGGAGAUGAGCAAGCGUGUAACCAUCACCCAAAACUUCCCUGUGGUCCAGCUACGAAUUAAAGAAGCCACAAGAGCGGACCAUGGUAGAUAUACCAUUAAAGCCUCGAACGAGGGUGGAGAGGCUUCCUGCACCGUCACCGUCAAUGUUCUGGACCGGCCCAGUCAUUGCCAAAACCUGCACUUGACCUACGUCACUAGAGACUCCUGCAUGGUCAACUGGGAGGCACCCAAAGACAACGGUGGCUCUGAAAUCACCAACUACAUCGUGGAGUGCCGCGAGCCAAGCGUCAGCAUGUGGUCCAUGAUUUCUUCCCAUUGCACUAAUCGCAAGAUCAAGACAAAGCUGAUGGAGGGCCACGAGUACCUGUUCCGUGUCUGUGCAGAGAACAAGAUGGGACCGGGACCGUCGGUGGAAACGAAAACCCCCGUGCUUGCCAUUGAUCCUAUUGAGAAACCCGGGGAGCCCGAAAACUUCCGGGCCACAGACAUUGGAAAGAGCUACGUCCAUUUGACCUGGAGGAGGCCCGACUACGAUGGUGGCAGCCCUAACCUCUCAUACAAUCUCGAGUGCAAAACUAAGGAUGCUGAGGAGUGGGAGAAACUCAAUGCGGGUGUCCUCACCAACACCUUCUUCCUGGCUGACAAGUGUGCUGAGAACCAGACGUACAGCUUCAGGGUGCAGAGUGUCAAUGAAGGAGGUGAGAGCAACUGGGUGAAACUAGCGGAUAUUUUGGUGAAGGAGGAGAUCCAAAAGCCCGUCAUCGAUCUGAAACUCGCCGGCACACUGACAGUGAAGGCAGGCGAGUCUGUACGGAUGGAGGCGGGUCUCAGAGGGAAACCCCAGCCUGAGGUGAAGUGGGCAAAGGACAAGGCUGUUGGUGACAAUCCCAGAAUCAGCUAUGAGACUGGACCCGACUACUCAAAGUUCCUCAUGACCAAAAGCAGGCGCUCAGACACUGGGAAAUAUGUGAUCACAGCGACCAACACUGCGGGAACCUUCACCGCGUAUGCAAACGUUAACGUCCUCGAUGUGCCCGGCCCAGUGAGGAACCUCAGGAUCACCGGCAUCGGCGCGGACAAGUGCCGCGUGGUCUGGGACGGUCCCGAAGAUGAUGGCGGAUGUGAGGUGGAUAGCUACAUUCUAGAAAAGUGUGAAACCAGAAGAAUGGUCUGGUCCACGUACUCGGCGUCAGUCGUCACGCCUUACUGCAACGUGACUCGUCUUGUGGAGGGCAACGAGUACAUUUUCAGAGUCAGGGCUGAAAACAAGAUGGGAACCGGACCCGCUACUGAGAGCAAACCUGUAACUGUCAAAACCCAGUUCAAUAAACCGGGUCCGCCUGAAGCCCCUGAGGUCACUAAGGUGAGCAAAGAUGAGAUGACUGUCGUCUGGGCCCCGCCGGAGAACGACGGUGGAAAGUCCAUCACGGGCUACAUACUGGAGAGGAAAGAGAAGCGGGCGGUGCGCUGGGUGCCCUGCACCAAGAGCCCCAUUCCUGAGAGGCGCUUGAAGGUCACGAACCUGAUACCCAACCAUGAGUACCAGUUCAGAGUCAAGGCAGAGAAUGAGGUUGGACUGGGAGAAGCAAGUAAACCUUGUCGACCAGUGGCAGCGAAAGAUCCCAUCGAACCCCCGGGACCCCCUGCAGGUCUGAAGGUGGGUGACAGCACCAAGACCUCCAUUACCCUGACCUGGUCCAAGCCUGUGUACGAUGGAGGCGCUCCGAUCAUUGGCUACAGCUUGGACAUGAGACUGAAGAGUGAAGCGGAUCCGGAGAAGCCCACCGAAGGGUGGAAGAGAAUAGACACUCACGGACCUUUGGUCCUCACCGAGUUCACCAUUGGCCAACUGGACGAGAAACAAGAGUAUGAGUUCAAGGUCUCCGCGCGCAAUCAGGUGGGUUGGGGACGCCAUGCAUACCUCAAGGAAGCCGUGUCGCCGAAAGAGGUCCUGGAGGCACCUGAGAUUGACCUUGACGCCAGCUUGAGGAAAGGCCUGUCUGUCAGAGCUGGCUGCCCGAUCAGGCUCUUCGCUGUGAUCAGAGGACGGCCUGCACCCAAGGUCACCUGGAAGCGCAUUGGUGUAGACAACGUAGUCCGUCGUGGUCAUGUGGACCAGGUGGACACCAUGUCCUUCCUCGUGAUUCCUGAGAGUACUAGAGAAGAUUCUGGAAAAUACUCGCUGACACUGUCAAACUCUGCUGGGGAGAAGGCCGUGUUUGUCCGAGUCAAAGUACUUGAUACACCUGGGCCUGUUGGUGGCCUGGAAGCUACUGAUGUGACUAAAACCACCGCCCAACUUAGCUGGUUGCCACCUGAGAAUGACGGAGGAAGCCCCAUCCUCAACUAUAUUGUUGAAAAACGAGAGGUCGAUAGAAAGACCUGGACCAAGUGUUCCGAAGACCAGAAGAAGACCAGCUUUAAAGUGACCAACAUGACCCCUGGCAUUGAGUAUUACUUCAGAAUCAUGGCCUGCAAUAAGUAUGGAAUUGGAGUUCCUCAGGAUUCUCCAAAGUCCUACCUGGCAGUCGACCCCAUCAGUGAACCCGACCCCCCGAAGAAGAUGGACGUCUUGGAGAUCACCAAGAACAGUGCCACAUUGGGCUGGUUGAAACCACUGAGAGAUGGAGGCGCGAAAAUCAACGGCUACGUGGUAGACUACCAGGAGGACGGUUCACCGGAGGACAAGUGGACCCCAUACUCUGUGGUCAAAGACCUCAGUAUUGUGGUGGUCGGUCUGAAGGAGGGACAGAAGUACAGGUUUAGAGUGGCAGCCAGAAAUUCCGCCGGCGUCAGUCUGGCCCGCGAAGCAGAGGGAGUGUUUGAGGUCAAAGAGCAACUGAUGGCUCCAAGGAUCAUCAUGCCAGACAUCGUGACAGUUCGAGCUGGAUCCAAAAUGGUGGUCGAAGCCCUUGUGGCUGGGAAACCUGCACCGUUCUGUAAAUGGAAGCAGGGCAACGAGGACGUUUUGACGUCCGAUCGCCUCUCUGUUGUCAAGAGUCUAACCACCUGUACGCUCAUCAUCAAGAAUGUGACGAGGGCAGACAGCGGCUACUACAGUUUGUCAGCCGAGAACAGCAGCGCCAAGACCAACCAGAUCCUCCGAGUCAUCGUCAUGGACAUUCCCGGACCUCCUGAGGCCCCUCUGGAGAUCACUGAGCAAGACAUCGACGCCUGCACGCUGCUCUGGAACUCGCCUCAAGAGGACGGCGGCAGCAACAUCACCAACUACAUUGUGGAGAAAUGCGAUGUCAGCCAGGGAGACUGGAUCACCGUGUCCUCAUCCUGCACCAAAACCAGCUUCAGGAUGACCAAACUGACAACUGGCAAGGAGUACAGCUUCCGUGUGCGCGCCGAGAACCGCUUUGGCAUCUCUGAGCCCAUUUACUCUGAGAGGAUGAUCGCCAGAUAUCCCUUUGAUCCUCCAAGCGAGCCCAGGAGUUUGCAGAUCAACAAGAUCAACAAGGACUUUGUCAUCCUCUCGUGGGAGCGUCCCAGCAGUGACGGCGGCAGUCCCAUAACCGGCUACUGCAUCGAGAAGAAGGAGAGGAACAGCUUGCUGUGGGUCAAGGCCAAUGAGUCUUUGGUGAAGUCCACCCAGUACACCUGCACCGGCCUGAUGGAGGGUCUGGAGUACACGUUCCGGGUGUCAGCCCUCAAUUUGGCAGGCCAAGGCAAACCCUGCAAACAGACGGACUUCAUCACUGCCCGAACGGCAGUCGAUCCGCCAGGUAAACCAGAGCCCAUGGAUGUGACCAAGAGCUCUGUGUCGCUCAUCUGGAGCAGGCCAAAGCACGAUGGUGGCAGCAAGCUGAUCGGCUACUUCGUGGAGUACACCAAGCUCCCAGAGGAGAAGUGGACGCGCUGUAAUUCCAACUGCAUGAGCAUUCAGGCUGAGAGCUAUGUGGUCGCAGGCCUGGAGGAAGGUCAGCGCUACCAGUUUAGAGUCAUUGCCAAGACAGCGAUCAACAGCAGUCUGCCCUCGGAGCUGUCCGACCCCAUACCGGUCAUUGCCGAGAACGUUCCGCCUCGCGUGGAUCUCGGCGUCAACAUGAAGAACCUCAUUGUGGUUAAAGCUGGAGAGAACGUCUUCUUGGAUGCGGAGGUGUUUGGAAAGCCGCUGCCUAAAGUCAGCUGGAAGAGAGAUGGAGCGCCUCUGGUGUUGGCUGAAGGAAUGAAGAUGUCGCAGAGGAAACACAUCCACCUGCUGGAGCUGUACUCUGUCACCAGGAAGGAGUCUGGAGACUACACCAUCACAGCUGAGAACGUCAAUGGAAGCAAGUACGCCACCAUCAAGGUCAAGGUUCUCGACAAGCCUGGCCCCCCUGCUUCGGUCAAAACCACCAAAGUGUUUGCCGACCACGUCAAGCUGCGUUGGGAACCCCCAAUUGCCGACGGAGGUUCAGAGAUCACCAACUACAUCAUUGAGAAACGCGAAACCAGCCGAGCCAACUGGGCUCUGGUCAGCUCCAACAUCCACGGCCACGUCACCGACUGCUCUGUGGAGAAACUCAUCGAGGGACACGAGUACCAGUUUAGAGUCAGUGCUGAAAACCAGUAUGGUGUGGGAGACGCCAUCAUGACCGACCCCGUAAUGGUCAAGAACCCAUACGAUGUGCCAGGGCCAUGCGAGCCCCCUGUCAUAACCAACAUCACCAAGGACUCCAUGACGGUCAGCUGGAAGGCACCAGCCAAUGACGGCAAAGCCACUAUUCUCGGCUACAUGGUGGAAAAACGAGAGGCCACCGAGUUGACCUGGGCCAAGGUCAACCGCCGCCCAGUCAUUGAUAGAACCAUCAAAGCGGCACAACUCACAGAGGGCUCCGAGUACGAGUUCAGAGUUAUUGCUAUGAACAAGGCCGGCCUGGGCAAACCCAGCGACGCGUCCAACGCUGCGCUUGCAGUCGACCCAGUUUAUCCCCCCGGCCCACCUGCUUUCCCCAAAGUGGUAGACUCCACAAGGAGCUCCAUCAGUCUCAGCUGGACAAAACCAGCAUACGAUGGCGGUUGUGAAAUUAUCGGCUACUUGGUGGAGUGUAAGUUGGCGACGGCCGAGGACUGGACCAAGUGCAAUGUUCCAAAGAAACUUCAGGCCACCAGGUUCCUGGUAACUGGUCUGAUGCAGGAUAAAGAGUACCAGUUCAGGGUUUUAGCCGUCAACAAAAUUGGAUACAGUGAUCCCAGCGAGGUACCUGGAAACCACGUGGCCAAAGACGUCCUUGUUGCUCCUGAAGCUGAGCUGGAUGCUGAUCUCAGGAAAGCCCUGGUCCUCCGUGCCGGUGUCACCAUGAGGCUCUAUGUGCCCCUGAGAGGCCGCCCGGCACCCAAAGUCACUUGGACCAAGGUGGAUGCGAACUUGAAGGAAAGACAGGGCCUGCUGAUCAAAACCUCAGAGUGGGAUACGCUGCUCAUGAUUGAAGACGUAAACCGAUACGAUGCCGGGAAAUACCUUCUGUCACUUGAGAACAGCAGCGGUUCCAAGAGCUACACCGUCGUGGUCAAGGUCCUGGACUCACCUGGACCACCUGUGAACUUGAUUGUCAAGGAAACCUCAAGAAACCACGCCUGCAUCACCUGGGACGCGCCGCUCAUUGAUGGAGGAAGCCCUGUCAAGAGCUACAUUGUGGAGAAGCGUCUGGCUGAAAGGAAAGCCUGGACAUGUGUGUCCGCCGAGUGUCACAAGAUUUCAUACAGGAUCCCUAACCUGGAAGCAGGACAAGCCUACUGCUUCAGGGUGCUGGCUGAGAAUGCAUACGGAAUCGGAGAGGGCUGCGAGACCGCCGGCAGCGUCCGAGCUUCAGAGCAACCUGGCGCAGUGAUGGACUUCAAGGCCAAGAAGACAACAAAGGACUCCAUCGUUCUGGGCUGGAAAAAGCCCAUCAGCGACGGAGGAAGCUUUGUUACUGGCUACAUUCUGGAGCAGAGUGCAGGUGAAGAAAAGUGGGCUCUGAUCGUGAAGGGCAAAAACACCAGCCAUGUUGUCAGUGAGCUCUCAGAGGGCAAGGAGUACUUAUUUAGGGUUAAGGCUGUCAACGAGAGCGGCGAGGGCCCCCCCACCGAGUUGGCCGCGGUGGCUCGAGAUCAGUUCGUGCUUCCGGACUGCAACCUGAGCAACAUUCACGAUGGCUGUUAUGUGAUGAAAGAGGGCAGCACAGCACGCAUUAACAUCCCCGUCAUCGGCGUGCCAUCCCCAACGGCCACCUGGAAGAAAGGUGACGUGGCUCUGGGAGACACCGGGAGAAUGUGCGUGGAGUCGUCCCAGGGCACCACCACGCUUCUGAUCCGGGACUGUCACAGAGGAGAUGCGGACACUUACACCAUCAACGUGAGAAACAGCUGCGGCUCCAAGGACUGCAAGUUCCAGUUGAAGGUUGUUGGAAAACCGGGCAUCUGCACUGGCCCGAUUAAGUUUGAUGAAAUCACUGCCGACGGCAUCACCCUUGAGUGGGAGCCGCCCAAGGACGAUGGCGGGGCAGAAGUGUCCAACUACAUUGUGGAAAAAAGAAGGACGACGGACAACAAGUGGGCUACCGUUGCCUCUGCCAUCCAGAAGACUAGCAUGCGGGUGAUCCGUCUCCAUGAUGGAGUGGAGUACAUUUUCAGAGUGUUUGCCGAGAACAAGUACGGAGUAGGGGAGUGUCUGAGAUCGGAUCCCGUCAUUGCACAACACCCAUUCAACGCUCCCGAGGCUCCCGCUCCUCCAGAGAUCGCAAGCAUUCGUCACGAGUCUGCAAUUCUCACCUGGGCUGAUCCAAAGGAGACUGGCGGCUCCCCGAUAACCGGCUACCAUGUGGAGUUCAAGGAGAGGAACAGUCUGAUGUGGAAGCGAGCCAGUAAGACUCCCCUCAGAGUGAAGGAGUGCAGAGUCACCGGCUUAAUCGAGGGACUGGAGUACGAGUUCAGAGUUAUGGCUAUGAACAUGGCCGGCCUGGGUAAAGCCAGCAAAUCCACCGAGGCUGUGGUUGCCCUUGAUCCCAUUGACCCUCCUGGCAAGCCCGACGUGAUCAAUGUCACCAGGAACACGGUGACGCUCAUGUGGACCGCGCCAAAAUAUGACGGUGGCUACAAGCUAACGGGCUACAUGGUGGAGAAAAUGGAAUCUGGGGGCAAAACCUGGAUGAAGGCCAACCACGUCAACGUUCAGGGCUGUGCCUUCACCGUCCCUGACCUGACUGAGGGAUCUGAGUAUCGGUUCAGAAUCAGGGCCAAGAACUCUGCCGGAGCGAUAAGUGUUCCCUCGGAGCCCACCGAGCUCCUGACUUGCAAGGAUGAGUACGAGCCGCCCUCCAUCACCAUUGACCCGGACAUGAAGGAUGGUGUGGCAGUCAGGGCAGGAGACACAAUCAUAUUGACGGCCUCAAAGAUCGUUGGCAAGCCACCACCGACGGCCGUUUGGUCCAAGGCCGGCAGAGAGUUCAAAACCUCUGACAUUGUGACUGUCACAAGCACGCCCACCUCCUCCACCCUGGCCAUCAAGUACGCCAGUCGAAAGAACACGGGAGAGUACACCAUUACUGCCAGCAACCCUUUCGGUAUUAAGGAAGAGCAUGUGAAGGUCAAGGUACUGGAUGUACCUGGACCACCAGGUGCCAUCGAGGCCAGUAACAUUUCAGCCGAAAAGUGUACCUUGACGUGGCUUCCGCCAGAAGAGGACGGCGGCUGUUCCAUCAAGUCGUACAUCCUGGAGAAAAGAGAAACCAGCCGCCUCCAGUGGACCAAGGUGGCUGAGAACAUCGUGGACUGCAGAUUUGUGGCCAGCAAACUGAUCAAGGGCAACGAGUACAUUUUCAGAGUGUCGGCUGUGAACCAGUAUGGCAGUGGAGACUACAGUCAGUCUGGCUCAGUGAAAAUGGUGGACAGUUACCGUCCUCCUGGUCCGCCAUCAGCACCGGAGAUUGAUAACAUCAGCAGGAACGCAGUCACCAUUUCCUGGAAAAGACCAGUUGAUGAUGGAGGCAGUGACAUCAGGGGAUAUUGCGUAGAGAGAAAGGAGAGGAGAGGAAUGAGAUGGGUAAGAGCAUCCAAGAGAACGGUGCCAGACCUGCGCUUCAAAGUGCAAGGUCUCGGAGAGGGGGUGGAGUACGAGUUCCGAGUCACGGCAGAGAACAAGGCCGGAUUUGGGGAGCCCAGCGAGCCCUCACACGCUGUGAUGACCAAGGACAUUGUGUAUCCACCAGGACCUCCGUCCAACCCCAGAAUUACAGAUACGACAAGGACGGCCGCCAGUUUUGCCUGGGGCCGACCCCACUAUGACGGUGGGCUUGAAGUGGAAGGAUAUAUCGUGGAGUACAAGAAGGAAGGACUCGACGAUUGGGAAACGGAGACGGCGUACCCCAUCAAACUGACUGAAUACGUCAUCGGCAAUCUUCAGAAGGGAGGAAAAUAUGACUUCCGAGUUCGUGCGGUCAACUCUGAGGGCACCGGCGAACCGGCACAGGUGGAAAAGGUGACAGAGCUGGUGGACCAGGAGUCCGUCCCAGACUUUGAGCUGGAUGCUGAACUCAGGAAAACACUAGUGGUUAGGUCCCGUGCAUCCAUCCGUUUGUUCAUUCCCAUCAGGGGUCGCCCUGUUCCUGACGUGACAUGGAGCAAAGAUGACACAAACUUGAAGACGCGCGCGCACAUCGACACCACUGAGUCCUAUACGCUGCUCAUCAUUCCGGACUGUACACGAUAUGACGCCGGCAAGUACCAUCUCUGUCUGGAGAAUGUGGCUGGAAAGAAGACUGGCUUUGUCAAUGUUCGGGUCUUGGAUACCCCGGGACCCCCGGUCAACCUCAAACCCAGAGAGAUCACCCAAAAUAGCAUCACCUUACAGUGGGAGAUCCCUAUCAUCGACGGCGGAUCCAAGAUCCACAAUUAUAUAGUGGAGAAGAGAGAGGCUACGAAGAAGGCAUACACCGUGAUGAGCACCACGUGGCAGAAGUGCUCCUUCAAAAUGUCGGACUUGGAAGAAGGGGCAUACUAUUACUUCCGCAUCUCUGCCGAGAAUGACCUCGGAGUAGGAGAACCCGCUGAAACACCUGAGCCAAUCAGAGUGUCACAGGCGCCCUCCGCGCCAGAGAACCUCUUUAUUACGGACGUUAGCGCGGACAGCGCAGAUUUGGCGUGGACCAAGCCCCUGCACGACGGUGGCAGCCUAAUUACGGGAUAUGUUAUUGAGGCGCAACAGAAGGACACCAGCCAGUGGGUGCACGUGACCACGAUCAAAGCAUUGGACUACACCGUUCCAGAUCUACUAGAGGGAGAGGAGUAUACCUUCCGCAUCAUGGCAGUCAACGCGUCGGGCAGAAGUGAUCCACGCGAGAGCAGACCAGCCGUCGUCAGGGAGCAAACAUCGGCUCCAUCGUUUGACCUGCGCGGGGUGUACCAGCGGACGGUCAUUGCUAAGGCUGGAGAUCGUGUUAAGGUCGAGAUCCCAGUACUUGGAAAGCCCAGGCCUGCAGUUUCUUGGAAGAAGGGCGACGCUGUGCUUAAGGAGACACAGAGAAUGAAUGUCGAAACCACAUCCACGUCAACCAUCCUGAACAUCAAUGAGAUCAAGAGAAGCGACGGAGGCCAAUAUUCAAUGACUGGGAAGAACAUGCUAGGCACGGUCACCGAGACAAUUACAGUGUUGGUGCACGACAUUCCAGGCCCUCCAACCGGUCCAGUCAAACUGGAAGAAGUUUCUUGUGACCAUGUUCUCAUGUCAUGGGAGGCCCCAGAGAAUGACGGAGGCGUGCCAAUCAAUAACUACAUUGUUGAGAUGCGAGAGACAACCGGUACUUCCUGGAUAGAGCUGGCGGCGACAGUCAUCCGAACCACCUUCAAAGCAGCUCGCCUCAACACCGGAACCGGAUAUCAGUUCCGAGUCAAGGCCCAAAACAGAUACGGUAUCGGACCCUCCCUCAUCUCGGAACCGGUCGUAGCUGCCUAUCCAUUCGAUGUGCCUGGGCAGCCAGGCGUGCCGGCGGUCACAUCUUUCAACAAGGAUUUCAUGACCCUCAGCUGGAAUGAGCCCUCAUCUGACGGAGGCAGUCCGAUUUUGGGAUACCACGUGGAGAGAAAAGAGAGAAACAGCAUUUUGUGGCAAAAGAUCAGCAAAGCGCUGGUGGUUGGGAACAUCUUCAAGUCAGUUGGUCUCGUCGAUGGCAUUGCCUAUGAGCAUCGGGUGAUUGCUGAAAACAUGGCUGGCCUCAGCAAGGCAAGCAAACCUUCUGAGGCCACGUACGCUCUCGACCCGGUCGAUCCGCCAGGCAGACCAGUGGCGCUGAACAUUACCAGACAUGAAGUCACAGUCUCUUGGACCAGACCCGAGGGAGACGGUGGAUUUUCCAUCACCGGAUACACGGUGGAAAGGAGAGAGAUGCCCAGCGGACGAUGGCUGAAGGCCAAUUUCAACAACAUCCUGGACACCGUCUACACCGUCAGUGGCCUCGUCGAAGAUGCGACCUAUGAAUUCCGUGUGUUUGCCAGGAACUCGGCGGGGGCGGUCAGCGCAGCGUCCCAGCCCUCAGAGGCCAUCACAUGCAGAGAUGAUAUUGAGGAGCCAAGACUUGAUGUGGAUGCAGCAUACAGCAGCAAUGUGGUGGUCAUGGCCGGGGAGAUCUUUAAGCUGGAGGCGAAUGUGACGGGCAGGCCAAUCCCAUCUCUAGUAUGGACAAAGGAAGGAAAAGAGCUGGAGGAUACAGCCAAAUUAGAGAUAAAGACCACUGACUUCCACAGCGUCCUGACAAACAAGGACUCCCUGAGAAGAGACGGGGGAGCUUUCACUCUGACCGCCAGCAAUCCAGGCGGCUUUGCUAAAUUCACAUUCAAUGUCAAGGUUCUGGACCGACCAGGGCCGCCAGACUCUCUCACCAUAAGCGACAUCGCAGCCGAGAAGUGCGUUCUUAACUGGCUCCAUCCGACGCAUGAUGGCGGUGCCAAGAUUGAGUACUUCAUCAUCCAGCGACGGGAGACCAGCAGACUGGCAUGGACUAACGUUGCCACAGACCUUCAGGCAAACAGGUUCAAGGUUACCAAGCUGCUUAAGGGCAAUGAGUACAUUUUCAGGGUCAUGGCUGUGAACAAGUACGGUGUCGGUGAGCCUCUCGAGUCUGAACCUGUCAUCUGUGCCAAUCCUUACGUUGCAAGCGACCCUCCUGGGCAGCCUGAGGUCACCACCAUUACCAAAGACUCCAUGGUCGUUUGCUGGGAGCGACCGGAACACGAUGGCGGAAGCAGGAUCAACACUUAUGUUGUUGAGCGGCGGGAUAAGACUGGCCUGCGCUGGGUUAAAUGCAACAAGAGGACUGUCACGGAUUUGCGAUUUAAGGUCUCAGGUCUCACUGCGGGCCAUGAAUAUGAAUAUAGAAUCCUUGCGGAGAACAAUGCUGGACUAAGCCAGCCAAGUCAGUCUAGUCCCUUUUACAAGGCCAUGGACACCAUCUUCCAGCCCGGGCCUCCAGGGAAUCCCAGAGUGCUCGACACAACCAAAUCCUCUAUUACCCUGGCAUGGAACAAACCCGUCUAUGACGGCGGCUCUGAGAUCACUGGAUAUGUCGUUGAGACCUGCCUACCAGAGGAGGAUGAGUGGACGAUUCGCACACCAAAGAAAGGAUGGACAGCCACCUCCUUCACCAUCACCAACCUUAAGGAAAACCAAGAGUACAAAAUAAACAUCUGUGCCACGAACUGCGAGGGCGUUGGGGAGCCUGCGGCGGUGCCUGGGACACCAAAGUCAGAGGACAGGUUGCUGCCUCCAGAAAUCGAGCUGGGAGCGGAGCUUCGGAAAGUGGUGUGCAUCAGAGCAUGCAGCACCCUAAGACUCUUUGUGCCGAUCAAAGGCAGACCAGCACCUGAAGUUAAAUGGUCCAGGGAGCACGGAGAAUCGCUCGACAAGGCCAACAUUGAAGUCACCCCGUCAUUCACCACCCUGCAGGUGGACAAUGUCGACAGAUUUGAUGGAGGUAAAUACAUGGUGAGCGUAGAGAACGCAACUGGAAGUAAGACAGCCUUUGUCAAUGUCAGGGUGCUGGACACCCCAGGUGCCCCUCAGAACCUGGUCAUCAAGGAAGUUACCAGGACGUCCGUUUCCCUCGUGUGGGAUGCGCCACUGAUUGACGGUGGAUCCAGAGUCCGUAACUACGUGGUGGAAAAACGCGAAUCCACUCGCAAGGCUUAUUCAACCGUCUGUGCCAGCUGCCACAAGUCGAGCUGGAAAGUGGGAGACUUGGAGGAAGGCAAAAUGUACUUCUUCAGGAUUCUUGCCGAGAAUGAGUUUGGCAUUGGCCUGCCAGUGGAGACCUGUGAGCCCAUCAAAGUUUCAGAGAAGCCUCUCCCGCCAGGAAAGGUCACCCUCCGAGAGGUGACCGGCACCAGCGUGACACUUGCGUGGGAAAAGCCCGAGCAUGACGGGGGCAGUCGGAUCACAGGCUACAUCGUUGAGAUGCAGGGCAAAGGCAGUGAGAAGUGGACUCAAGUUAUGGUGGUGAAGACAAACGAGGCCGUGGUCACCGGUCUUACACAAGGAGAAGAAUACAUGUUCCGUAUUUCUGCUACCAAUGAAAAGGGUGUCAGUGACCCACGCCCUCUCAGUCUGCCUGUCAUCGCCAAAGACCUGGUCGUCUCACCAACCUUCAAACUGGCCUUCAGCACAUUUAGCGUACUUGCAGGAGAUGACCUGAAGGUGGACAUUCCAUAUGCGGCCUGUCCAAAAGCGGCCGUGACGUGGCUGAAAGACGGCGUGCUCCUCAAGGAGACUACACGAGUUAACACGGUCGUCAGUGACAAGAACCUUCUCUUGGUGAUCAAGGAGGCUUGCAGAGAUGACGUGGGAACGUAUGCCGUCAAAUUGAGCAACACGGCCGGCGAAGCAUCUACAGACAUUCAUGUUGUUGUUCUUGACAAGCCGGGCCCUCCAACUGGGCCCAUCAAACUGGAUGAGGUCACUUCCGACAGCGUCACAUUGACCUGGAACGCACCCGAAUAUGACGGCGGCUGUUCCAUCAACAACUACAUUGUUGAGAAGAGAGACACCUCAACGACAAACUGGCAGAUUGUGUCGGCUACGGUUGCCCGGACAACGAUCAAGGCGGCCCGCCUGAAGACUGGAUGCGAGUAUCAGUUCCGCAUUGCAGCGGAAAACAGAUACGGCAAAUCGUCAGUCCUGAUCUCCGAAAGUGUUGUUGCACAAUAUCCAUUUGAGGUGCCUAGUGCCCCCCGAUCUGUGGCUGUCCAAUCGGCUACGAAGGAAACCAUGCUCGUUGUGUGGGACAAACCCAGCACCGAUGGCGGAAGCAAGAUUCUUGGCUACCACGUCGAGCUCAAAGAGAGGAACAGUAUACUGUGGGUGAAACAAAACAAGCAACUCAUCCCCGAGACUAGAUUCAAGGCCGCUGGACUCGAGGAAGGCAUUGAUUACGAGUUCAGAGUGUACGCAGAAAAUAUUGUCGGCGUCAGCAAAGCCAGCAAAGUGAGCGAAAUGCAAGUAGCCAGGGAUCCCUGCGACAGGCCAGGAAAACCAGAGGCCGUCAUUGUGACCCGAAACCAAGUCACCCUGCGAUGGACGAAGCCCGAGUACGACGCUGGCAUCAAGAUCACCGGCUACGUUGUGGAGAAGAAAGAAGGCGCCGGACGUUGGAUGAAGGCCAGCUUCACCAACAUAAUUGACACGUCGUUUGCUGUCACGGGUCUGACGGAGAACCACGUUUACGAAUUCCGCGUCAUCGCCAGAAACGCAGCAGGUGUCUUCAGCCAGCCGUCCGACUCCACCGGUGCCAUCACGGCAGCCGAUGAAGUGGAUCCCCCUAAAGUUGACCUGGAAUCCAAGUACUCCCAGGCGGUGGUUGUCCAUGCCGGCGAGACAUUCAGGCUGGAGGCCUCCAUUGAUGGUAAACCGGUGCCGACGGUGCACUGGCUGAAGGACGGACAGGAGAUUACUGAGGCUCCUCGCCUGGAGAUCAAGAACACAGAGUUCAAUGCCUCUCUGGUCGUCAAAGAAGCCAUACGCGUGGAUGGAGGACAGUACAUUCUGCUCGUAAAGAAUGUCGGAGGGGAGAAAACUGUUGCAAUCAACGUGAAGGUUCUGGACAGACCCGGACCACCUGAGGGCCCAAUUUCCAUUUACGGUGUCACCAAUGAGAAAUGCUCAAUUUCCUGGAAGCCUCCAUCGCAAGACGGGGGAAGUGACGUUUCCCAUUACAUUAUUGAACGCCGAGAGACGAGCAGGCUCGUGUGGACUGUCGUGGAAGCUAAAGUUCAGACUCUGAAUGUGAAAAUUACCAAACUACUACCUGGAAAUGAAUACAUCUUCAGAGUGAUUCCAGUAAACAAGUACGGGGUUGGCGAGCCUUUAGAAUCUGAAGCCAUGAUUGCGAGAAAUCCAUUUGUUGCACCGAACCCCCCGACAGAGGUCGACGUUUCCACUAUCACCAAAGACUCGAUGGUGGUGACCUGGGAGCGACCAACGCAUGAUGGCGGCAGUGCAAUCCAAGGCUAUGUCGUGGAGAAGCGUGAUAAGGACGGCGUGAGGUGGACCAGAUGUAACAAGCGCACAGUGAGCGAGCUUCGCUUCAGAGUUACCGGCCUGAUUGAGAACCACAGCUAUGAAUUCAGGGUUGCUGCAGAGAAUGCCGCUGGGGUGGGAACACCCAGCCCCGCGACAGUUUACUACAAAGCUCUGGAUCCUGUCUUCAAGCCUGGGCCGCCGAACAAUCCAAAGGUGACGGACACAUCUAGAUCCACCGUGUCCCUGACGUGGGGUAGACCCAUCUACGAUGGCGGUUGCGAGAUUCAGUCCUACAUUGUUGAGGCGUGUAACGGAGCAUCUGAUGAGUGGUUCAUGUGCACCCCUCCAACUGGAGUCGCCGGCACAAAGUUUACUGUCACCAAACUUUUGGAGAGACAUGAGUAUCAAUUCAGAAUUUGUGCAAUCAACAAAGUUGGCGUGGGCGAGCACGCCGACGUCCCCGGGAAAGUGCUUAUGGAGGAGAAGCUGGAGGCCCCGGAUCUUGAUCUGGAUGCUGAUAUGAGAAAAAUGAUCAACAUCAGAGCGGCCAGCACCCUGCGGCUGUUUGUCCCCGUGAGAGGCCGCCCAGCCCCGGAGGUGAAAUGGGGCAAGGCCGAUGGCGAGAUCAAGGAGACCGCACAAAUCGACAACACCAGCACUUAUGCCUCACUUGUCAUUGAAAAUGUUGACCGGUUUGAUAGUGGCAAGUACACUGUAACGGCAGAGAACGCCAGCGGAGUGAAGUCUGUCUUCAUCAGCGUCAGAGUCCUGGACUCACCCAGCCCUCCAAAUAACUUUGUGGUGAAGGAGAUCACAAAAAGUUCUGUCACCCUGACAUGGGAGCCCCCACUGUUAGAUGGUGGCUCGAAGAUUAAGCACUACAUUGUGGAGAAACGGGAGAGCACCAGGAAAGUGUACUCUCCAAUCACGACCUGCAACAAGAUGUCGUGGAAAGUGGAGCCUCUUCCGGAGGGUGGAAUUUUCUUCUUCAGAGUUUUGGCUGAGAAUGAGUACGGCGUCGGACUGCCCGCUAAAACUAUUGAGCCUGUGAAAGUAUCUGAGAAACCUCAACCGCCUGGGAAAGUCAGUGUUGUCGACGUCACGCACAGCACUGUCACACUGAGCUGGGAAAAGCCGGAGCAUGACGGCGGGAGCAGAAUCAGUUACUACGACGUUGAAAUGGCCCCCAAAGACAGCGAGGUCUGGUCAGUUUGUGCAAGCGGAAAGUCCUUGGAGACAGUGGUAAGCAACUUACUGAAAGGGGAAGAAUACCAGUUCAGAGUUGUGGCUGUCAAUGACAAGGGAAGAAGCGACCCCAGACACCUGGCUCAUGCCGUGGUCGCAAAGGAUCUUGUGAUUGAACCCGCUGUCCGGCCUAAAGUUAGCUCAUACAGCGUCCAAGUGGGUUACGACUUGAAGAUAGAAGUGCCUGUCGCAGGUCACCCGAAGCCAACCAUCACAUGGACUAAAGAUGGAGCCCCUCUCAAACAGACGACCAGAGUCAAUGUGACAGAUUCCGCACAUCACACCAUGCUCUCCAUCAAGGAUGCCACCCGAGAGGAUGGAGGCAUGUACAGCAUCAACGUUUCUAAUUCUUUGGGGUCGAAGGACGCCACCAUUGACGUCGUCACCCUUGACAAGCCAGGCCCACCUACAGGCCCCGUCAAGUUGGAGGACAUCAGUGCAGAGAGCAUCACUCUGACCUGGGAGCCGCCGUCCUAUACCGGUGGAUGUCCCAUCUCCAACUACGUGGUGGAAAAGCGAGACACGACCACAACCAACUGGAUGGUUGUUUCGGCCACUGUGGCCAGAACCACGCUAAAGGUGUCCAAUUUGAAGACGGGCGCAGAAUACCAGUUCCGAAUUUAUGCGGAAAAUAGAUAUGGAAAGAGCUAUGCGAUCGAUUCGGAGCCUGUGCUUGCGCAGUAUCCCUUCCAGGAGCCAGGAUCCCCUGGCACUCCAUCCGUGUCCUCAUACACCAAAGACUACAUGGUGGUUGAGUGGCAUAAACCGCCGUCAGAUGGAGGCAGUAGCAUCCUGGGCUAUCACGUGGAGCGAAAAGAGAAGAACAGUAUCCUGUGGACAAAGAUCAACAAGUCUCUGGUUCAAGACUGCCGUUUUAAGUCUACUCCUCUGGAGGAAGGAAUUGAGUAUGAAUACCGAGUCUAUGCUGAGAAUAUUGUCGGCAUCGGAAAAUGCAGCAAAGUGUCAGAGGUUUAUGUAGCUCGCGACCCCUGUGAUCCGCCCGGAUGUCCCGAGGCCGUGAUCGUUACUAGACACUCGGUGCUGCUGCGGUGGACCCCACCAGAGUAUGACGGCGGGAGCAUCGUCACCGGCUACGUGGUGGAGAAGCGAGACCUCCCGGAAGGCAAGUGGAUGAAGGCCAGUUUUGCGAACGUCAUUGAACGUGAAUUCACAGUCACGGGGCUGGUAGAAGACAACAAGUACGACUUCAGAGUCAUUGCGAGGAAUGCCGCCGGAGCUGUCAGCAAGCCCUCACAGAGCACCGGCUCCAUCACGGCGAAGGACGAGGUUGACCCGCCCAAAUGUGAAACCGACGCCAAGUAUAACCAGACUCUGGUCAUCAAUGCGGGAGAGACCUUCACUCUGGAGGCCAACGUUGAAGGGAAACCAAUUCCCACGGCGCAGUGGUUUAAGGGAGACGUUGAAGUGGAAAACUCGGCAAGGGCCGAAAUUAAAAACACGGACUUUAGGGCCUUGCUGAUUGUGAAGGAUGCUAUCAGAGUGGAUGGAGGCCAGUACACGUUGCUUCUCACAAACGUCGCUGGAACCAAGACCGUGCCAUUUAGCGUGAAGGUCUUGGACAGACCAGGCCCACCAGAAGGACCUCUCACUGUCAGCAAUGUCACCGAGGAGAAAUGCUCCUUGUCUUGGCUCCCGCCACGACACGAUGGAGGCGGUAGCAUCUCUCACUAUAUCAUUCAGAAGAGAGAGACAAGCCGCCUGGCCUGGACUGUGGUCUCUGCCGACUGCGGAGCCACAAUGUUCAAGGUGACAAAACUCCUCAAAGGAAAUGAAUACAUCUUCAGAGUGAUGGGUGUCAACAAAUAUGGGGAAGGUGAGCCACUCGAGUCGGCGCCAGUCAUCAUGAGGAACCCGUUCCUUCCCCCAAGUUCACCUCGAGAACUCGAAAUGACCAACAUUACCAGGGACUCCAUGACAGUGUGCUGGAAUCGCCCCGAGACCAACGGAGGAAGUGAGAUAGUCGGCUACAUCGUGGAGAAAAGAGACAGAGCUGGCAUCAGGUGGACCAAGUGCAACAAACGCCGGGUGACUGACCUACGCUUCAGGGUGACCGGGCUCACUGAGGACCAUGAGUACGAGUUUAGGGUCUCUGCUGAGAACGCUGCUGGAGUUGGUCAGCCCAGCCCAGCGACUCCCUACCUGAAAGCCUGUGACCCCACCUUUGAACCAGGAUGUCCCACCAACAUUCACAUUCUUGACACAACCAAAGACACUGUGUCGCUUGCCUGGCACAGGCCAAUCUAUGAUGGUGGUUGUGAUAUUCAGGGAUACGCUGUGGAAAUAACCAAAGCAGAUGAAGAGGAAUGGUCGAUCUGCACGCCGCCAUCGGGGGUGAAUGCUUCCAAGUACACAGUCACAAAGUUGGUUGAGCAUCAAGAAUACAGAGUACGAGUCUGUGCCAUCAAUAAGCUCGGGGUUGGCGAACCGUCUGAGCUCCAGGGGGUUAUAAAACCUGUCGAUAAGAUCGAAGCUCCCGAGAUGACUCUUGAUUCGGAACUUAGGAAGGGCGUCGUCGUCUGGGCGGGAGGCUCGAUGAGAAUCUCGAUACCAUUCAAAGGACGCCCUGCCCCUGAGAUUAGCUGGGCCAAAGAAGACGGCGUGCUGCCAAGCAAAGUUCAGAUUGAAAAAGGCGAAGAUUACACACAACUGUCUGUCGACAUUUGUGACCGAUAUGACGCCGGAAAAUACAUACUCACCUUGGAAAACAGUGCUGGCACCAAAUCUGCCUUUGUGUCGGUCAAGGUCCUCGACACCCCAGGAGCCCCUCUCAACCUGACUGUGAAGGACAUUAAAAGAGAAAGUGUGACAUUGACAUGGGAGCCUCCUCUGAUUGACGGUGGCGCAAGAAUCAAGAACUAUCUGGUGGAGAAGCGUGAGUCCAACAGGAAGGUGUACACCAACGUCGACAACAAGUGCACUAAAACCAGCUAUCGCAUUAUGGGCCUGACAGAAGGACUGGUCUACUACUUCAGAGUCUUAGCCGAGAAUGAGUUUGGUGUGGGUCUGCCCGCUGAGACGGAGGACUCUGUUAAGACGUCUGAGCCUCCUCUGUCUGUGGGCAAGAUCACCUUAACAGAAGUGACGAAAACCUCGGCGUCACUGUGCUGGGAAAAACCGGUUCACGAUGGAGGAAGUCGAAUUUUGGGCUAUCACCUUGAGAUGCAGCCGGUCGGCUCAGAGGAGUGGGUGAUUGCAGCGACGUCCAAAACCUGCGAGGGCACUGUCACGGGGCUUAGCGCUGGACACGAGUAUCUGUUCAGAAUAUCGGCAUUCAAUGACAAGGGGAAGAGUGACCCCAGGCCACUGGCUGCGCCAGUCAUCGCAAAAGAUGUGACAAUCGCACCGGGGUUCAAGAUGACCUUCAACACCUACAGUCUGCAGAAUGGCGAAGAUCUAAAGAUCGAAAUUCCAGUCCUCGGACGCCCUGUUCCAAAAGUGGAGUGGAAAAAGGAGGGACAGGCUCUGAAAGAAACCACAAGGCUAAAUGUUUGCAGCACUCCAUCGUCCACAAAGCUCAGCAUCAAGGAUGCAAAUAAAGAGGACUCGGGUAAAUACACAGUCACCGCCACCAGCGCCGUUGGGACAGCCACGGAGGAGGUCACGGUCAUAAUACUAGAUAAGCCAGGGCCUCCUACUGGCCCGGUGAAGAUCGAUGAAGUGAGCUCCAACUAUGUCACCCUGUCCUGGGAGCCUCCAGAGUACACGGGAGGAUGUCAGAUCAACAACUAUAUUGUGGAGAAAAGAGACACCACAACAACCUCGUGGCAGAUAGUCUCCGCUACGAUUGCCAGGUCCACCAUUAAAGUCAGCAACCUGAAGACGGGAGUGGAAUACCAGUUCAGAGUGUCUGCCGAGAAUAGGUACGGCAAGAGCUCGGCUAUCAUCUCGCCCAGUGUCGUGGCUCAGUAUCCAUUCACUCAGCCUGCAGCGCCGGGUACGCCAACCAUUUCUGCAGCCACCAAAGACAGCAUGGUUGUCGAAUGGAAACCACCAACCAACAAUGGCGGCAGCCCGGUCUUGGGCUAUCACCUCGAACGGAAAGAAAAGAAUAGUCUCUUGUGGACGAAACUCAACAAGCUGUUGAUCCCAGACGCACGUUUCAAGACCACUGAGUUGGAGGAGGGUAUUGAGUAUGAAUUCAGAGUGUGUGCUGAAAACGUUGCUGGACUCAGCCCAGUCAGCAAGGUUUCUGAGAGCACGGUUGCAAGGGAUCCCUGUGACCCACCUGGCACCCCUGAGGCCAUCGAAAUAACCCGGAAUCAUGUUACACUGCAGUGGACCAAGCCACAAUAUGACGGAGGCAGCGCCAUCACGGGAUAUGUGAUCGAGAGAAAGAAACACCCAGACAACCGUUGGAUGAAGGCCAGUUUCACCAACAUAAUUGAGACUCAAUUCACCAUCACCGGACUGACAGAGGACUGCAGCUAUGAGUUCCGAGUCAUCGCAAGGAAUUCUGCUGGCAUCUUCAGCGCCCCGUCCCAGAGCACCGGGGAAAUCACAGCCAAAGAUGAGGUCGAAGCGCCAGCAGCUGUUAUGGAUCCGAAGUUCAAAGAUCUCACAGUUGUUCACGCUGGGGAAACGUUUGUGAUCGAUGCCGACUAUUCAGGCAAACCCCUACCAGAAGUGUCCUGGUUGAAGGACGGAAAGGAGGUUGAUAAAACGACACCGAGAAUGGAAAUCAAGACCACGCUCACCCGUACCAUCCUGACAGUGAAGGACUGCAUCCGACUUGAUGGAGGCCACUUUGUGCUCAAGCUUGUCAACGUCGGCGGAGUCAAGAUGAUCCCGGUCAAUGUUAAAGUUCUGGAUAGACCCGGUCCCCCAGAUGGGCCCCUUGAAGUGAAAGGUGUUACAGCUGAAAAGUGCUAUCUCCACUGGAGCCAUCCUUCUCAUGAUGGCGGAGCAAGCAUCUCACACUACAUCAUUGAAAAACGUGAGACCAGUCGUCUGUCAUGGACCAUGGUGGAGCCCAAAAUCCAGGCCAUCAGCUAUAAAGUCACAAAACUUCUGCCAGGAAACGAGUACAUCUUCCGAGUGACGGCAGUGAACAAGUAUGGUGUCGGGGAGCCACUUGAAUCGGACCCCGUCGUUGCUCGUAAUCCUUUCACCACGCCCAGUGCCCCAUCCGCUUUAGAGGCCGGAGCCAUAACCCGGGACUCAAUUGUGCUGACUUGGGAAAGACCGGAGCAUAACGGAGGUGCCGAGAUUGAGGGUUACGUACUUGAAAAACGGGACAAGGAUGGCAUUCGAUGGAGCAAGUGCAACAAGAAGAGGCUAAACGACUUGCGUUUCAGGUGUACCGGUCUCACCGAGGGCCACUCUUAUGAGUUCCGCGUCUCUGCCGAAAAUGCAGCGGGUGUCGGAAAACCGAGCGCACCCACCCAAUACAUCAAGGCAUGCGAUGCCACUUACCCUCCGGGGCCUCCAAACAAUCCUAAAGUCACCGACCAUUCCAGUACCACAGCAUCCCUUUCUUGGUCCAGGCCCAUAUAUGAUGGCGGCGCUCCCCUCACUGGCUACAUAGUGGAAAUGAAGGAAGCAACAGAUGAUGAAUGGGUCACGUGUACUCCAGCCACUGGUGUUCAAGAAACUCACUACACAGCGAAGAAACUAAAGGAGAAUGCAGAAUACAACUUCCGCGUCUGUGCUGUCAACUGUGAGGGAGUGGGUGAACACGUCGACCUCCCUGGGUCCGUUGUGGCAGCAGAGAAGCUGGAGGCGCCUGAAAUCGAACUGGACGCUGAUUUGAGAAAGAUGGUCAACGUGCGAGCCACUGCCACCCUUCGCCUGUUUGUCACCAUCAAGGGGAAGCCCGAACCGGAGGUCAGGUGGACGAAGGCCGACGGAAAUCUGAACGAGCGGGCCCAGAUUGAUGUGACAGCCUCAUACACCAUGCUGGUGAUUGAGAACGUAGACCGAUUUGACACCGGUAAAUACGUCCUCACCCUGGACAAUCUCAGUGGAUCCAAGUCAGCGUUCAUCAAUGUCCGAGUUCUUGACUCCCCAAGCGCCCCAACGAACCUGCAGGUCAAAGAUGUCAAGAGAAAUUCAGUCUCUCUCUCCUGGGAGCCUCCUCUUAUUGACGGCGGCGCCAAGAUAUCCCACUACAUUGUGGAGAAGAGGGAGCAGAAGAGGAUGGCAUUCACCAGUGUUUGCAGCAACUGUGUGCGGAACUCCUUCAUUAUCUCCGAUUUGCAGGAGGGAGGGCGCUACUACUUCCGUGUGCUGGCUGUCAAUGAGCUGGGCGUGGGCCUGCCAGCCUCCACAGAUCAGGUCAAGGUGUCAGAGCCUCCGCUGCCUCCCGGCAAGGUCGUGUUGGUUGAUGUGACCCGUCACACCGUCACCCUGUCCUGGGAGAAACCGGAUCACGAUGGCGGCAGCAAGAUAACAAAUUACAUCGUGGAAAUGCAGCCAAAGGGUGACGACAAGUGGACUGUGUGCAGCGAAGCCAAAGCCUUAGAGGCGACAAUUCAUGGACUUACAAGCGGAGAGGAGUACUCCUUCAGGGUGAUCGCUGUGAACGAUAAGGGCAGCAGCGAUGCCAAGCCUCUGGCCACCUCUGUGGUGGUGAAGGACAUCACGAUGGAGCCAGCCAUCAACCUGCUGUUCAACACGUACAGCGUGAAGGCUGGAGAGGACCUUAAGAUUGAUGUGCCAUUCCGAGGACGACCUCAACCGGACGUGGCAUGGAAGAAGGACGGUCAUGCGCUGAAGCAGACGACCAGGGUCAACGUUCUCACCUCCCGAACGUCCUCAAAGAUCGUCAUAAAGGACUCAACAAAGGAGGAUGUGGGGAAAUAUGAAAUGACCCUGACUAACUCAGUGGGGACCAAGGCGGCCGAAAUAGCUGUGAUCAUCCUGGACAAGCCCGGACCACCCAGCAACAUCAGGGUGGACGAAGUCAGCGCCGACUUCAUCUGUCUGUCUUGGGACCCUCCAACUUAUGACGGCGGAUGCCAGAUCAACAACUAUGUUGUGGAAAAGAGAGACACGACGACAACUAACUGGCAGAUUGUGUCCGCCACAGUCGCCAGGUCAUCGAUUAAGGUGUCUCGUCUCAGUCAGGGAACGGAGUACCAGUUCCGUAUCGCAGCCGAGAAUCGUUAUGGAAAGAGUCCUUCCGUUGACUCGUCGCCCAUCCUAGCUCAGUAUCCCUUUGAGCCUCCGGGUCCGCCGACCAACCUCCACGUGUCUCAUGCGACAAAGUCGGGAAUGCUUGUGGUGUGGGGCCGACCAGCUAGCGACGGUGGAAGUCCAGUUAUCGGAUACCAUGUUGAAUGUAAAGACCAGAGCAGCAUCCUUUGGACCAAGGUCAACAGAGGGCUUCUCGCAGAGAACCAGUUUAAGAUGACUGGGCUGGAAGAAGGCCUACUGUACCAGUUCAGGGUUCAUGCUGAGAACAUUGCUGGAAUUGGACCCUGCACGAAGGCCAGCGAGCCUGUUUCAGCCAGGGAUCCAUGUGAAUCUCCACGUAACCUGCGUGUGACAAAUAUCACAAGAACCUCAGUGUCCCUCUUCUGGGACAAGCCAGAGUAUGACGGCGGAGUCAAAAUUACCGGCUACAUAGUUGAGCGCCGAGAGCUGCCCGAUGGCCGCUGGCUUAAGUGCAACUUCACCAACCUACAAGAAACUGCUUUCGAGGUCACUGGUCUCACAGAGGACGUCCAGUACGACUUCCACGUCAUAGCUAAAAAUUCUGCCGAGAUGUUGAGCGCAGCCUCACAGAACACCGGGGCUGUCACAGUCAAGGAUGAUGUGGAGCCACCCACCAUUAUCUUGGAGGAUAAGUUCAGACAACUGGUGGUGGUGAAAGCUGGGGAGAUCAUCAGAAUCGACGCUGAGAUCACAGGCCGCCCGCUGCCUGUGGUGUCCUGGUCAAAGGACGGCAGGGAGAUUGAUGCCAAGGCCCGGUGUGAAGUCUCCUCCACAAACUUUGCCACCAUGCUGAUUGUCAGAGAUGUUAUCCGCAGGGAUUCUGGCCAGUACGUGCUGACCCUGCACAACGUGGCUGGAACCAGAGCAGUGGCAAUAAACUGCAAGGUUUUAGACAGACCUGGCCCUGCAUCCGGACCGUUGGCGGUGUCUGGCCUGACUGCAGAAAAAUGCACACUUACCUGGGGACCCCCUCGAGAAAAUGGCGGUGCCGAAAUCAUGCACUACAUUGUGGAGAAACGAGAGACCAGCCGUCUUGCCUGGACUCUUGUCCAUGGAGACAUGAAGGCCACCACCUGUAAAGUAACAAAGCUGCUGAAAGGCAACGAGUAUAUCUUCAGAGUUCGCGGAGUCAACAAGUACGGCGACGGUGAGCCCCUGGAGAGUGAUGCAACGAAGGCCGUGGAUCCAUUCACUGUCCCCUCGGCCCCCGCCAAUGUCCAAGUCACCGCCGUCACUAGCGAGGCGAUGACUAUUUGUUGGGAAAGACCGGUUUCUGAUGGAGGCAGCAGCAUUGCCGGCUACGUCAUCGAGAGGCGAGAAAAGACCGGCCUGCGCUGGUGCCGCGUCAACAAGAAACCUGUCUACGAUUUAAGAGUCAAAGCUUCACACCUUCGUGAGGGCUGUGAGUACGAAUACAGAGUCUUUGCCGAAAAUGCUGCUGGACUUAGCGCUCCCAGUGUCCCGUGCCCGUUGACCAGAGCUGAGGAUCCACAGUUUCUCCCCUCACCACCUGCUAAGCCUAAAAUCGUUGACUCCACCAAGACCACUGUCACUCUGUCCUGGAGCAAGCCACUGUUCGACGGUGGGGCGCCCGUGACCGGUUACAGAGUGGAGUACAGGAAAGCCUGGGACGAUGAGUGGACUGUUGGAGUGCAGAACACGAAAAACACAGAAUUCACCGUGGUGGGACUGAGUCCUGGAGCUGAGUAUGUGUUUGCCGUCAGGUCCAUCAACAAGAUUGGAGCAAGUGAGCCAAGCCCUGAGUCAGACAGACAGGUUGCCAAAGAGCGAGAGGAGGAGCCAGUCUUCGACAUAAGCAAUGAGAUGAGAAAGACGCUUGUUGUCCGGGACGGCAGCUCAUUUACGAUGACUGUGCCAUUUAGAGGCAAACCCAUCCCCAACGUGACCUGGGCAAAGCCAGAUGUUGACCUCAGGGUCCGCGCUGUCAUCGAUACCACAGACACGUUUUCGUCCAUCACGCUGGAAAAAGCCACUCGGGACGACUCGGGCAAAUACACCGUCACGUUGUCCAGUGUGGCUGGAACUGCAUCGUUGACACUCAAUGUCAGAGUCUUGGAUUCACCUGGACCUCCUUCCCGUGUUGAGGUGAAAGAGGUCACAAAGACAUCUGCCACUGUGACUUGGGACACACCAGAGAAUGAGGGUGGUGGACCAGUGAAGAACUACCUGGUAGACAUCCGCGAAGCCAGCAAGAAGGGCUGGACGAGACUCACUGACACAUGCCACCGGCUGACUUACAAGGUGUCGGACCUUCAAGAGGGAGAAGUCUACUAUUUCCGGGUUGUGGGUGAGAAUGAGUACGGCGUGGGUAUCCCUGCUGAGACCAAGGAGGGAACUAAGAUCACAGAAAAGCCAACCCCACCGUCGAAGUUCGCCGUCACUGAAGUCACCAAGGACAGCGUGUCGCUUGCCUGGGCCAAGCCAGAACAAGAUGGAGGCAGCAGGAUAACGGGCUACCUCGUGGAAGCAGUAGAAAAGGGCCAGGAGAAGUGGGUGAAGUGUGGCGUAACCAAGUCACUUCACCUCAGCGUCUCAGGUCUCAGAGAGAAUGCCGAGUACUUAUUCCGAGUGAGAGCAGAGAACCAUGCGGGAUACAGCGAGGUGAAGGAACUGCUUCACCCAGUGAUGGUGAAAGACCAGCUCGAAUCGCCUGAGAUCGACAUGAAGGACUUCCCCCACAACACAGUCUAUGUAAGAGCUGGCUCCACCCUCAAGUGUGAGGUCCCACUGACGGGCCGGCCGUUACCCAAAGUUUCCCUGGCCAAGGACAACGUGCUGCUCAAGUCCACCAUGAGAUUUAACUCUGAAGUCACUGUUGACAGCAUCAGAAUCACGCUGCGUGAGAGCAUCGCUGGAGACUCGGGCCGCUACGACAUCACGGCUUCCAAUUCUAGUGGAACCACCAAAUCCUUCGUCAACAUCGUGGUGCUGGACAGGCCCAGUGCCCCCCAGGGACCCGUGGAAUUAUACGAUGUGACAGAGGACAGUGUCAGUCUGAAGUGGCUUCCGCCGGCAUAUGAUGGUGGCAGUCCUAUCACCAACUACAUCAUCCAAAAGAGGGAAACCACCACAGCCAACUGGGUCGACGUCUCGUCGGCCGUGGCACGGUGCACUAUGAAGAUCAUGAAGCUGACGACAGGCCUGGAAUACCAGUUCAGAAUCCGAGCUGAAAACAGAUAUGGCGUCAGCGAACACAUCGACUCUCCGGCCGCAUCCGUCAGCCUCCCGUACACCAUUCCUGAGGCUCCAUCAACGCCAGAGGUCACCGCCGUGACUAGAGAGACCAUCACUGUCGCCUGGAAAGAGCCAAAGGCAGAUGGAGGCAGCCACGUUUUCGGCUACCACCUGCAGAUGAAAGACAAGAACAGCAUUCUCUGGCAGAGGGUUAACAAAAUGGUGAUCCGCGCCACCCACUUCAAGGUCACGAAUAUCAACGCUGGACUCAUCUACGAGUUUAAGGUGGCCGCGGAGAACGCUGCUGGCAUCAGUGCGUUCAGCAAAGUUUCUGAUGCCGUGUUGGCCAUCGACGCCUGUGAGCCUCCAAACAACCUUCGUGUCACUGACAUUACCAAGAACUCCAUCAGCCUGGCCUGGCAGAAGCCAAACUACGAUGGCGGCUCUCCCAUCACGGGCUACAUCAUUGAGAAGAAAGAGGCCGGCGGUACGAGGUGGUCCAAGACCAACCUCACCAACGUCACAGACACCCGCUACGCUGUCAGCGGUCUGACACAAGACGAGACCUAUGAGUUCAGGGUCCUGGCUAAGAAUGCCGUCGGCUCCGUGAGCAAUCCUUCCAUGACCGCUGGACCUGCCACAUGUGUCGACACCUACGGCGCCCCAGAAAUCGAGAUCCCUCAGGAGUACCUCAGCGAAAUCAGGCACAGGGCUGGGUCUAACGUGGAACUCAAGUUCAACAUUGUUGCCAAGCCAGCUCCCACGAUUGAGUGGCUGAAGGAGGGGAGAGAGCUGAAGCCAAGCGCCCAGCUUUCCUUCAGACACACCCAUGACUCAACAACCCUGUUUCUCAGGGAAACCACACGGCUAAAUUCAGGAACUUAUGAGGUCAGAGUGAAGAACUCCUUGGGAACGAGCUGCGCCGUUGUCAGACUGCUCAUUCAAGACAAGCCAGGGCCACCCGCUGGUGAGAUCCAGUUCAAGAAGGUGACGGCUGACAACGUGACCAUCAUGUGGUCUCCCCCCACCGAUGAGGGAGGCGCAAUGGUGACGCACUACAUUGUGGAAAAGCGGGAAGCCAGCAGGGUCAUGUGGUCAAUCGUCUCUGAGAAGCUUGUCGACUGCAUCGUGAACGUGCCCCGGCUCAUCCAAGGCAACGAGUACAUCUUCAGAGUCCGUGGAGUCAAUAAAUACGGAGUGGGUGAUCCACUGGAGUCUGCGCCCGUCGUGGCCAAGAACGCCUUUGUUCCACCAAGUGAGCCUUCCAAGCCGCAAGUCACCAUGAUCACCAGGUCCACCAUGACAGUAGUCUGGGAGCGGCCUGCCCUGAAUGGCGGCAGUGAUAUCGACGGCUACUACCUAGAGAAGAGGGAGAAGAAGAGCCUGCAGUGGUUCAAGGUGGUGAAGGGCACCAUCAGAGACACAAGACAGAAGGUCAUCAACCUCGUGGAAAACAACGAAUACCAGUACAGAGUGUGUGCCGUGAACAAAGCUGGAGCGGGAAACUACUCCGAGGCUUCUGAACUGUACAAAGCCUACGACCCCAUUGACCUGCCUGGCGAACCUUCCAAGCUGCGUGUGGUAGACUCCACCAAGACGUCCAUUACCAUCGGAUGGGAGAGGCCAGUCUACGAUGGCGGCAGCCAGAUCACGCAUUACAUUUUGGAUCAGAUGAACACAGAGGAAAGAGAAUGGGUGACCAUUAAUCCUAAAGUUCAAACCUGCGAAUAUGUGGUGUCACACCUAAAACCAGGAAGCUACUACUUCUUCCGAGUCUCUGCUGUCAACUGCAAGGGCAAAGGAGAGGACAUCAAGAUGUAUCAGCCUGUUCAAGCCAAAGACAUCUUAGAGGAGGCCGACCUGGACCUGGAUGUCCACAUGACAACCCAGUACACCGCGAGGGCCGGCCGUGAUGUUGAAGUCUUCAUUCCCUUGAAGGGACGCCCGACGCCCAAUGUCACCUGGCGCCGUGGGGACCGCAAUGUUGCUGCUGACAAUCGCUACAGCAUUUCAAGCACUGAGCGCGCAACAACCCUUCUCAUCCCCAAGGUCACCCGUGAUGACUGUGGCAAAUAUUUGCUGGAGAUUGAGAAUGGUGUCGGCGAGCCCAAGAUUGUCACCGUCUCGCUGAAGGUUUUGGACAGUCCCUCCACCUGUCAGAGACUGGUCAUCAAGAACGUGACGAGAGGAAAGUUGACACUCAGUUGGGAAGCUCCUCUCAUCGAUGGUGGUUCACCGGUGACCAAGUACAUCGUUGAGAAGAAGGCCUCCACCAUGAAAGCCUACCAGGUCAUGACUGAGGAGUGUGCCAACACAACCUACAAGGUGACCGGCUUGGAAGAAGAUGUGGCGUACUUUUUCCGUGUGUCUGCCGAGAAUGAGUUUGGAGUGGGAGACACCUGCGAGACUACGGAGCCUGUGAGGGCCACGGAAACCCCAGGAGCGGUGAAAGACCUGGUGAUGUUGGACUCAACAAAGAACUCUGUGACCUUGCGCUGGACCAAACCAGACCACGAUGGCGGUAGCCACAUCAGUGACUAUGUCAUAGAGAUGAGAACAGCAGAUGAUCCCACAUGGACCUUGGGCGCCACCUGCAAACGCUGCAGCUGUGAGGUGACCGGACUCAAGCAGAAUGCCGAAAUGGACUUCAGAGUAUUUGCCAAAAACGAGAAGGGCAAGAGCGACUUCUCUCAGAUUGGUCCAAUUACUGUGAUGGACUUUGUCAUCCCUCCUGAGGCCAGCCUGAUGGAUUACCCCAAUGGAGAACUGGCCGUCCGCAUUGGUCAGAACAUCCACAUUGAACUGCCCUUCAAGGGGAAACCAAGGCCGGCAAUCAGUUGGCUAAAGGACAACCUGCCUCUGAAGGAAAGCGAGAGGAUUCGCUUCAGGACCACCGACCACAAGACAUCAGUCACGGUCAGAGGAGCUAAGAAGGAGCACGCUGGACAGUAUACCUUGGUCUUGGACAACAGGGUCAUCAAGAGCUACUUUGACCUGAACGUCGUCACGCUGGGGCCACCCUCCGUCCCGGUCGGUCCGAUACGUUUUGAUGAGAUCAAAGCCCAGAGCAUUAUCGUGUCCUGGGAUGAGCCCAAGGACGAUGGUGGUGGAGAGAUCACUUGCUACAGUGUGGAAAAGCGUGAGACUUCCCAAGCCAACUGGAAGAUGGUCUGUUCCAGUGUGGUACGGACUACUUUCAAGAUACCCAAUCUGGUGAAGGGAACCCAGUACCAGUUUAGGGUCCGCGCGGAGAACAAGUAUGGCGUGAGUGAAGCGCUUAACUCGCCAGAUGUGAUCGCCCAGCACCAGUACAAACCUCCAGGUGCGCCAGGAAAGCCCGUGGCCUACAACAUCACCAGCGAUGGGAUGACUAUAAAGUGGGAGGCCCCAGGUUUCGAUGGAGGAUCCCCUAUUCUAGGUUACCAUGUGGAGAAGAAGGAUAGAAACAGUCUGCUCUGGCAGAAGGUGAACUCCACCAUCAUCUCCAACAGAGAGUACAGGAUAAUCAGCCUGAUGGAGGGACUGGAGUACUCUUUCAGAGUUUGUGCUGAGAACAACGCUGGACUUGGUCCCAUCAGUGAGCAGAGCAAACACGCUCUGGCCAUUUCUCCCGUCGAUCCACCCGGGACGCCUUCCUGCAUUGAUGUCACCAGAGACUCGGUCACACUGACGUGGGACGUUCCUGAGAGAGAUGGAGGCAGCAAGAUUGUGGCGUACAGCGUGGAGCGACGUCAAGGCCGAGGCAAAUGGCUGCGUUGCAACUUCACUGAUGUCAGCGAGACGCAGUACACGGUCACGGGUCUGUCUGCGGGAGACAGAUUUGAAUUUAGAGUAAUUGCGCGGAACGCCGUCGGCACUCUCAGUCCACCUUCAAACACCUCUGGAUACAUCAUGACGAAGGAUGAAAGCGUUUCCCCUGAGAUCGAGUGGUCUCCAGACCAGGUUCUCACUCUGCGAGCCGGUGAGAACGUCAAACUCAACUGCACCAUAACUGGACGCCCAGUGCCUCAGGUCACCUGGUACAAAGAUGGCAAAGAGAUUGACAAGAGGACCAUGAUCGAUAUUGAGAUUACCACCGCAAUCGGUGCCAGCAGCCUCUUUGUUCGGGAUGCUGACAGGAACCACCGCGGCGUCUACACAGUCGAGGCUAAGAACAACUCUGGCACCAAGAAAGCCGAUGUCAACGUUCGCGUCCAGGACACCCCUGGACCCGUCGAUGGGCCAAUUCGGUUCACAGGCAUCACAGCGGAGAAAUGCACCGUUUGGUGGAACCCGCCAGAGAACGACGGCUGUGCUGCCAUCACUCAUUAUGUGGUCGAGAAAAGAGAGACGUCCAGGAUCUCCUGGGCCAUGGUCACCUCCAAGUGCGAAGCCUGCUCCUUUAAUGCCACAAACCUCAUCAAGGGCAAUGAGUAUCAGUUCAGGAUCUCUGCUGUCAACAAGUUUGGCGUUGGCCGACCUCUGGACUCCCUUCCUGUUGUUGCCCAGAUGCAGUACACUGUGCCGGAAGCUCCUGGGACACCCGACGCCACCCACGUCACCGGAAAUAGCAUCACGCUCUGCUGGGCCAGGCCCAAGUCAGAUGGAGGAAAUGAGAUCAAGCAUUAUAUCCUGGAGAGACGUGAGAAGAAGAGUCUCCGCUGGGUGAAGGUUUCGGCAAAAAGACCCAUCACGGAGCUGAGGCAUCGCGUGACCAACCUGACCGAAGGCAACGAGUACGAGUUCCGAGUCCUGGCUGAGAACGGUGCGGGCGUGGGACCGGCCAGCAGCACCUCCAGGCUGUUCAAGUGUAGGGAGCCGACCAGUUCGCCCAGCGCUCCGACCGUCGUCAAACUGGUCGAUUCCACCAAGUCCUCCAUCACCUUGGAAUGGACGAAGCCCGUCUUUGACGGUGGUUUACCCAUCAUCGGCUACAAUAUUGAGAUGUGCAAGGCCAGUCUGGAAGAGUGGCACAGAGUCAACAGGCAGAUUUGUAUCCACACAAGAUACACCGCCAAGGGCCUGGUACCCGGGGAGCUGUACAAGUUCAGAGUGAGCGCCGUAAAUGGAUCUGGCGAAGGCGACACGUCCAUGCUGCCUAAUGCCGUCCAGGCCGUGGACCGACUAACCUCUCCGGAGAUCGACAUUGACGCCAACUUCAAACAGACCCACAUUGUCAAAAACGGCGGAACAGUUACCCUGCACGUUGCUUUCCGUGGCAAGCCAGCACCACUAGCUACCUGGUCCAAGGUAGACGGUGAGCUGCCCGUCAUGGCAGACAUCAACACCACCGACUCGUCCUCCACUUUAACAGUUGAGGGCUGCACGCGGUACGAAGCCGGCAAAUACACCCUCUCUCUGGAAAACAACAGCGGCCGGAAGUCCAUCACCUUCACCAUUAAAGUUCUGGACACGCCUGGUCCUCCGGGAUCCAUCAGCUUCAAAGAUGUCACCCGUGGCGCGCUGACCGUGAUGUGGGAUGCCCCAUCUAACGACGGCGGCUCGAGAAUCCACCACUACAUUGUAGACAAGCGCGAGGCCAGCCGCCUUGCUUGGCAGGAAGUCAGCGCCAAGUGCUCCCGACAGAUGAUCAGGGUUACCGGUCUGGACAUCGGUGUGCCAUAUCUGUUCAGGGUGGCUGCUGUCAACCAGUACGGUCAGGGAGAGCCUCACGAAAUGACCGAGCCGAUCAUCGCCACAGAGGAACCCGCGCCCCCAAAGAGACUGGAUGUCGUGGACACCAGCAGUUCCACUGCCUCUCUGGUGUGGUUGAAACCAGAGCAUGAUGGAGGCAGCCGUAUCAGAGGCUACGUCGUGGAAUUCAGAGCCAAGGGCCAGGACCGCUGGCUUGUCGGCGGGGAGACCAAGUCAACGAAAAUGCUGGUGGAAGGCCUCACUGAAAACACUGAGUACGACUUCCGAGUGAAGGCGAAGAAUGACGCUGGAAUCAGCGAGCCUCAGGGAACCUUCGGCUCCGUGGUCAUCAAGGAGCCUCGCAUUGAGCCGACGGCUGACCUCAGCAGCGUCACAAACCAGCUCAUCACGUGCAAACUGUCCAACUCAUUUACUAUUGACAUUCCCAUCAGUGGCAGGCCGUCUCCCAAGGUGACCUGGAAGCUGGAGGAGAUGAAACUGAAGGAGACUGACCGAGUUUCCAUCAGGAGCACAGCUGACAGAACAACGCUGGUGGUGAGGGACAGCAAGAGGUGUGACAGUGGCAAAUACUAUCUGACUCUCGAGAACGCCGCCGGAGUCAAGACCUUCACAGUCACGGUGGUGGUCGUCGGAAGGCCGAGUCCACCCACAGGCCCCGUGGAGAUUUCUGGAGUCUCCUCUGAAUCCUGCUCGUUGUCUUGGUCUGAGCCAUCCGACGAUGGCGGCACUGAAAUUACCAACUACAUUGUGGAAAAACGGGAGUCUGGCUCCGCUUCCUGGCAAGUGGUCAACUCCAGCGUGAAGCGAACCACAAUCAAAGUCACGCACCUCACCAAGUACAUGGAGUACACCUUCAGAGUGUGUGCCGAGAACAAGUUUGGUGUCAGCAAGUCCAUCGAGUCAGCUGCCGUUGUCAUUGAACAUCCAUUUGUUCCCCCGAGUCCUCCGACUCGUCCGGAUGUGGUGUCAGUGUCUGCAAACGUCAUCAGCAUCAAGUGGGAUCUGCCCUACGCUGAUGGCGGCAGUCAGGUGACGGGCUACUGGAUUGAGAAAAAGGAGAGAAACACCAUCCUGUGGGUGAGGGAGAACAAGCUUCCCUGUCUGGAAUGCCAAUAUAAGGUGUCCAACUUGAUCGAGGGACUUGAGUACCAGUUCAGGGUGUACGCCAUGAACAUAGCUGGACUCAGCAAAGCCAGCGAAGCCUCGAGACCUGUGUUGGCUCUCAACCCCGUUGAUCCUCCUGGAAGGCCUGAGGUGACCGACGUAACUCGUUCCUCCGUGUCCCUGUGCUGGACUCUGCCAUUCAACGACGGAGGCAGCAAAAUUGUCGGUUACAUCGUGGAGAGAAAACUGUACAGCACCGACGAGUGGGACGACAACCGCUGGCUGAAGUGCAACUACACAACAAUCACAGAGAACUACUUUACGGUGCCCAAUCUUGGAGAUGGGGAGACCUUUGAGUACCGAGUGAUUGCCAAGAACGCGGCCGGGGUGCACAGCGUGGCCUCCGAGUCCACUGGGCCCGUCACGUGCAAGGACGAAUACACUCCUCCCAAAGCAGAGCUCGACAGCAAGCUGGUGGGCGAGACGGUUGUCGUCAGUGCUGGCUCUGACCUUGUCCUCGACGGCGCUGUGGGUGGUAAGCCGGAGCCCACAGUCUACUGGUCCAAGGGCGAUAAAAUUCUGGAGCUGGGAGAGAAAUACUCCCUGACCUACACGGCGACCAAGGCCAUGGCUGUCAUCAAGAGUUGCGAUCGACACGACACAGGGAGAUACAUCUUGACUGUCAAGAACGCCAGCGGCAUCAGAACUGCCACCGUGAACGUGAAAGUUCUGGACACUCCCGGACCUCCCGCCGACAAGGUCGUCAUCAGCAGGGUGACGGAGGAGAAGUGCACGGUCUCCUGGAAGAUUCCACUGGAGGAUGGUGGCGACACUGUGACCCACUACAUCGUGGAGCGCCGGGAGACCAGCCGCCUCAACUGGGUCAUCAUGGAGACCGAGUGCAAGACGCUGUCGUGUGUCAGCAGCCGACUGAUAAAGAACAACGAGUACAUCUUCAGGGUCCGAGGAGUCAACAAGUUUGGACCAGGAGUUCCUCUGGAGUCUGAGCCCGUCGUUGCCAGGAACGCCUACACGACUCCCACGCAGCCCGGCACGCCGGAGGCCAGCGCGGUAGCCAGAGAGCAUGUCAUCAUCGAAUGGCUGAAACCUGAGAGCGAUGGAGGCAGCGAGAUCAAGAACUACAUCGUUGACAAACGAGAGAAGAGCAGCACCAGAUGGACACGCGUCAACAAGACGUACACCAUCUAUGACACCCGGCUGAAGAUCACGGGGCUGCUGGAAGGCAGCGAGUACCAGUUCAGGGUGACGGCCGUCAACGCGGCCGGAGAGAGCCAACCAAGUGACGCCUCCGUCUACAUUCUCUGCAAAGACCCCACAUAUGCACCUGCCCCUCCAUCUAUGCCUCGCAUCACGGACACCACCAAGCACAGCAUCAGCAUGACCUGGACUAGGCCCAUGUAUGAUGGCGGUGCCGAUGUUAGCGGCUAUGUGGUGGAAAUCCUGGAGGAAGGUUCCGAGCAGUGGUAUCGUGCUACCACCAAAGCACUCAAGACCAACGAGUAUGUUGCCGCCGGCCUGGCUGCCAACAAGAAGUACAGGUUCAGGGUAGCAGCUGUCAACAGCAAUGGAACUGGCGAGUUCAGUGAACCCAGCGCAGAGAUUGAGCCGCUGGAGAAAGUCGAAAUGCCGGACCUGGAGCCUGCUGAAGACCUGAAGAAGACCGUGUGUCUGCGGGCCGGAGGAACCCUCCGACUGUUUGUCACGGUUACCGGCCGUCCCACACCGGUGGUGGCCUGGAGGAAGACGGGCGUGGAGCUGCAGCGACGUGGCUACAUCGAGACCACCGACAGCUACACCAUGCUGAUGGUGGAGAAGGUCGACCGCUAUGACUCUGGAAAAUACGUCGUCGAAGCGGAGAACCCAUCAGGCAAAAAGACGGUCACCAUUCUUGUCAAAGUCUACGACACACCUGGACCUCCGGGCUCUGUGAAGGUGAAGGACUACACCAAGGAGUCCGUUGUGAUCACCUGGGAUGUCCCCAGCAACGACGGAGGCGCUCAUGUCAGCAACUACAUUGUGGAGAAGCGUGACGCCAACAUGAAGUCGUACAAGACGGUCACAACCGAGUGCAGAAAGACUCUGCUGAGGAUCACUGGCUUAGAGGAGGGCAUGCACUACUUCUUCAGAGUUCUGCCGGAGAACAUUUAUGGCGUUGGUGAGCCAUGUGAGACCUCCGAAGCCGUGCUGGUGUGUGAGGUGCCGUCGGUGCCCGCAGACCUUCAGAUCCUCGAUGUCACCAAGUCUUCGGUGUCGUUGCGCUGGGAGAGGCCCCUGCAUGACGGCGGCAGUCGACUGACUGGCUUUGUUAUCGAAGCCUGUAAAGUGGGAUCAGACCGCUGGAGCACUGUCGCCACCUUGAAGGCGUCUGCCUCCACGUACACUGUCCAGUCGCUGACCGAGAAUGACCAGUACUUGUUUAGAGUUCGUGCCACAAACAGCAGAGGAGCGAGUGAGCCCAUGGAUAUUGUGACGCCGGUCACAAUCCAGGACAUCAAAGUGACACCCAAGAUCGACAUGACCAGCAUCCCGCAGAAGAUUGUGCACGUGCACCGCGGCAAAGCCAUUGACCUCAACCUGCCUUUCAAGGCCAAACCUCAACCCACCUGUUCCUGGUUCUUUGGCGGCUUGAAGCUGAAGGACAGCCUCGACCGUAUCAAGAUUGACAGCAAUGGCAAAUACACACGCCUGGUCAUCCGCGAUGCCACAAUCAAUGACACCGGGGACUACAAGCUGGAGGUGAAGAACUCGGUGGGGCUGGCGACGGAGCUCAUCAAAGUCAUCAUACUUGACAAGCCUGGAGUCCCCGUUGGCCCGAUGAAGAUCGAGGAGGUGGAUGGUGUGUCAGUCACCGUCAGCUGGGAACCUCCAGAGAAGGACGGAGGUGCAAAUGUCAGUGGCUAUGUGGUGGAGCAGCGUGACGCCCAUCGGCCCGGGUGGAUCACCAUCUCCGAGUCCGUCACUCGUCCCUGCUUUAAGUUCACGAGACUUUCUGAAGGAACAGAGUACGUCUUCCGAGCAGCUGCAAUGAACCGCUUCGGCGUUGGCGGAUUCUUGCAGUCUGAGGUUGUGGAGUGCAAGAGUCCCAAAACCGUCCCAGGACCUCCGAGCAAGCCUGAAGUCAUUGAUGUUACUCACGAGGGCAUGACCUUGACAUGGCAGCCCCCAGAGGACAACGGUGGCUCGACGAUUGCCGGCUACAUAAUAGAACGUAAAGAGGCUCGAUCUGACCGCUGGAUGAAGAUCAACAAGAACCCUGUCACCAUGACACGAUAUCGCUCAUCCGGCCUGAUCGAAGGUCUUGAGUAUGAGCAUCGAGUCACAGCCAUCAACUCGAGAGGAACCGGCAAGCCCAGCGAAAGCUCGUCCGUCGUCAUCGCCAUGGAUCCCAUCGAACCUCCAGGUCCUCCAACCGAGCCCCGGGUCACUGACACCACCAGAACGUCCGUGUCUCUGGCAUGGCAGCCUCCUGAAGAAGAGGGCGGCGCAGUCAUUGUCGGAUACCUGAUCGAGAUGCAAAAGGUGGAUCAAGUGGAGUGGACCCUGUGUAACACCAUGCCCACCAAGAUGUGCGAGUACACUCUGACUCACAUGCCUCAAGGCGCCGAGUACAAAUUCAGAGUCAUCGCAUGCAACGCAGGAGGCGCCGGUGAGCCAGCUGAGAUUCCCGGUGUAGUCAAAGUUCAGGAAAUGCUCGGUUAUCCAGAUUAUGACCUCGAUCGCAAAUACGAGGAGGGCUACGUGGUACGGCAGGGCGGGGUCAUCUGCCUGUCCAUACGCAUCAAGGGCAAACCUAUCCCCACCUGCAAGUGGACCAAGGAUGGCCAUGACAUCUCCCACCGAGCCAUGAUCGCCACGCAUGAUGACGUCACCGAACUGGUGAUCAAGGACGCGCACAAAGAUGACACCGGCACAUAUGAUCUCGUGCUGGAGAACAAGUGCGGCAGGAAGGCCGUCUACAUCAAGGUCAGAGUCAUCGGUCGUCCACAUGCGCCAGAAGGCCCUCUGGAGUUCGAUGACAUUCAGGCCCGGUCAGUCAGGGUCAGCUGGAGACCUCCCUCAGAUGAUGGCGGUUCAGAUGUUCUGGGCUACGUUGUGGAACGACGAGAGGUCCCCAAGGCUGCGUGGUACACCGUUGAUGCCAGGGUUCUGGAAAAUUCACUGGUGGUGAAGGGCUUGAAAGAGAACGUGGAGUACCACUUCAGAGUUUCUGCUGAGAAUCAGUUCGGUGUCAGCAGAUCACUGAAAUCUGAGGAGUCAGUCACGCCAAAGACACCUCUGAGUCCACCUGAACCACCCAGCAACCCACCUGAAAUCAUGGACGUGACAAAGUCCUCCGUGUCACUGUCCUGGGCCCGCCCGCGUGACGACGGCGGAUCCCGUGUCACGGGCUACUACGUGGAGAGACGGGAGGUUUCCACGGAAAAGUGGGUGCGCCACAACAAGACGCACAUCACAACCACCAUGUACAACACCACCGGCCUCAUUCCGGACGCCGAGUACAUCUUCAGAAUUGUGGCUCAGAAUGACAUCGGGCAGAGCGAGCCCGGCCCCGUCUCAGAGUCAGUCAUCUGCAAAGAUCCAUUUGACAAACCGAGCCAGCCGGGUGAGAUAGACAUUAUCUCUGUCACCAAAGACUCAAUCACCAUCCACUGGCUACGGCCUGAACAUGACGGCGGGAAGGAGAUCCUGGGAUACUGGAUCGAGUUCAGGCAGGCUGGGGAAAGCGCCUGGAAGAAGUGUACCAAAGAGCGCUCCAAGGACCGUCAGUUCACCAUGGGCGGCCUGAUGGAGGCCACCGAGUACGAGUUCAGAAUCUUUGCUGAGAAUGAAACCGGCCUCAGUCGACCUCGUCGCACACCUAUGGGCAUCAAGACCAAACUGAGUGUCGGCGAAGCUCCGGCCUUGAAAGAGGAUAUCCAGGAUGUAACGACUAAGCUUGGCGAGUCCGGUACGCUGAUCUGCAGCAUCGUUGGCAGGCCUCUGCCCGAGAUCAAGUGGUACCGCUACGGCAAGGAAUUGAUCCAGAGCCGCAAAUACAAAAUGAGCUCGGACGGCCGCAGCCAUUCCAUAACCGUCCUGACGGACGAGCAGGAAGACGAGGGCCUGUACACCUGCCGGGCCAUCAACGAGGCCGGCGAGAUCGAGACCAGCGGCAAACUCCGCCUGCAGGCCGCCCCUCAGUUCCACCCUGGCUUCCCUCUGAAGGAGAAGUACUAUGCCGGCGCCGGCACGAGCCUUCGCCUCCACGUCGUCUACAUUGGUCGUCCGAUUCCACAGAUCAUGUGGUUCUACGGCAAAAAGCCUCUGAAUCCGUCGGAGAACGUCAUCAUUGAAAACACCGAGAGCUACACCCACCUGGUGGUGAGGAACGCUCAGAGGAAGACCAAUGCUGGGCGCUACAAGGUGCAGCUGAGCAACACCUUCGGAACCAUCGACACAGUGUUGCGUGUUGAAAUCCAAGACAAGCCGUGCAUGCCGGAGGGCCCGAUCGUUGUGGAGGGUCUGCUGAAGAGCUCGGUGGUCAUUAGCUGGAAGGCCCCGAAAGAUGACGGCGGCUCCAUCAUAACCAAUUACAUCGUGGAGAAGCGCAUGGCAAAGGAAGGUGAAUUGUGGAACCUGGUGUCCUCCUCUGUCUCCGGCACCACGUGCCGCGUGCCGAACCUGGUGGAGAGCGCCGGCUACUACUUCAGAGUUUCGGCUCAAAAUCAGUACGGGGUCAGCGAGCCUCUGGAGAUCCCAUCAGUGGUCAUCAUCAAGAGCCCCUUCGAAAAACCCGGUAUUCCCCAGCAGCCUUUCAUCAUCAGCUCCACCAAAGAUUCCUGUUCGGUCUGCUGGAAGCCACCGAGCAGCGACGGUGGUGCCAAGGUCACCGGCUACUAUCUGGAGAAGCGUGAAAAGAAGCAGAACAAGUGGAUGUCGGUGGUUAGCAAGAAGAUUAUGGAGACCAGUUUCGAGGUCACUGGCCUGAUUGAGGGCUUCGAGUACGAGUUCAGAGUCAAGUGUGAGAACAUGGGAGGAGAGAGUGACUGGAGUGAGAUCUCUGAACCCAUCGUUCCCAAGUCAGACCAAGCUCCUCGCGCACCCGUGUUCAGGGAAGAGAUCAGGGACAUGACUGUCAAAUACCAGGCCAACGCCACAUUUGUCACAAAGGUGGUGGGGCAUCCCAAACCGGUGGUCAAAUGGUACCGCAGCGGGAAGGAGAUCCUGGCUGACGGGAACAAGAUCAAAGCUCAGGAGUUCAAGGGCGGCUAUUACCAGCUUGUGAUCACCGCUGCAGACGAGAGCGAUGCCACCGUCUACCAGGUCAGAGCAACCAACUCCUCAGGAUCGAUCUCCACCGCGGCAAACCUGGAAGUAGAAGUUCCCGCCAAAAUCCACCUUCCAAAGGAGCUGCAGGGAAUGGGUGCCGUGCACGCUGUCCGCGGUGACCGCCUCACCAUCAAGAUUCCAAUUUCUGGAAAGCCAGAACCAGCCAUCACGUGGCAAAAGGGACAAGAGAUCUUGUCCAAUUCCCCGUAUCACCAGGUCAUUACCACUCGCUCCUUUACCUCGCUGGUAUUCCAGAAGGGAAUGCAGAGGACAGACACUGGCUACUACAUCAUUACCGCCAAGAACAGGUUCGGAACGGACAAACAAACGAUUGAGGUCAAUGUGGCUGAUAUCCCCGAAGCUCCUAAAGGACUGGCGGCCAGUGACAUCGCCCGAGACUCCAUUACUCUGAGCUGGGAGGCGCCGGCAAACGACGGUGGCAGCGACAUCAUCAACUACGUCGUGGAGAAAUGUCCCGCGGCUGCCGAUAGGUGGAUCCGUGCUGGCCAGACCGCCGACUGCAGCAUCACCAUUAUCAAUAUAUUUGGAAAGACUAAAUACCAGUUCCGGGUCAUUGCAGAGAACCAGUUUGGACUGAGUCCUCCUUCAGCGCCAACUGAGCCCAUCACCACCAAAGAAGACAAGUCCGUGAUCCGAAACUAUGACGAGGAGGUGGACGAGACCCGGGAGGUUACCAAGGAAGAAGCUCAAGUCUUCAAAGUCAAGGAGCUGCUCUCCAAGUACACCAUUUCAGAGGAGCUAGCUCGCUGCCAAUUUGGAGUGGUGCACCGCUGUGUGGAGAUCUCCAGCAAGAAAACCUACAUGGCCAAGUUCAUAAAGGUCAAAGGCAUGGACCGUGAGCUGGUCCUCCGGGAAGUGGAAGCCCUCAAUAUGGCAAGACACAAGAACAUCAUCUACCUGCACGAAUACUUUGAAAGCAUGGAGGAGAUCAUCCUCAUCUUUGAGUUCAUAUCAGGCGUUGACAUCUUUGAGCGCCUUGGCACCAGCGGUUUUGAGCUGACAGAGCAGGAGAUUGUCCGCUACCUCAGACAAGUCUGCUCCGCUCUGUUGUUCAUGCACAGCAGCAACUUUGGUCACUUUGACAUUCGACCAGACAACAUCGUCUACACCAGCAGGAGGAGCAGCACCAUCAAGAUCAUCGAGUUGGGCCAGUCCAGGCUGCUGGCACCUGGGGAGAACAUCAGAAUGAUGUUCUCAGCACCAGAGUACUGUGCCCCAGAGAUCCAUCGUCAUGACUUGGUCACAACAGCUAGCGAUAUGUGGUCGGUGGGCGUCUUGGCCUACGUCUUGCUCAGUGGUCUCAAUCCAUUCGCUGCCGAAUCCACGACGCAGAUGAUUGAGAACAUUUCCAGCUGUGAAUACGUCUUUGACAGCGAAGCGUUCAAGGACAUCAGCCUGGAAGCCAUGGACUUUGUUGACAGGCUUCUGGUGAAAGACAGGAAGCUGCGUAUGACGGCCCAGGAGGCCCUGGAACAUCCCUGGCUGAAGAUGAAGAUCGAGCACGUGAGCAGCAAAGUCAUUCGGACACUGAGGCACAGGAGAUACUACCAGAGCCUUGUGAAGAGGUCGGACACCAUCGUUUCGGCCGCUCGAGUGGCUUUUGGUGGCGCCUUCAAGAACCAGAGGGGCUUGGCUGUGGGCAAAGUGAAGAUUGGAAGCGAGUACCGUGGUCUGCGUGCCGGUCCAGUCAUGCACGGCUCAGCCGAGGAAGGUGGCCAUGUCAGAUUCACCUGCAGCCUCUCCAACUACGACAAGAGCACGCAGUGUUCAUGGUACUUCGCCAAUCGUCAACUGCACUCAAGUGCCAAGUAUGAAAUCACUUACAGCAAUGGCUUUGCCAGCAUCUACGUGAAGGACAUCGAAGAGAGUGACGAUGGCGUGUACAGGUGCAAAGUGGUGAGCUACGACGGGGAGGACAGUGCCUUCGGUGAGCUCUUCGUGGAGACAGUGAGGAGCAUCCGGGAGCACUAUCUGAGCCGCUCCAUCAAGAAACUGAGGAGACGGGUUGACAAGACCAAAAUCUUGCAGCGGCCGCCAGAGUUUACGUUGCCGCUGUACAAUCGCGCUGCCUACGUUGGUGAGGACGUGCGCUUUGGGGUAACGAUCACCGUGCAUCCCGAGCCCCGCGUUGCCUGGUUGAAGAAUGGCGAGAGGAUCAAGCCGGGAGAGGAGCCCCUCAAGUACACCUUCAUCAGUGAUAAGGGUCUGUAUCAGCUGGUGAUUCACAACCUUGACACGGACGACGAUGCCGAAUACACCGUCAUGGCUCACAACAAGUUCGGAGAGGACAGUUGCACGGCGCGUCUCACAGUUCAGCCUCACCCAGUGGUGGAGGAGACCAUGAGGCCAAUGUUUAAGCGGCUGCUGGCCAACACCGAGUGUGUUGAAGGAGACAGCGUUCGACUUGAGCUGCGAGUCUCUGGGGUCCCUACUCCUCAACUCAAGUGGGAGAAAGACGGUCAGCUGCUGCAGUUUGGCCCGAAGGUCGUUGUCAUCGAAGAGGACGUCGACUAUUAUGUGCUGCAUAUCAGAGAAACGCUGCUGGAGAACUCCGGCCUUUAUAAAGUUACGGCCACAAACACGGCAGGCUCAGCCAGCUGCCAAGCCACGCUGAAGGUGGACCGCCUGUCAUACACCAGAAGAGAGUACAAGAGCGAGGAGGAGAAGUACAGGCAUGUCCAGAAGCAAAUCGAAAAGACAAACAAAAUGGCUCAGCGAAUUGUUGCUACCGAGGAGAUGGUGCCCCUCAACCCAACCGCCCAAGAAGCCCUCAAAUUUGCGGCUGAGAUGUACAAGCCUGCGGUGAGCACCAAAAACGUCGAGGGCGAGUUUGACAUCACAAUUGAAAAGUCUGACACCAAGAAGCUGGAAGAAGAAAGGAGAAUCUUCAUGCCUUAUGAGAUUCCCGAGCCUGUGGUUCAUGACCCCAGAGACCUGGAUGAGGACAAAGCUAUCAAACAGUUUGUUCCUCUCUCUGACAUGAAGUGGUACCGGAAGCUCCGGGACCAGUACGAGGUUCCCGAGAGGAUGGAGAGGGUCGUUCAGAAAAGACAGAGGCGCAUCCGCCUGUCCAGGUGGGAGCAGUUUUACGUCAUGCCCCUUCCUCGCAUCACUGACCAGUACAGACCUCGGUGGCGAAUUCCAAAACUCACCUUGGAUGAUCUGGAGACGGUGAGGCCCGCCCGUCGAUCGCCCUCCCCAGAGUCAGAGCUCUCCUUCAGGUCGAGGAGAAGAUCUUUGGGAGAUCUGGGCGACGAGGAGCUGCUGAUGCCGGUUGAUGAUUUCCUUGGCACCAGGAGAACUGCGGAGGAGGAGGAGGAGGUGAUGCUCGAGGACGAACUGGAACUUGGCUUUUCUGCCUCCCCUGCCGCCAGCCCCGUCCGCGUCCAGCGCCGUGUGGAGCAGCGGCGGCACGAGGCCGAGCAGGAAGCAGUCCAAGUGACAGAGACAAAGAAGAAACGUACCAUUUCUCAGUACAUGAGGAGGAGGAGGUCUCUCUCCCCCACAUACAUUGAGCUAAUGCGUCCCGUGAGCGAGCUCAUCAGACCGGCACGUGCGCGCCCGCCCAUGGAAGUAGAGGGCGAGGUCAGAGACAGAAGAUCCCCCACUCCAGAGCGCACCCGGCCCCGCUCACCCAGCCCUGUCAGGUCUGUGGAAAGAGCAUCGCGUUCCUCGUCUCGGCUCGAGCGUUCGGCUCGCUUUGACAUCAUGUCCCGCUACGAAGCCAGGAAGGCUGCUCUGAAGUCGGAGAGGAAGUACCAGGUGGUCAGUCAGACGCCAUUCAGCCUGGAUCAUGCCCCGCGUGUGACUGUCAGGAUGCGGUCCCAUCGCGUGCCGGUCGGCCAAGACACCAGGUUUACACUGAACAUUCAGGCCAAGCCAGAAGCCCAAGUCAAGUGGUUCCACAACGGAACGGAGAUUUGUGAAAGUCGCAGCAAAUAUGCCUUCAGCAACACGAGCGGCGUGUUGUCCGUCGUCAUCCUGGACUGCCAGGAGGACGACAGCGGCACUUACCGCUGUUUGUGCAUCAAUUCAAAGGGAGAAGCCUCAGACUACGCCACCCUGGACGUGUCAGGCAGCGGCUACACCACCUUCACUUCUCGCCGACGGGAUGAAGAGGUUACGAAGUCCUUUGUUCCCGAAGUCACGCGUAUCGACCACUAUCACAGCAGCCACUUCAAAAGCGGCUACACAAGCCACACUCAGUUUGAGAUAGAAGAAAGUAAGUCUGAGCUGAAGGAGAGACGUGAGACCAUCACAGGAGACGUACGCACCACCUCUGCAGAGCGAUACUCCGACUCCAUCAAGUUUGCCUCCGCAGAGUACCUGUCCUCCGGUUCCUCCUAUUCCUCGGACAGGUUCGCAGAGAAGAUCAGCUCGUCCGAAGCUAAAGCCAAGUCUUCUGCUGUUCUCCCCUCUGAGGAGGCUUCUGCUCAGAGGGUGAAGCGUUCCCUUCCCGCCAGGUUCCUGACCAAGCCCCAGUCCCUCACCGUGUCUGAGGGCGAGAAUGCAAAAUUCUCCUGUGACAUAGAUGGGGAGCCAGCUCCUGCUGUCACGUGGAUUCACGAAGGCCACGCCCUCGUCUCCUCCCAUCGGGUUCGCGUCACCACCUCUCAGUACAAGUCCAGUCUGGAGGUGACUGCUGUGACGCACGCCGACGAGGGCAGUUACACGGUGGUGGUAGAGAAUUCUGCGGGACGUCAGGAGGCUCACUUCACACUGAGCAUCCACAAGGUCACCCACAAAGAAGAAACCAAGAUGGUCAAGUCACCGGAACCGACUCCGGGCAUGAAGUCACCAGAGCCUGUGGCCUCCCCAGUUCCAAGUGUCCAGUCUCCAGAGCCUGAAAUCAAAUCACCAACUCCCAGUGUGAGGUCUCCAGAGCCCGUUCCAACAUCUCCAACUCAGAGCAUCAAGUCGCCCACACCAAGUGUGAAGUCACCAGAACCGGAAGGAAUGAAGUCGCCUGCGAGUGCCAAAUCCCCUGAGCCCACAAAAUCACCUGCUCCGGGUGUAAAAUCUCCAGAACCUGCAGGAGUGAAGUCACCCAGGGGCGUGAAAUCUCCAGAACCCAGGCUAAAAUCCCCAGCGCCAGUCAAGUCCCCGGAGAGAGUUAAAUCUCCGGAGCCCGAGGACAGUAAAGCCCCGCGUGGAGUAAAGUCUCCGGAACCAGCAGGACUGAAAUCACCCAAAGGUUUGAAGUCACCCGAGCCUGUGGGCAUCAAGUCACCCAAAGGUGUGAAGUCUCCAGAACCAUCGGGCAUCAAGUCCCCGAGGAGCCUGAAAUCACCCGAGCCUGAAGGAAUAAAGUCACCUCCUAGGAUGAAGUCCCCUCCUCCAACUACGUCGCCCAAGAGGGUGGUUUCCCCCCCCACCGUUAAGUCCCCAGUGCCCAAACCACCAAAGGUCCUCAGCCCGCUGUCUGCGGUUGCCUGCCAAGGCUCGGUGAGGAUGAGCUGCGUCUGCGAGAGCACUGUCAGAGAGGCGGUGUGGUGGGUUAAUGGACGGAGACUUUCACACAGCAGCCACUACCAAAUGCAACAGUCCGAGGGCUCCUGCAGCCUGCUCAUACAGGAGCUGUCGGACCGAGACCAGGGCGAGUACACCUGCGAGAUGACAUCAGAGGGAGGCAGCUCCAAAUCCUCCUUCUCGUUCACUGGGCAAGUCUUCCAGUCCAUCCACGCCGAGGUGUGGGCCUACCACCACCAGCAGCAGCAGCAGCAGCAGCAGCUAGCUCUGCGCGCAGGCGCCAUGAAAGUCAGCCACGUGGAGUCGUCCUCCGCCGUCUCCUCCUCUACGGUGAUGAAAAAAGAAAUCCGCACGCUGGAGGAGUCCUCCUCCUUCUCUUCCUCCUCCACCCAGCAAGCCAUGAUGUCAGCCAUGAUGGAGUCCAGCUCCUUCAGCAGCCUGGCAGCUGAGAUGAAGUUUGAGACCAUGUCCAUGUCCAGCAUGUCCUCCAUGGCUUCGGAGACCUACGCCAUGAGCUCGGGCAGCCUGUCCGAGAUGACGUCCUUCAGAUCCAUCGGUUCUGCUCCCAGAAUCGAGGCUCUGCCGGAAGACAUCAGCAUCCAGCCAGGCAAAGUCCUGACCGUGGCUUGCGCCUUCUCCGGAGAAGCCAAGCAGAUCCAGUGGUCGCGCGCUGGCAGAGCCAUCGAGGUGACCCCCGGGGGGCGCUUCCACAUCGACACCGCCGAGGACUUGACCACGCUGAUCAUCACGGGGGUGAAGGAGGAGGACGCCGGCGCAUACACCCUCACACUGUCCAACGAGCUGGGAUCUGACACGGCCACAGUGAACAUCAGCGUCCGGUCUGCGUGAGAGCCCCUGCCUCCGCCAGCAACCCACCCCCUCCCUCACCCCUCACCCCUCCCCCCGCCCUCCUUAUUUAUUCGCAGAUCGGACUCAUCUUGUAAAUAUAACUAUUUUUGUACCAAACGCGACUUUAAGUGACUAGACUGACGUAUGAAGUUGUUUUGUGUCGUCUUGGAAAACUGUGACUCAGGAGUUUGUCGGGACUUGUUCUGUGACAUGUACAUAAUGUAUAUAGCCGAGGUUACCGGUUAUGAGAGAUGUAUGAAUUGUAUUGAUGACCAUGAUAUGAACUGAAACCGUGCAACUGAACGUGCUCGGACAGGAGAAAGUUCCACCGGGGCGACUACCCUGUCCGAGCCUGAAACCAAACUUUGUGCCUCAACGCUGAGUUGAAGUCUAAGAUCGCCUCGGCAGGUAGAGAGGCUCCCUGCCGAUGUCCCCUGGAAACAGACGCGCUCUGCGCUCGCAUUGCGACACGAGCCCGAGGUCCUGAGUGCUGUCUGCAUCUACCCUCGUGCAAGCAGGACGACUGGACCUCGGCUCGGACGGAACAUGUCAACCUUGGAUGUCUGGCUCACGGUGCCAGCGGCCUGCACCGCCUGAGCUCCCGUCUUUCUUUGUGUCCGGUGCUCUGCUGCUGGCCAACGACCGCCGGCUCUGACCGAGGUCGCCGCGCUCGUCGGCAGCAGCAGAGCUUCCUCUCGGAGGUCUGCCGCGUGUUGCUGUGUUAGCAUGUAGGAGUCUCCUGGCGAUC